AUGUCACAGCACCUCCACACUCACAGCCAUGACGAUGACACACACACGCACACACAAACACACACACUCAGCUCUCCUGGUCCCACACCGACAUCAUUGUCCUUCUCCCAGUUCCGAGCCUCUCCUCUGGGCUCCUGGGUCCUGUCAGAAAAGCUUUUCCUCACAGAGCCCCACAGGUGCCAGCCAAUGAUCGCUCAGAAAGAGGACACCAUGUGAUGGUGUUCAGCCAAUGUUAGGCACCCAUAACUGCACACUUCCUGGAGGGAAAGUACACUCAGAUAGCAUGAAUGUUUCUAUUUUUAAUCUCUCUGCCAGGAAAAAAAGUGGAGCCAAGAAACCACUUUUGAAACAAUGCCUUAAUAUAACAUCGAGCAUGUGAGCUGUCAUUUGAUUAAAAAAAACCAAAACAAGUAAACAAAUAAUGUGUUGUUGAAUUAUUGUUCUUCUGAGAAGCAGCAUGAAUGCAAAUACACAACAAAUAUUCCUCGGACCCACAUAUGCAGUCAUGCACACAAGCAUGCUGACAAGUGUGCAUACAGAUACAAACAGAUGAACUAAGGAAUAUUCUUACUCUCAUUUGCAUCUAACUGCACACAGACAUAAACACAAACGCGCACAAACACACACACGAGUCUUUGCUUUAAUGCCAGCCACUCCUUCAGGCCUGAGCCCUUUCCACUCUGCUCUUAUCACUCCAUUUCCUUAAACUGCUCUGCAGUCACUCUGAUGACAAAGUGCUCACCCGUCUAUCAAAAUACUGUCUGUCACUCACAGGCCCCACCUCCCUCACUGUGCACAAGGUGUUAGACCAAGUUCUGGAAGUAGGGGUCCAAAUUUGAUUGACGUCUCACACAAGAGGUAAAGGUAGAUAGAUAGAUAGAUAGAUAGAUAGAUAGAUAGAUAGAUAGAUAGAUAGAUAGAUAGAUAGAUAGAUAGAUAGAUAGAUAGAUAGAUAGAUAGAUAGAUAGAUAGAUAGAUCUCCAUGGGGAAAUUUGUCUUCACCAACUGUACCUUACAUAAAAGGACAAAAAUGCACAUCACAUAGGACAGACCUUAAGGAACAGACAACUAAUGACAAACACCCGGACAACAGCAAUCGGCAACAAGCAGCAAGGAGGCAACAGGACAGAUUAUUCACCGGGGCCUACUAUUCAGGGCAUCUAUAGCUGCAGGGACCAGGCUUUUCCUAAAGCGGGCCUUGCGAAACCUUAGGGUUCCGUACCUGCGCCCUGAGGGUAGGAGUUUGAAGUAUUUUUUGAGUGGAUAAGAAAACAGUAACCAUAGGAUAGAGGUAAAAAGGUAAGGUAAUUAAUUCAAACUGAAUAAAACAGAAAAACUCAGAUGGACAAGCAGAUAGUAACUGAGGAAGGGAUGAAGGAGAGACAGUAUAGAGAGAGAGAGAGAGAGAGAGAGAGAGAGAGAAGAGAGUGUGCGAGCAGGGGUUAAGGCCGAGCGUGUGUUGUGGGCUCAGCAGUGAAGUUGACGAUGCACUAGGAUAACAGCUGCGCUGCAGGGCUUUCAGGCUCCAUCACUACUGCUCUCCUUCAAGCAGCUCCACCAACACACACUCCCUCUCCAUCUCUCUUUCUCACACACUCACAUACACACACUACAAUACACAUACACAAAUAUACACACAGCUCUCAUGAACAUGCAGAAGCACUGAUUGUGCAUCAGUGCUUCUGCAUCAGUGCCUUCUAACCAGGUUUUCUAUGCCUGGUCAGGUCAGAAAAUCAGACACAGAGUCGCAUGUGCCAUCUUUGAAAUUUAUUUGGAAUAUCACAAACCUUUCACCACUAUGUGUUAUUAAAAACAACCGUUUUAGAUGUACAGCAAAAGAUGCAGAAACGCUGAAUAGAACCGGGAUUACAAGAGAACAGCGGUAAAAAGAAGAGAGCAGGUUUGCAGCUUAAGAGCACAUGAGUGAAGCGCUCAAAUAGAUUUAUUGCAAUCAGAUUUAAAAUGAGCUGCAGCAAGAGAGGAGGGGAGCGGGUGGGAGGGAGGUGUGAGGCGGGGGGAUAAAGGAGAGAGUAAAAGCUAAGUGCAUUUACAAAGAGAGAGAAACACAACAGCUGUUUUCUGUGAAUUGCAUGUGUAAACUAAACACAUUUUUAUUGAGUCAACAUAUUGUAAUCCCCUCAGAGGUUGGCCAAACACAACAUUUAAACAGGACCUUCAACACGACACAGUUAAGAUCUGUUUUGUGCAUAAUUGCAUUUGCCUUUCUAUACUUGUUUGUGCAGGAAUUACAAACUGCUCAAGGAAAAGUAUCUCUACAAAAAGUGAAAAUGAAAAUUUUCAGGAAAUUAAUUUUUAUUUAUCAUAAUAAAAUAAAUAAUUCAUCAUGAAUUGAUGUACUUGGGUGAUGUGAAUUUAAGUUAUGGGCUUUUUGGAGCAGAGAGAAGUAAAGCAGCUUGAACCAGAAGUGGGGGCAAACUACCACCUUAAGCAAAAUCACAUCCAUGCUCCCCAAGGGGGGCACUGCACCCUCUGCCUGUGUUUUUACUCCAUUUUUAGAUAGACUGAACUGCAUUAGGCUUUCCUACUGGGGGCUAUAGGCUAAGUUUUUUUCUGUCUGGAAAGAAAUGGGGUUUCAACAUGAUUUUUAACAAGACACAAACACACAGAUUCAUCCUCACAGAUUAGGAACCUUUAAAACAUAGCCUCAGUGUCGUGGUGGACAACACUCAAGCAAACCAGGCCAAAUGCAAAUCCACAUAGUUAGACUAGAGAAGUGCUACAAGAAGUGCUGUUAAUGUUAUCUUUUAAAAUAUGACUGUUUUGGAAAUAUUUUAAACUAUGUAUUAGUCAAAUAAACAGUAAUAAAAGUUAAGGUGUAGGGUUGCAAAAUUCUGGGAAUUUUCAAAGUUGGAAACUACACUCCUCAAUCAAAUGCACAGAUGAUUUCUUGAACCUGGGAAGUCACACUUUUGUAGCCUAAAGUACAAGACAUUUGAGCCCACGGACUAUAUAAAGUCAAGUAAGUUUUGAUAAUAUUAUGGGGUAAAUAUAUUUGAUCUAUAAUAGUAUUAAUUUCUAACUUGCAAUAAUUAAAUAUAAAUAGAUGCUAAUGUAAGCUAUUUUUUUAUUUUAUUUCAUUGACCAUUUGAGGGGCGAGCUUGUUAUAGUGGUGGUAGCUACCUCAAAUGUGAUGCUGUUUCUUCUGACUCCUGCGAGAUGGGUUUUCCGAACCAUACAAUUAUUUAUACAUCAAUUGUCAAAUAUUUUGAAGACCAUUACCGUUGUUUAACCAACUAUAUUUUUGUUCAUGCCAUUACAUUCGUGAUUUCACAAGCUUUUUUGUUACUGUAUUCUACAGAAAAAUGCCACGUUCGCCAUCGCCACUCAAAUAAAUCUGUUGAAAUGUUUUUUUAUUGUCUAAUUUAUCAUGGAUGCCUGCUUAUGACAAAACAAAAAUAUUUACAUUUAUGUUUGGAUAUGAUUCAGUUUGUAUAAAUUAUCCCAAAUUUCCAGUUAAUUCUGAUAAAUUCCCAAUAAUUCCCAUGGAAAGUUUCCAAGUUGGAAUAUUUCCAAAAUUCCCCAGCUUAACUUCCCAUGGAAAGUUUCCGGAAAUUUUCCGCCCCUUUGCAACCCUAAGACGUACACAAAAGCUCUUGCCAAAUAUUUCAUCCAUAAGAAUAAAGUUAUGAGAUCAUCCCCCAGAUUAUCGUUGUAUUGUAAAUGUACCACAUUAUAUUAUAAUCUAAUAUUGUAAAUGUAUUUGAAAUCUCUUAAAACGUUAACUAGUUUGAAGGAACAAAAGUUAUAACGAAGAAUUUUCCCACUGAUAUGAACAGCUAAAAAUGUUUUAAAAAAAGAAAGAAAACCCUGGCAAAGUUUUGCAUAGCAUAAAUUAUUUUAUUUAUUCUAAGUUACUUUUAUGUUUCUGUUUGCUUGCUGUUCUUCACUUUUUACUUUAUUUUAUUGCCCUACUGUUUUUUUCCCUCUCUUUUUUCCUUUGAACUGAUAGUGCCAUGUUUGGAAUUGUAAUUUUGUUAACUCUGAAUAAAGCUUUAAAAAAAAAGCUAGCUGUGUUUAUGCUUAAGCUUUAGCGUAGACUAGGCUAGCUGCUGCGUUGUGCGUGUAUUUUUAAGUGGCUGUUGGACGGUUAUGUUUUUACUUAGGUAUUUAUUUGAGAGUAGAUGCCCAAAGUCAUAUUCAUUGAUAAAUAAACUCCCUUUUAAAUGAAAUAAAACACAUGACCAAAAUGCUCUACCAUUGAAGGCAGGCCCCUCUCUGACCAUUUGACUCAUGCUCGUUAUACAAGCAGUCACACACGCGCUCACUUACUGGCUCCACCCCGUCCAGGUGAAUAAUUUAAGACAAUUCAAGAAGAAACUAUUAUCCCGGGCAGACACGUAAGUCGAUCUGAUGAAACUACCUACUCACCCAGUGGUUCUCCAGCACUCCUGAAACGCGGCUUCUGCUCACUCACCAGCUCUCCGAGGAGGAAGAUAACAGGUUUCUGCUCUUUGCUGUCUUUGCUGGUGUGUCAAACUCAAGGCCUCGGAUCGGCUGUUCCACUCUGGCAGGUAGGAUUUUCUAAAAACGUACAUAAACGCUCUGGUAUGACAGAACUGCCACAGCAAUUCAAGCUAAAUGCAUGACACGAGUUUAUUUUUUCAUAAAGAGUACAAAAUCUCUUAAGUUUUACGAUUAAACUUAAGAGACAGUCUGUCGCGACUGACAUAAGAAGUGAAUGAAAUUUUUUAAAGGGUCUUCUGCAGGUCAAAGCUAUCAUUUGGUCAUUAGCUUUUCAUAAGGGUGGGAUUAAAAUGUAGCUGAGUGCUUGACAGAUGUGCCUUUUAAUGCUGUUAUAUUUGCCAUUUUCCCUUUUACAAGUAUGCAUUUUAUAGUAGCACACUUUAAGGUUGUAUCUUUUACACAUCCAUUCAAAAUAUAGAUGUCAUCAUGUGAAACCAAAAAUAAAUCAACUGGAUUUACUCUUAUACAUAGUUACAGGCUGUGAUGAAAUAUAGAUUUUGCAGCAUCUUGGCUCAAAUAUGCCUUGUAAAUCUCUUUAGAGAAAAUGUUGUAUACAUAUAUUCACAUAAUGUUCUUGCAUUUGCCAUCUUAUGGAGAACAGCUGUGACAUGAGAGCAAUGGUGUGUCACAACUUGAUCAGGCAGGUUGGUGUUGACUUACUGUCCCAUCAAGAAGUAUCAUGGAGGCUAAUGGGAAACGUAGUCCAAAGAAAGCAUUUUACAAUAGGGAUUGUACAUUGUCAGAGGAACAACUCAAUCUUCACUAACUCUGGAAUAAAUAACAUAAUAAUCAGUAAAGCCAACGCAGUGAUGAUCUCGGUUGAAUGACAUCCAUCGUAGUAUAGAUGUUGUACCCAGAAUCUUCUUGAUGCUUCAAUAAUUUGGAUUUUACGACAAGAAUUUAUCAAACGACUGCAUGACAACAAUGUAAGAUUGGGGGAUGGGUUUUCCUGGGAACGACACAUACCCGCAAGCUUGUGUUUUACUUGAAUGUACAUGCAACUUAAUGCCCUCCCAAUAAGGCAGAUACCCAUCUGACGUGAUUCAGGCUGGGCCAAUCAUAACCAUUGAUCUAACACUGAGCAGCCAGGCAUGCAGAUACAGUCAACUAAUUGGUGAAGAAGAAAUUAGAGAGAAAUUUUGCUGCUGAAAAGCUGAAUAUUACCUUGAGAUGUUGGCUAAGACUGAGAACAGUGCUAAAAUGGGCUUGGUUGAUAUAUAAAUCCAAUUAAGUGUUAAAUGUGAGCUUAUUUGAAAACUAUUUUCAUCGACAUCGCUUUUAAAGGGGAGGACUUGUUGGUGUAGUGUUUAGGACUUGUUUCUGCCUCCCAGAAUAUUUGAUUUUUAAAAAGUUAUUGCACAUUGGAUAAAGAUAAUGUUUCUGUGGACUAUACACCCGUACUUAUGGGUUUUGUGAGAAAUGUUGCCUCUUGUGGUAUUUGGCUCUAUCACAGCCUAGAUUGCCUCAAUAUGCCUGAGUGACUAUGUUUAUGGAUUAAGAAUAAUAUAAUCUUUCUGAAGACUUGGACUUUAUCCAGCUUUGUAGGGACUUGACGUCUUUAAUACUGGAUUUCAUGCAACUUCUGAUGAUUUUUUAAAUUUCAAAAAUGUAAAAUAGGAAUCCCCUUUAACACAAAAUCAGUGAUCAAACUGUUAAAUCCCAAAAGGAGAAGGGUUAAUACUGUUUUUUGGCUUACAUGUGAGUGGACUCAUCCUAACAGGUAUGGGAUUUCUGGAAGCACCAACCCAUUUCUCCCAAAAAUUGUGUGAUUAAAAUAUACCGAAUAACUCCAAAGCAAAUUAAACAAAACAGUUUUCUUAGUAUUAUUAUUCUCAGUAGAGUAUAAUAAGGAUAAUCAUCCUCCUACAGGGAAGGUAAAAGGAAAGGACUUUCUAAACAAUUUGCAUGCAUGUGCCAAAGCAGUGCUGUGGCUCAUUAGCAGCCAACUCUUCACAGUUUAAAGGGAUAUUCCGGCGUAAAAUUGAGUUAGGGUCAAACACACCGUAACACCAAGUUAGACACUCCGUCGAGAGAUCAAUGUUGCCGACUGCUUGCUUCUCUAGUUAUACAAAUUUGAGUAACAACCGCAGAUAGCAAUACAGAGAGCCACAUGCUCAACCAAAAAGCUACUCUAUAGCCACAAAUAAUGCUCAGAACAGCACCUAACAGCUCAAGGAAGAACUUUUAUGAUCUUUUUUUCAUGGAAAUGCAAUCAGACUCAGAUGCUAAGGCAGAGGAACUACUGCGCCUGCAGUGCAAAAUGAUUAAUAUGAUGAUCAUUACUUCAAGGAAAUGAUAAAGAAAUGAUCAGAAAUGUUCUUCCUUGAGCUGCGUCACCCUGCUGCAGUGGAUGGACUUGCCUGGGGCUCUCCAUACAAACAAACAGCUGCUGGAAGAGAGUAGGUGAGUUGUGCAUAGUCUCUUUGCUAAAGAAAUUAGGCAAAACUAAAAAGACGUUUUGUGGCUAGUGAAGUUAGGUGCUGUUCUGAGCAUUAUUUGUGGCUAUAGAGUGUUUUUUUGGUUGAGCGGUGGCUUUAUGUAUUGCUAUCGUGCGGUCUUUACUAAAGCUGGUACAUAAACCGUAUAUACUAUGGACAGUUUGGCUCCGCCUUCCGCCAGCAUACGGAUUUGAAGCCAAGAAGCUCUCGGUAAUUCUGCGUUUUCUCUCUAUUUCCUUAAACCAACAUUGCGUAGUAGCGUUGUAUGCACUCCACCACUUGCGCAGUAGCAUUGUGCGCAUUCAGUGGGAGAGUCGCCGAGAGUCCCUGGAAUGACGCUCGGCUGAAAAAGCGUAUCCCCCGGGUAAGCUACGCAAUCUUCGUACGCCCAUAGGCUGUAUCAAGUGUCAAUCAUAGAAAACAUGAACCCCCUAAUAACUUUUAAAAAUGGACCUGCUGAAAAAAAGAGGACUUGAGCACAGAACAGUCUUACAAUAACUACAUAUCAACAUCGCAAGCGGGGGUUGGGGGAUGUAUGUUCUGUGUAAUACAUUUCUAAAGUUUGUCCACAACCCUAUAAGCCUUGCUGGCGGAGGCGGGAUUUAUCACCUAUACUGCAGCUUCACCCAGCGAGGAGGCAGACAGCAUCCACUAUAUGUACAGUCUAUGAGUUGGUAUAACUCGAGAAGCAAGUGGUCGGCAACAUUCAUCUCUCAAUGGGGUGUCUAACUCGGUGUGUGUUUGACCCUAACUUAAGUUUACGCCAGAAUAUCCCUUUAAGAGUUGUGUGUUGCUUUUUUGUUGUCAUCACAGUCAGUAGAUGCCUUGUUUUUUGGUUCCACUUAUUGUAUUGAGUUAACCGAUGGAUGAUUUAUAGAUAUUAAGCUGUUUAUGAUUGUUCAACACUUACUUGUAUGCAUUUUAUUUCUUCCUAGAUUGUUUACUUAUUGCGCUUGUUUUGAAGGUUAGAGUUAGAAACCUUCAUUUCAGUUCAAUGACCAGGACUUUUCCUUAUUAAAUAUUAUUUUAUUAUUGUUUUUAAAGCAUUAAAAAUCACAAGAACGUGCUACAUCACUCCUCCAAAAAUAGAGAAAAAAAAACUAAGGCUGAUUUUAUCCUGAGCACAUAAAAUAGGCCAGUUGUUUACAAGUGACCUUUAUGGUCAGUGGUUGCUGCCUGUGACUCUGAAUGAAUGGUUUCACUUUUAUCAUAAAAAAAUGAGAGAUGUGUUGUAGUAUGGUUCCUUUUAGAUGUUAGCAGCAGGUCUGGUGUAUUUGCAGAGGGGGGUGUCGGGGCCAGGAGGAGGGGAGAAGCUUGCUCUCUGAUGUGCACUCGUUUUACUGUUCACGAUAAGCAGGCAGUCAGCGGACGAGGAUGCUCUGUUGUCUGGUGCGCACUCUCCUGUCUCCAGCUUUCCAUCACCAUGGUGGAAGAGCUUAAUUAAUGCACACAGGCUUUAUGUGUCCCUCCCGGAGCUCAUGAUCGGUAAACCGCCAUCGUUCGACACCGGACCUGCGUUAUUAAACACCGGACCCGUGUUGGAGAGCGGAGAGGACCGCGGCUGAAUCCUAAAGUCUUCAGUAAAGGUAAAAAGAAAAACUACACGGUGCGGUUUCGGAGUUAGCCUCUUAGCAUAGCUGCGUUCAUACAGGAUAUGAUGUUUAACGGUUGUCAGAGGACAGCGGUUAUUAACGGCCACUUUUACACUCGACGGUAUCAGGUGAGGAUUCAGAGCCUGCCAUGGAGGACGGGACUGAAAUGCGUUGAUGUAAACUAAGGUGGGCUCUGGUCAUGUGGACUGUCCGCUGUAUUAGCUCAGAGUCUGAUUGAGGUUUGUUGUAAUAACGAUGCCAGCUGUUUCUCUACACCAUCUGACGUCUGUGCGCUGCUCAGUUUUCACUAUGAGCGCCCGGAGUCAAGCUGUCAUUUCACAUCAUUUUUUUUUUUUUUUGGUGGAGGGGGGGGCAGAUUUCACCAGAUACCUACCUUGGUUGUGUCCAAGGAGAAAUAUGAGGACGCCGGGAUGAUGGCUGUUUUGUCACGAGUUGCUCACGGAAACGUCAGUGCACAUUUCAUGACGGGUGCUCGGUCGUCGUUUCCGAUGGAGCAGUGAAAUUAAUAAUCCCAAAUAAGCGCAUUUAAUACGCAUUUUCCCCCUGCCUGAGCUCGCACUAGCUUCGGUUUCAUGGAGGCUGCAUCGUAGCACAAAGAGGAGCCAGCCUGAAUCCGGCAGUAGACGCGCAGUUUUACAUGAACACCAGCACUCAUAUCACAUCUAGAAGCUAUAGGAAGAUGAAUUCUUUCCCGGAGAAUCGCUGCAAUGUGACCUUUUUGUGUUUCUUGUUCUGCGGGGCCUGCUCGCAAUUCAAGGACUUACACAACUGAUGUGACCAAGUGAUGUCUGACAGUGGCAGCUCUGGAUGUAAAAGCGUAUUUUGUGUCUCUGUGUGUGUUUUGUCUUGAGCUACAUGACGCCUGCCUUCAUUAUUUUAUUUUUUUUGGCCUCACUGUGUUUGUUAAGGGUCAGAAAAUGUUGGACUGCUGGCUUAGUAUCUAGGCUCCUAAUGGCAUCAUCCCAGCCAUCAGCUGCCAUGUUUCAACUGCUUUUAGCUACUGUUUAUUUGUACAUAUUAAACACACAUUAGGAUAAGUUACAGAUUUAACACAAGACGCCUUUAGAUUAGAUGACUUUUAGAGAAAUGACAAAUGAGACGACAGACAAUUGAAUUUACCUUAGGGGAUUAAUAAAAUUUCUCUUAUUCUUAUUAUGUAAGUAUCUUAGUUGUGUCCUUAUCAAGUAAGACGUGUAGUGCGGUAAAUUAACAAGGACUGACUUAAAUUUGUAAUCCAUUACACCAUGUAGGGGUUUAUGAUUUAAUGUCAAAGGUCUCAAACCAAUUUUUGAUAUGAGUCACAUAGUUUUUGUGCUAAAACUAACAAACCUCCUGUAUAAAAGCUAGAUAACCUUGAUAAUAUUCCUCUGAAGAACAGGCAUUUGAUUGACACAACCAGAGGUCACAAUAUAAAGGAUACAGGGUAGAUAUACAUCAUUGUAAUCGUUUUAUUUUUAGAGAAAUAUACAGAAGUGGUUGAUCCAUGUUCAGAAGACUGAAGUUACCAUCAGUUACCUGGUGCUCAUUGUGCUCAGCUUAUAUGUUUUUUGUGAUCAUUUGAAGCAACUAAUCCCCUGUAUAAAAGCUAGAUAACCUUGUUAAUAUUCCUCUGAAUAAUAGGUGUUUGAUUGACACAACCAGAGUUCACAACAUAAAGGAUAAAAGGUUGAUGGAGAGGAUAAAAUAGAAAAUUAUGGAAGGUUUUGAGAUGCUAUUUAGUUACUCAUUUUCUAAACUCAAAAAGAUCCAUGUUUGAAGCAUAUUCGAGGCAUAACCGUCCUUCUAAAUCUUCUAUAAACAUUAAAACCAAGGACAGUGUCAACACAAGCUGAAUUAGGUGUUGACUAAUGUUGAAAAAUAGUAAUAGUCAUCAUGUGUCAGAGUGUUUUAAACUGGGGUAGCAGUUAAAAACAGGUGAGGACAUUUGUAAGGAGACUUAAAUGAAUGUACUCCAAAGCAAGUUAUAUUAUUCAUUUUCAUCACUAGCUUUUAAGUUAUUUUGGCUUGUAAUUGUUUAAUUUUCAGAAAAAUAUACAGAAGUGGUUGAUCCAUGUUCAGAAGGGUGAAGUUACCUGAAGUUACCAUGAGUUACCUGGUGCUCAUUGUGCUCAGCUUCCAUGGUUUCUGUGCUCAUUUGCAGCGACUAAUCCCCUGUAUAAAAGCUAGAUAACCUUGAUAAUAUUCCUCUGAAGAACAGGCAUUUGAUUAACACAACCAGAGUUCACAACAUAAAGGAUAAAAGGUUGAUAGAAAGGAUAAAAAAGAGAAUUAUAGAAGGUUUGAGAUGCUCUUUAGUUACUUACUCAUUUUCUAAACUCAAAAAGAUCCAUGUUUGAAGCACAUAAGAGUAGGGAUGCACUGAUCUGAUAUGUGGAUCGGAUAUCGGCUCCGAUAUUGACAAAUUAACUGGAUCAGAUAUCUGUUGAAUGAUCCAGCGUUCUGAUCCAGUCUUUUUUUUCUUUUAAUUAAUAUCAUACACAGCAACACAGCGAUUCUGUUCUCUCUAUAGUCUGUCUGUCUAUUGUUUUGCACUAAAUGAUUACAUAGAGUCUUUCUUUUUUUUGCUAUGUGCUAAUGUGCAGUUUGUUAUUUUUUGAUAAAUAAUAUUAAGUAAAUUUAUAUCUGUGUAAAUUUGUUCCCUUUUUCAACAAGGCUAAUAUCAAGCCUGAUGCCUUCACUUACAGGGCAAGGUAUACAGUUCAUUCAUUCAACAGUAGUAUUGGAUCGCUAUCAGAUAUUGGCCGAUACGCUUAGCCCAGGCAUCGGUCCCGGAUUGGAUCGGAGAAAAAAAAAGGAUUGGUGCAUCUCUACAUUAGAGGCGUAACCAUCCCUCUAAAUCUUUUAUAAACAUUAAAACUAAGGACAGUGUCAACACAAGUUGAAUUAGGUGUAGACUAAUGUUGAAAAGUAGAAACGGUCAUCUUGGAUGUGUGAGAGUAUUUUAAACUGGGGUCGCAGUUAAAAACAGGUGAGGACAUUCAGAGCCAUUUCAAGAGUCUAUUCUUAACAUUAAAUGAGUCAGUUCAGUAUUUGUAUGGAGAUUUAAAUGAACUUACUCUAAAGCAAUUUGUAUUAUUAAUUUUCAUCAUUGUCUUUGAAUUCAUUUUGGCUUGUAAUCAUAUUUUUAGAGAAACAUACAUAAGUGGUGGAUCCAUGUUCAGAAGGGUGAAGUUAGUUUUAUUGUUUGUGUUGAACGUUAGUAAUUCUGUUCUGCUUUCUUUGUAAAGUAAGAAAUGUACUGACCCAUUUUCAUCUUUUUUUUCAUUCCCAGGGCAAAUUAUGCCAGCAGCACCAGAGUCGCUCCUCCUGGUGACGUGCCAGCUCAUUGGUCAGACUCCUCUGCCCUCCUCUAGUCUCCUUGUCUACCCUGGCAGAUCCAUGCUGCUGGAUGCUCCUCACAGAGCCACGCCCACACCAUGAGCGCCAACGGGCCCGCCCCAGACCCAGCCCCUGCUGCGGCCCCAGAGGCCCCUCCGGCCUCAACCCCUGCCCCUGCUGCAGCCCCUGCUGCGGCCCCUGCCCCUGCCCCUGCCCCGGCCCCGGCUCCUGCAGCGCCGUCCGCUCCUCCUGCAUUGCCCUCCCAAACAUCCACCACCAUCCCGGUAGGUGCGUUGGCACAGAAGAAGCGGCAGCAGUAUGCCAAAAGCAAGAAACAAGGCAGCAACGCCAACAGCAGGCCAGCUAGGGCUCUGUUCUGCCUAACCCUCAACAACCCCAUACGCAGGGCCUGCAUCAGCCUGGUGGAGUGGAAGUAUCCUUUACUGUGGCUUCAUGUGGGAGGGUAUGCAUGUACUCAAUAUUAGAUAAGUAAAUGUUCAUAAGGCUGAAAAGAGUAUUUAUUUAUCAGAAAGACUCUAAAAAAGGGAAUGUAGGGACACUGUUUCAGUAAACAAAUAUUCUAAUUUAUCAGAGAAAUACACAGAAUGUUUAUUUGUUGUUGUAUUUGUUCAAUAUUUGUAUUGUGUUUGCUUGGAUCUGGAUUGCCAGUCAGACAAACAGGACAUUUGAGGACAUCUCAUAAGACGAUUUGAAAAGUUUAUAUUUUGACGAUUUUACCAGACAGAAUUAUUGUUGAUGGGUUUAGGGAAAAAUAUAUAAUGAAAUAGUCAUCAGUCGGAGGCCUUGUUGUUCUUAGCUUAGCUUUAUUUGAGUUGUUAUUUUUGCUCAUAGUUCUUUGUAAAGUAAAAACUGUAGGGAGACGGAGAAUAGGCACAUUGCGCUGGGUUGGUUUUGGAACAUAAAAAUAUGUUUCUCAUACAAAAGAUUUAGUGAGAGUCAAUGGAUCCUAAAAUACACAGGGAGAGUAUUAGGCAGUGCGACAGUCGGGGGGGGAGGUUUGUUGCAAAAGCAGCUGCUGUCAUCACAAAGGCCAUCAGAUGGUAUAAAGAAGAUUGCCUCACGUGAGUCGCAUAGAUACAUUUCAUAAUCCACCUUUGUGUGUUUGCCCAAAAAAUGUCAAUGGGGAUUUACAACCAGUACACUUAGUGAGACACAGCUGUGGUCAUAUCUCAUCGUUAUUUUUGACGCUAUGUAGCAACAGUGCGGUGUUAGAGCGUGUUUAUUUUCUGUAAUCAGUCAGAGUGAGUAAAGAGUGAAUUGAAUUUACGGUGCUUUCCUUGCCACCCCUGAAACAUGAUUUUAGGUGAUCAGUGUCUCAUUUAUUUGAGCAUUAUUCAGUUUGAAUCAGCAGAAAUUGAUAGUAAAAAGUCAGUGUGAGGUCAGUGUGAUUUGUCAUCUUAAAUUUUUUGAAUUGAAAAAAUCACAAGCGAAUGAUGAAUAUAUUUAUGGAGAUGUGUAUAGUCAUGAAGUCACAAUAUUUUCAAUGACAUUUUGAAAGAAAAUUAGUUUCCUCUGUGGUGAUUGAAAUAUGAUCAAAUUACUGAAAUGGACAAGUCAGUCGAGGGGAUAAUCUUGUCUUUUACUUUGAUUUUCAUAAUAACAAUAAUAAUAAGUACAACAAAAAUAUUAAUUAUGAUAUUAAUAAUUUAUUAUUAUUCUCAAGACACUAAUUCCUCCAGUAGUCGACUAAGAUUUUUUUUCUCUUUGCUGUUUUUUUAACCACAUUAGGACCCUUUGACCGAACAGCUGGUUACCACAUCAAGAUUAUGGCAUCAAACCAAGCAAUUACAUUGUUCAGAGAGAAACCAGAUUAGUCCAAUAUCACCGGUUAGUUUACAAAAACAAACAAGUUCUGAACAUUGCUAUUUCUUAGGUUGCAAGAGGCGCAUGAAAAUGGUGUAACCCUUCAACCAACCAGAGCAACAAAACUUCUAACAUAGCAGUAAACCGCCAGGUCAGACAGGCAGGACCGAUUAGUGGGACCAGCUUCAGGUGGGCCGGACAGGAGAAGGCUGAGACACGCCUGCUUAUGCGAGUCAAACACAGGCUUUUUGAUUUGCCUGAUUCCCAGACUACAGCUAAGUUUAAUUGAAGAUAAACUCCUUCAAAAUACAAAAAAAAUCAUUAAUGUUUUCGUUCUGCAGUCUAAAGCACAAGUCAAUGAAAUAUCAUGAAAGUGCUCAGAGUCAGGAGGAACCUCCAGUGCCUUAGACUUUAUAUCAAAUUGAUUUUAUCAUGUGAAUAAGUAAUGUGGUCAAUUAUGCAGAAGCUUGAAUGUUAUCGCUGGGGAUUUAAACAUCAUGUUUUCUCUCUGCUUUCUUUGCCUCAUUUUCUUCCAUGUUUGCCUUAACCUCUCUUCUCAGGCCAUUUGAUAUCUUUAUAUUAAUUGCUAUUUUUGCCAACUGUAUGGCCUUAGCUGUCUAUAUUCCCUUUCCUGAAGAUGAUUCUAACUCCACAAACCACGACCUGGUGAGUAGCCUGUUUAUGUCUUUUAUUAUCAGUUUUCUCAUUUGGUGCCUUUGUUGAAAGACUCGCUCUGCUCUGCAUCAUUUUCUUAGAAUAUGUAAACCUUGUAUUGUGUGGCUUGAAUUAAGGGUUGUUAUCUGUAAAAUGGAAGAAUAAACUUUAUGUCAGGAAUAUUAAAAGAUAUUUGUGCGAUGUUUGAGACAGGGAUGAAAAGAGGGAUAAAAAGAUUAUCUCUUGCGGUGUGUGCUGAUGUCUUUUCGUUUGCUUAGCUUUUAUCUGCUCUAUUUGUUAAAUUGUUUCAAAAUACAUAGAAACUGUGUCAUUACUUCUUAAUCCUCUUUGGGUGAUGGGGUUUGAUUGUUUCGCCUUUUCAAGGUAAAGUCAGAGUAGUAAGAUGCUGCUCGGCUCGCGCAGUAUUGCUUCAUCAUGCAGAUUUGAAAGUGUGUGCUGUGCCUACACAGAGAAACACUUUGACAACUAUCCUCAUCGGCACUUUAUCAUGUCAUAUUUUCCCUGGGAGAACAGAGGUUUGGUCGGCUUUUUAUUUUUAGCUUUUCUCCUCACUGCACCACCCUGUGCACCUUGUGCUUUUAUGUCUGUGUGAUGAACUAUGGGUGAUGUAGUGAAGUAAGCAUUGUUCCACAGCUGAGUAUAAGUGCACCCUCAGAAAGGCAGACAAACAUGGUUAAUGUGUUCCUACACGAGCAAAAGACUGUGGCGGUUAAUGAUUCGUGAGCUGCUUAUACAGUGUUUUGGAUGCUUUUUUCUGAGUGUAAGAUCAUGUUAGAGAAAACUGUACCAGCCUCAUGUGUAAGACCAGCAGAAGUGUUUCUCUGCUGAACCUGCAGUGCAAAAUUAUCUACGGCUCUGGUACAAAGUGUGUGUGUGUGUGUGUGCGUGCGGUCUACUUUGGUGAAGUAGGGUGUACUGCUUCCAAGCUUGACCUCCUGGAGGGUGACCUCAGGGUGUUUGUUUGCACAGUGGUGCAUCAAGAGAAAGUGGGCCAUCUGGGGCAUUACAGUGUCUGGUACAGUUUAUCUUCAGUCUGUUUCCAGAGUGAGUCUGGGAGUUUGAAAGAGUUUGAAAGUCCUAAAUGUAACACCUUGAGAAAAAGGGCACAAAGUUAUGAUGUUUUUGUGAGUGUUUCUGUAGUUAUACACCAUAAGCCAGGCCUACUAGAUUUUUAACUACUCAUAGCAAAUGAGAUGAUAAUCCAAGAUCUUGACUUAAAACUGUAAUUCAGCAGAAAAGCAUCCUCUGGGUAUAAGGUAAUCAUAUAAUGAUUAAUGGUAUUUAUAAUAAAUGGCUUUGGCAGAUGUGCUCACAAGGCCAAUUAAAAAUAUAAACAAACAUGUCUGCAACCACUGCAGGCGGCCUUGUCAGUGUGGCUGCUACUGAGAUAAUUCAAUACCCCCUACAUGAUAACCUAGUUUUCUCCAUCUUAUAUGACAGCAUAUCAAAUUCAGAACAGGCACUGGCAAGUGUUAGAUAUAAAUCCCUGUUCUGAUGUACAGGAAAAUGAAAUUAAAUGUUGUUUCUGAUGUCCACACUUAGUAUAAUAUCUGACAUAUGUUUGUUUGUCAUAUUCUGAAAUCUAUACCAUAACCCGUGUUUAUUUCUAUUUCAUCAACUAAUCUCAUAUACUGUAUAUCUAAAACAUGCUAUCGGCUAAGCGCACCAUGCAUGUCGUGUGUUGACCCGAAUAGGAGAUAGGAUUAUUUCCUUGUAAAACAUAAGUAAAAAGUGGGAUCAUCUCAGGUCUACCCUGUUGUUUCUGACAGAAUAUAUUUACAAUAUCAGCUCUGAAAAUGCAACGGUAUGAUAAAACAACUUACUGUAAAAUCCACUUGCUUCAUGAGGUCGCUAGCUUUUCUGUGAUAAACUGUCUGUUCCUAUGACAUCCGGGGGCCUUCUCUACUCCACAGAAGUGUAUUGUUAGGUAAUCUGUGAUGAUUUACGGAUACAUGAAAUAGAUUCAUUUUCAUUGCUUGGUGACUAUGCUACACAGAUGCUGCCAUCUUUGUUUUGGUCUUUUGACUAUAUUUGUGAUCAGCUGACCUGAAAAGGUUCAGUAAGAGUUUGAAACAUGUGAAUCUGCUCUCAGUUUAGAAAUACUCACAGUAAAGCUGUUUUGAAUGGAUUCAUCCAGUUGAGAAAACAAAGUAUUAGUGGGUCAAUGCUCUUUCUGUUUUCCAAUCAGUGUGUGCUGCUGAGAAAUUUCUAUUUAAUUUAACUGACAAAGCUAAAGGAUAUAUUGUCUGAACGUUAUAACUUUAUUAUGCACAUGCGCAAUGGUCACAGUGGUAGAAGUGGUAUGGCCUCAAACAUGUCAUGCUUUCACCAUUUCCUCUGUGGUUUAAGAUGACUGUUAAGCCAAACAGGUGGAUGUCCCUCUCUUCUCUGUGCUAUGGGGUCAGAAUGAUAAUUGAAAAUUGUGGUUAUUUUUUCAAGGUAGCUUACUAAAGUGAAUUUUUGAAAGAAAAAAAAAUACAGGACAGAAUUUUAAAAAAAAUUUAAUUUGGAGCUUUUGGGUUUGGGUGAUUUGGAUGUCUUGCUGAUUCUGCGGAGGAAGUUCUGGUAUCUAUCACCAACAUUAUGCACCUAUGUAAGGGUCUUGGCUAUUUUACCAACGUACAAUCUAAUGACACGUGUAUCUCCCAUGUUAGAUUAUGCUGCAGGGUUGUUACUCAGAAAAUGUAGAUAAUAUGCAAAAUAGAGCUAUACAAGACUCUCUGGGGGUUCACAGAUUUGCUUGCCCCCUGCAGUUUGGGGAGAGACAUAUUUGGUGCCAAAUUUAUACAAUUAAAACGUGGAGGUAAAUCUGUUCUCCACUCUGACAGUGGCUCUAACUCUCACAUGAAAAAGUAGAGGGACAAAAUGAGAAGCAAGCGCAGGUGUAGUUAUAUAUUUCUUCCAAAACUAAUGAAUGUAAUAGACCCAAACCUGCAUUUAUGUCAGUGAGUUUCUGAGCUGAAAAAUGUACAUAAAUGUCCGCUGAGGUUAGCCAGCAAGCUUUAGAAAUAGACACAAUUAACUUUCACAAAUAUUUCUCCUUUCUCUUCCUAUCUGUGGUUUUUAAUGUAAACGGUUUUAAGGAAGUGGCUUAAUGCUGACCCAAGCUGUCCUCUGGUGUAUUUGGUAUCUGUGGUUUUUACCAGAAUAGGUAUCUAGGAAAUGGUUUAAUAAUGACGUCAGCUGUGUUCUGGUGUUGUCUUCUGGGCUGUGAAAUAUGUCAAAUAUGUCCACACUCAAACUCCUCUGCCAGCAGCAUUUCACCUGACUUUUUCUCAUGGAUAAAUGGUCUCAUGGAUAAAUACUAACAUUAGCAAAUAUCGCUUGGGCAAACUUAACUGACUCGUUACUACUUGACAUGCCAUCCUUAUUUGCAAAGACGUUUAAAAUUAUAUUUGAUCUGUGUCACAGGCCCUGUAACAGUACUCAUAAUUCAGCAAAAGCUCUCCAUCUGUUUCUGCAUGUGACUUUCAGAACACGAUGAAUUAUGUGUGUUGGAGGUGUAGCCGCUACAUACUCUGUGAUUUGUGUGCAUGCCUGCAAUAUGAUGAGCAAGAAUACGCUGUAUUCAGAUCAAUCCUGCGUAGAGAUCGAGUGUUUGCUGGGGUAUCUGUGACAGCAGCAGUGUAGUAUUUAAGGUAACCUUUUACCGUCAUUUGAUACACAUGUACAGACUCUGGAUGCACAGCAAUCAGCUUGUGUUUGUUUAAGAGAAGGGCUGAUCAGAUAGAAGUGUGUCAUAGAUUGUAGAUUCAUCCUGAACAAGGAAGUGUUGGUCAAGAAAACUGGUUUGACAAUCUGUCUAAACCAAAGCUAAGGAUAUAAGUGGAUCAAACUGAUUUCACAGUCCAGAUCUGGUAAUCCUCCUUUGGUCACUGAGGUUGGUCUAUUCAAAGAUAUAAUAUUCAAUGGAAGAAAACAGAUUUGAGAGUUUUGAGACAAUGAUGACCUGAGAGAGUUAGUGUUUAAUAAAAGCAAAAACUGGAAUAGCUGUUUUAGUCUGAUGUGUUAAAAGUUGCUAUAUUUGUCUCAGUCAGAAGCCUUGAAAAAGACAAGGUAGUUUGUUUAAUGAGUGUUUAUCUCUUUGAAAUUUUCCUCCUCUGUUUCAUUACAAUGAUUCGGCCUAUCAUGCACUCUGAUGGUGGACUGUUACAUUUUAUGCUGGCAUAAAAACAUCAACCUCUAAACUAUGACAUGCAUAUUUUGACACUUAAUGACUUUUAUCGUGGGCCCUGUUAAAACUAUUUAAAAUGCACUGUCUAGAGUGUAUGGCACAGGGUGAGUUAGGGCGUUUCUCACCAUAUUUUCCCUUUCAAAGCUCCUGUGAGAAGUUUUUGAUGUUUAUGAAAUAGACACACGUUAAUAGGAGUGGUUUUUCAUGAUAUUGAAACGCAAAAAAGGACAUCAGUGAUUAAAAAAAGGAUUAUUUCUUAUUGGUACAAGAGGCUAGGAAACAGCCCCUAUGUUAUGUUUUUCAUACUAAAUGUUCACAGUAAAAGAUAAAUUUGGCUGUCUCAAGUCUAAAUGAUGAUUUCAAGAGUCAGGUGUGCAGACAAGCGUGUUGCUAUUUUACACAGCGGAUUUCAACCUCUCUACUUAAAUUGACUCAGCUUGAGCUGACAAGUCUAUCUCCCCUCUUUCUUCUGUGCCUCUGGAAACACAGAACACAUACAGGUACAGUAUGUGCACAGUAUAUUAGCUAUGUCGGUGCAUGAAUUGAUGUUAAAUCUACAAAAACAAACCCUCUGUGCAGCUCAAACAAUCAGGAGCUUUCCAAAUUAACAGACGUGAAGUAAAACUGCAUCAAUUACUUAAAAUUUAGGGCAAAUAAACACGUCCUGUGUGCUUUUACAUCAAAGAAAGGUAAGCUGUUGAUUUUGACUCCUUUUUGCUGCUGGAUUACAUGGAUUUAAUUAGUUGGUUAUGGCCUUUUUAAUGAAAGUAUCCAUGCAGUGUCUAUUAAAGUCUGUUCCUGCAUGUAAACAAGAGAAUGCUUCUGGACUGUAGUUUUGGGGCCAUGUAAGGCUAAGGUUAUGAGGAGAUAGCUGUAAGCAGUAUCAUGAUAUAUGAGGACAAGUUAAAAAACUAGCAUCUCAAAGCUCCCCGUCCCAAAGUUAAAACUUAGUUUCACUGCAUCAGCAAAAACAGGUAUUUUAUCAUGAGUGAGAGCACGUCUCUCCUCUCUCUUUGUGCGUAAAAGGCACAGGAAAGCAUGUUGUGAACUUUAAUGCUUUUUCCCUCUCUCACUAAUGUGCCCUCUAAAUAUAAGCAAAGCACUGAGGCUCUGAUUUCAGACUUUAGACCAGGUUCUUGUUGGUUUAGGCACAGAUGCUUUCUGCUUUCUCAAGACAGAGAUGUGCCACCUUUGUGUCUGACUUCACCUCUUCAAAAGACCAACACACUGCCGGGUAGUGUUGGGCGGUAUGAACUAAAUCUUAUAUCAUGGUAUAAUUAAUUUCAUAUCACAGUAACGGUUUAUAUCACAGUAUGUUUUUUCCCCCCCUGUAAAUUUAAUUAAUGGCUUUAAAAUAACCAUACUGUCACCAGUCCGGUGAUUUUUUUUAUCAUAUGGCGCACCUUUGGCGAAAGACUCUGCCAAGCUCUUUUGUAUGAGAGGAGCUGCUGAAGCUUUAGUUUUUGGUGCAACAGGUGUGCUAUGCAUCUUUUGUAUGUUUCAUCUUUAGGUGGUGGAAAAGGUUGCUGAGGUUUCCUCCUCCAGCAACAACAGCUACACAACACUCUUUGCAUAGUAUUGUUUUUAGACUAUCACUGGAUUUUCUAAAUCCGUAGAAUCUCCAGACAACCGAUGUCGCGACUUGCGCCUUUUUUUCAGAACAAGUUGCUCCUCCCCUCCUUCAUGUUGGGUGGGUGGGGCUGCCUCCUCAUGAUUACCACCAGUAAAGCUGUUUCUUCUUUGUCGAAACUAUGCCAAGCAGUCUGCUGGACACGCUGGUGAAUAAAAGGAGCGCACCCAAACGGAUGCGCUGCGGCUUUCCUGUUAGCGAGCGCAGACAACUACACACUGACUCAGAGAGAUGCAGCAGACAUCUGCUCUCUCUCCGGUAUAUAUGGUAUAGCAAAAUUUCUACUGGUAGACACUUUUAUACCGUCACGCGGUGUAUACCGUCAUACCGCCCAACACUACUGCCAGGUGCUAAUGUAGGCCAGUGUCGACGGCACAUCUAUACGCUUUGUGCCGCAGGUGCACGAUAGGACCUUAUGUUUGUUUGCAACAUUGCUGUGAAAUCCUUGUUUAACGUUUGCUCUCAUUUUUGUGACCGUGUGUGAAUAGACCUAGCAUCAGCCUUGAACAGGAUUGACAGGUUGGAUUUAUGGAUGUCCAGCUGAAGAAAAACCAUGAUGUCAUUUUUCGUACUCUGCCUAUCUGAUAAUCCUGGACUAAGCAGCACUAUUAAUUCUCAUUAAAAGCUUAAUGGAUGAGAUUAUUACAGGCAAAGAUGAGUGGGGAUAAUGAGUAUUGAAUGUACCUUAGAUGUAUUUUUCAUGAAGAGUCUUCUCAGUGAAGUCAGGAAGAAGCUUAACUUUUUAAAAAUGCUUAUGGAUUCUUCUUUGCUGCACUAUAUUCUGUGUGUUUUUGCUGAUCUUACCAUGAUCCUUGCCCAGUACUACAGACAGUGGUUUAUUGCUUGCAUAGGACUCUGGUUCAAUUUUGUCGUGUCAACAGUAUAUCAGACACCAGAGGCUGAAUAAUGCAUCCUUUACAUUUUUAGCAGUGGUAGAACAAUAGAUACUUUGUAGGGCAGGUGUGCCAGCUUGGCCUUGUUGUUCUACCGAGCUCACGCUGAAGUCACAGGAGGAGCGUUAGCAAGAAAAGCGCUGAGCUGGUUUUUGCUGUAGUUGCUGUAGUAAAGAUUGCUAUUUCAUGCUAUUUCAUGCUAUUCUGCUCUGCAGCCUCCCAGGUUUACUGGAGGCUGGUAGGAAACCUAAGGAGGGAUGCUGAGGGCUUGUUUUGUGAAGCAAGAAUGAAAUGGAUAUCACAAGCCUGAAGCAAGUUCUUAGUUAGAGACAUGUUUGCAUAACUUUUAACACAAAGAGGCAAGAAAGCUUGGAGCACAGGGAAGCAGACUUCUAGGUCUAAUGGUAUGCGGUGCAGCACAGUUAGUCCCAUUUUUAUUAUUAUCACUGUAUGAGCAAUCACUAUAGACACAUGACACAAGCCCGGAUUUAAGAAUAAAAAUGUUAUUUUAAUGCUUUCUCACUGAGCAUAUGUACAUUCACUCUUACAUAGAGAACUGGAUGUAAUAAUUAGGGUUAUUUGGUGUUGGUUAGAGGAGCAAAACAAACUAUCUUGAAAACUAAUUGUUUAAUUGCACAUCUCUUGAACUGUUAUCCUGAACAGCACCAAGAGUUUGUAAUAAGUGAGAACAGAAAAAGUGUUGGUGGCAGUAAAAACCUGUCAGCUGCCUCUUAUUCAGUCUUCAACAAAGCUGAGAAAUAUUACAGCAACAAUAUUUCUGAAUGUUUACAUUUGAAGAGCACUAUAUUUAUCAUUUAUGGUGAAAUCAAAUGUUGUUCUUAGACUUUCACAAUAACAACAGAAUUCUUCUACAGGAUAGACUCAGCUUUCUUUAAUUGGGUUUAAAAAAAUCUGCAAAAAUCUGUUAUACUGCACCUCUGCUUUUUACACCAUUUUAAGGUAAAAGAAGAUGAAAAGAAAAGCAGCUAAACCUCAACUAAUUAAUAAAGUGGAUAGGAUAUGAGUGAGAUGGCAUUUACCUGUUUGAUUUGUGAAUCUUCCAUCACAGCAAAUACGUUGUGAAGUUUCCACGAUAUGUUAUGUAGUUGAGUGUAGAAUGAUAAAUUUAGGCACUAUGAGCCUAUUGCCUUUUCUUUACCUGUUUGAACUAUUUUCUAAUAUUUAUUACUCUGUUGUCAGCUUCUCACCUUUUGAAUUGCAGGAGGUCUUUAGGGUGCUUUCACAACUGUGCCCGUUGAUCUGGUGCAUCAUCAGUUUUACAAUUACAUGUUUUGUCUGUGCAGCGCUGCAAACACAGAGCCUUGGUCUGCAGAGUUGCUGUGAGUUAAAAACAGGGCAAUGCUGCAAAGUCAUAGGCCUAAAUAGCAUGAGUCCUUACUGUUAGUAGGCUCGCCUAAAUGCAGCAGCUCAUUAUAAAUAGAAAGUAAAAAUUUCCCCUGGCAGAAUGCGGGGUCAAAAAAUUGGGGUCCCUCUUGCACCAGGAGGCACAAGUGAGUAACAGAAUGUCGCCAACACAUGCACACGCAUGUAAACCUUGUCGGGAGCUCAUGGUCAUUUCUUCUGCUGCUUUGUGCUCCUUGUCAUUGCUCUUCCUUUGUUUAGUCAUGUCCCUGCAAUAGUAACAAGUGCACGCACGUGACCAUCGUCUGUCCUGCACCCACCUUGUCUCAGGGACAGACAAAUCGCCUGCACCCUCCUGCCUUUGCUUUAAGGUCAUUCCUGACUUAUCCAUCUGCGACUCAACACCCCGGGCAGCUCCUGCUGAAGGUAGCUGAGGAAAACAAUGACCUUUCCGUGGUGAAUAUGAUUCAUACGUCUCAUCCCUUGUAGGGUAACAUGUAGCGAAUGGCGUAUGGUAUCAUGUAGUGUUUGCCCGUACCAAUGUUAUUGCAUAACGGUGGAGCUGCAGAGCUAUUUAUUUUUACUGGGGACAAAAAGGACACAAAAUAUAAAGAAUGAAACGUCCGCGCUGAAACCAAGAGAGGUCAUUUGGGCAGCAGCAGAGAAGAAGUGUGAAUCAGCCUCACUGAGAUGCUGUUACACUUCAAAUAUAUUAGCAUUUCUUUAAACCUGGAUCAUUUAAAUGGAGAGGGUGCUGAUGGACUACUACAGGUGAUUUCCUGAUUUAAAAUGGGUCUGGCACAGUUUUCUUUGGUAUUAGCAUUUAUUGUCACAGUAAAGUGAGGAAUAGUAGAUGAUAGGGAAGUGAGAGAGCAUACAGUUGUUCUUAAUGGAUGGUUGAUCUCCAUGUUAAAGGUUAUAAGUGAAGCCCUUACAAUUAAACACUUGCAUGCUUGUUUUUUCUCUGUAAUGUUACUUUGCUCUGUGACAUUUAGCAGGGUAAGCUUGCUGAACUCUUAAGCUGAAAUGACUUAAUGUUGAUGUUUUGAAACUUUGACUUUGUGACUUGUAGGUACAGCAGAUUCACCUGACACUGUUAAAAAAUACCUGCAUGUGUGGUUGGUGGGUGCUUAUUUAGGAAAAACCCAAGAGGUGAAGGCUGGAUGUGUAACAUCAUAUAUGUAUUAAGAUAUGGAUUAAAAGGUAUUUAAUAAGUUAUGUUUCUAUGCUUGAAAUGUACACACUUUGUGCAACAAAAUUAAAGGGAUAUUCCGGCGUAAGUUUAAGUCAUGGUCAAACACACGGUAACACCAAGUUAGACCCCCUCGAGAGAUGAACGUUUCUGACUGCUUGCUUCUCUAGUUACACCAACUUCAGCGAAUACCGAACGAUAACAAUACACAGGGGUCUGUUUCCAAACGCAAACCUCAACCAAAAAGCCACUCGUAGCCACAUAUGAUGCUCAGAACAGCACCUAACUUCAUUAACAGUACAUUUAGGGUCCCAGCAUGUAGUACUGGUCAAGCGGAGUUCCGCAGUCAGACCAAGACGCUAAGGCAGAAGAACGUUUACGUCUACAGUGCACUUACAAGAUACACAAGAACUCUGAUUGCAUUUCCAUUAAGUAAUAAUUAUAAAUGUUCUUCCUUGAGAUGUGGAACUCCACUGCACUUGGUGAUCGACUCGUCAGGGCUCCCCCACAAACAAGCGGCUGCUGGAGGAGAGUGGAGUAGUUAUCUUUGGUCUCUUUGCCAAAGAAACCAGGCAAAGCUAAAAAGAUGUUUGAUGGCUAGUACUACAUGCUUGGACCCUGUAUGUACUGUUGAUAUAUUGACUUUUUCAUUUCUAUCUAAAACAUUAAAUUACUUUCUUCACUAACUAAAUAGAUAACUAUUUUGAAGGUGGCUGAAAAGUGGGGCCUUUUGCUACUUGUGUAAUGAAGAUGGCACCAUCAUGAUAAAAAUGAUAGCAAACAGGUCAACACAUAAUCUUUAAAAUUCUCUCUAUAUAUACAUAAGGCAUAUACACCUAGAGUCAUCACAAAAAUGACCAAUAAUUGACCUUUUAAUGAUAAAAUAUAGGCUUAAAUUAACGUUUUAAGGCCGUCAAAAGAUCAGCUACUGUCAGUUAACGCUCAACAGCCAAUGCACACACACACACACACACACAUACACAUGCACACACAAACACACACAAGUGCGCAUUAUGUUAUAUUCAUGAGGCAGAUUUUUUCUUUUCAGCCAACUGUAAGUCCAGCAGCUGAAUUAAUCUUCACAGCUGACAUUGAUGCUGUAGGCAUAUUGGGAUAGUUAACUUGCAAGCCAGCAAGAAAAGCCCUGCACGGGACAGCAAACUCAUUAACCCAGAGCUGCAGCCAGGCUUGGUAGCAGGUGGCUCGGCUAGAGGGAACCAUCUGAGACACUACAUUUAAGAAGCAUGGUGGCCCUGCAAAACUACUGCGCACUAUAUUGAGGGUGUCAAUGAAUAAUCUUUCACUUGGCUAGUUUCUCAGCCUAUAGAGGACAGAUAUUAUCUCCUCUUUAGAUCAAGUUCAUGAGUAUAUGAAACGUGAGGAUGGCUUUUUAGCAAUUUACAGUUUAAUUAGUGUUAUCUCGAGAGUUAGAUUAUUGAUAGGGGUGGGAUUCACUAGUGGCCCCAGGAUACGAUAUUAUUGCGAUUUUUAACAUUUUACAAUACAGUGAGUAUUGCGAUACAAUAUAUUGCUAUUUAUACAAUUUCUUUUUUUAACUGUUUAGCUAAUUUAGCAUUUGUCUCUCCUUUAUGUUUGUCUCAUUUACACAGUAUUUUAUUUUCAUGCAGCACAUCUUGAAAACCUUAUAUAUAUUUGUUGCACUCAAUUUCUCCUGCUCUAUAAUGUCACCUCUGCCAACCUCACUGGACAAACAGUAAUUUUUAUUAUCAUAGAUUUGACUUCAUAUUAACAAUUAAUUUGAAAAAAAAAACAUACUUGAUAAAUGAGAUGAUACGAUAUAUCACCAGACAAAAUAUCGCGAUACUAUGCUGUAUCGAUUUGUGAAUUUAGUAAAUAACUUGUGCAAAUGGAUUUUUUCUCCCAACCCUAAUCAUUCAGAUAUCUAGUAACUUAAACUUUUUUCUUCAAAUACAGUACAGUAUAUAUAUGUAUAUGUGUAUAUAUAUAUAUAUGUAUAUAUAAUUACAGUCUGAUGAUUCUACAUUUUACCUUAAAUCUAUUUCUAGAUAGAUAGAUAGAUGGAUGGAUAGAUGGAUGGAUGGAUGGAUAGAUAGAUAGAUAGAUAGAUGGAUAGAUAGAUAGAUGCUUCAUUCAUCCCCAGGAAAAUUCCUUUGAAGUUUCUACAGUUUUAACGAACCCAUCCCCAAAUUCUGUCAUGUUCAUCUUGAUGUCACAUUUAUUGGUAAUUCAUUAUUCUCUGUGGCUCAAGGUGAACAAGGCAAACAAAUAUACAAACUCAUAAAUCCCCAGCUUUAUUCUGAAGGCCAUCAUGAAUCAUAAUCCGUCAGUUUGUUACCCUGAAUGUACCACAUCCCUGUCUGUUUUCCACUUGAACUUGAAAUAUGUCCUUAUAAUGUCCUCAAACACUCAUAAAUUCUUAGUUUUGCUUUUCUUUGUUUUGAGUUAGUGAGGCUACGAUACAAUUCUAGUUUCAUAUAGGAAGGGAGUGAAUGACAUGCGCCUCCAUGUGAGGAGUACUGCUGAGGUACAUGUGCCAGUGUUUUGGCUGGGGGUGUAAAGAGGGGUGUAAAUGUGUACAUCUGUGACUGAUAUAGCAGUUGGCUCCGUGUGUGUGUGCGUGCGUGUUUAACGGCUGGCACAGGCAGCAGCGUCUGAACUGUGGACUCCCAUAGAGAUGAUGGUAGAAGCAUGUGUUUAGUCACUUAACGUAACUGCUCAUUUGUGCCUCACACUAGCUCUGCCCCUGCUUGUUAUCUCUGGAUGUGUGUGCAUGGGAGACAGUGUGUGUUUGUUCAUGUGUGUCUCUGUGUGUAAGAGAGAGGGAUACAGAGUGUAGAAGGAGUCAGGGUUGUGUUACCUCUGUGUGUACGUGGUGUGAGAGUGUUACCAAGAGGAGCAUGUAGACAGUGUGUGUCAAACAAGCCUUCAUAAAGGGAUGAUUUGUGAGUAAAUAAUUUCCCCCCCAAGCUGUCCAGAUAAAACAUAUGAUUCAUUUUAAAUACAUGAGGAAAUAUCCAACAAAUCCAAAGUACAACUAUGACUCUACUCUUUUGUUUUAGCUCUCCAGUACUUGUUCUUUGUUGUUUUGUCCUGCUCUCAGCACAGUAUUGUUGCAUAUGUAGAAGCACUUUCAAGUGAUCAUAAUUGCACCUUCAUACAUAUUUGGAGUACACAUCAAACCCACACGAAAUAGAAAAGAUUAAUGGGGUUGUAAUCAUUGUUCUUUCUCUGCAAUAAACCAUUAACAAUCUGUUUUCUAGUCAGUUAAUGGAAAUGAUUGUAGGCUACAGAAUAAGUACCCCUUCAGCUGAAAAUCAUGUUACAUUUACAUUUCUUGCAUAUAAAAUAUAUAUAAUCUUAACUUGUCACACUGAUAUAAAUCUCUGAAAACUAGCAUGCAUUUUGGUGUUAACAUAGGUUUGAUAUAUUGGCAUUCAGGAAUUGAUGAAUGCACAAAUGCUACCAUAUUUCUAGCCCAUCUUUGGUUUGUUUAUCUGGCAUCAGGAUGAAGAGGUGCGGCCAUGUCAAGACAGGUGAUUCAAGACAGUAAUUUCAGCAAGUGUGCGCUCACGUCUUUUCCAAAAAGACACAGAUUUACAGCUGCAGAUUUGGAGAAGAUGCAUGUUGCAUAAUUUAACAGACAGAGCAGCAUCUGGAAAUGUAAUAAAACAAUAUUUGCAAAAAGUGAAAUACAGCCAUGACAGUUCAGCAGAGAGAAAAAGUCCAGCAGACAGCUGAAUAAAAAAUGUAAAAAAAAUUUUAACCACGGUUGCAGUCAGAUUAAAUAUUUGUCAUUUUCACAAACUGACAGCUCUAUUCUGGUUUAGAAGUUAGCAGCAAGUUAAUGUAGUUCUGUUAAUGCUUCUGUGUCAGACCUACACAGUAGAUUUACUGCAGUAGAGUCAACAAUUCAACCUUUGGUGACUUGUUGACAAAGAGCAGGGAUUUAUCCACCAUGUGCAUGGAAACCCUGAGUAGAACCUGACUUAUGCUUCAUUCGAGUUACCUCGGAAGUCAGAUGUCCGAGCUUAGAAUGACGUUACGACCGAGUUACCAGAGUUUCAGUUACCAAGUCGUAAAAAAGCUAAAUUUGAGGCAGAAACAAGAUGGUUACAUCUACGAAAGUUAUUUUAGCGCUUGCCUUGUUCUUACUUGGUAUUCAGACAAGGCAAGCACUAAAAUAACUUUCGUAGAUGUGGCCAUCUUGUUUCCGCCUCCAGUUUUGCUUUUUUUCCGACUUGGCGCUGGUAACUCAGGUGUGACGUCAUCCCCAGCUCGGACAUCUGACUUCCGAGGUAACUGGAACGCAACAUUAGGUCGAAGAUUCUGUUGACGUUUAUUUUGGUUUGUUAAAGUGUUCUUAUUGUGAUGUCCUGUUGUUGUUUUUCGAUUGUUCUCUGCAAUUUCAAUUUGUGAUCUUCAUGUUUUUGUGCAUGUAAUUAGACAACAUUUUGGUUAACUCCAGUUGUUUUUAAUUGAGCUUUGUUUGUAAUCAAACUAGGAUUAGAUUUGCCUCGGUGUGAGUAUGGCUGUUUGUGUGCGUACCUUUGCUCGUGUGCAUGAGGGAAACUGAACACGACAGAGUGAGAGAGAUGAAUAUAUCAUGCCUGUCACGAUAACUAAAGAUGACACCAAAUCAAGUCAGAGGAGUUCUUCACGGCUCAACAGGGGCAGGUUAAUAGUUUUCAGACAGAGCAGGGGACACACCUGCGCCUUUUGGCUGUGCUGGUGUUUUCGUAGCCUCCUGUGAGGUUUUUGAUGUAAUUUCUACAUGUAGUCCGUAAUCUUAAUCCUUCUUUGUGAAGAUGCUUCACCAAAGCAUAGGUUUUUCUUGUAUCUGGUGUGAGCUAACGUGGCAUGUUGGAGAAUCUUUGGAUUCUGAGUUCAGCUCCUAUUUUGGUUUCCAUGACAGCUACUACAUGUCAUACGUGCUUCCUUACAAGGACAGACAUCUGCAAGCACUACAGCUCUGCAGUAAUGAAGCGCUCACAUUCACAGGCUCACUUUGUCAAUCGAGCCACACAGAGAGAGAAGAGAAAAAACAGAGUGUGGAAGGAGGGAGUAUGUUUUUCUAUUUGCUGUUUGCAUGUAUUUGUGUUCUCAUAUUUAGGAGUGAGUCGUGUGGGUGUGACUGAAAUGAGAUUGAAGGCUUAUUCAGCUCUUGCAGCAUUCAGGUUGCAAAUUUGCCUUUUUUCCCAUAGUGACAGUCACCUGCAUGCACAAACAGUAUCAGGGGAAGCUACGACGGUUUUCAAAAUGCUAAAAAGAAACACUUUUUACCUCUUCAGUAGUUGCUACACUGCAGAAGUGGUGCUUUGUGGUCCAAAAUUGCAUGAGGGUUUCAUGCAACUUCUUUGAGAAAUUACAGAAAAUCUGAACUCCUCCUCUUUUUGCUGCUUUAGCAUUUGAAAAACUAUGAAAACAUUCAGAUUUUUACAACUACUUUUCCAUUCAACUCCGUGUUUGUGGUGAAACUUUAGAGCAAAUCCACAUCAGUGCACUUACGCAACACACACUCAGUGUCGUGUUUUACUCGCUUUGUGAAGACAUUAACUCGGUGCUGUGGGUACACCUAAGGUGACCUGCACUCCAAGUGUUUUCCUUGGCAGAGUGACAUUUACAUCCUCGCACAACUCCUGACCUCCCACACAGAACCUCACACACAUACACGCACAAAAUUGUAUGUACACUACACACAAAGACUUGUGUGCAUGCUGUAAAUACAAAUACAUGAGCCCAGCUAUUUGGAGAGGUAAUGAAAAGGAAGAUAAAAACAGAUAUUAAAAAUGUUGUAUAUUUUAAAUAAUAAGGUUGAAUGAUUUAAUGCAUUUAAGUUGAAAAAAAAAAAACCUUUAGUCAAUGCUGUUUCAGGUUUCUAGUUGGAUUCAAUCUUAGAGAUAAUAAGCAACAUAGAGACAUGUGGGUGAACUUCCUAAUGAAAUUAUAAAUAAACUGUGAUAAAAUGUGUAAUUAUUAUAUGCAAGAUCAUCUGGUGAUGCAGCAGGCUUUAUUUAAAGAUUUACGAGAUAAACACAAACCCACAUGUGUCACAAACACACACACACACACUCCAACAGGCUUAAAAGUAUAAACUGCACACUGAAGCGCACAUAUUUAAUGUGCAAACCUGCAGGAGUGGGUGGUGAAGAAGCACUAAAUGCUGGCUGCCCUAACCCCCCUGGCUUGCCUACAUGGCACUGACUGAUCUAUACAGACAGGGGAAGUAGAGGGAGUUAGCAAGGGAUGGAGAUGGAGGGAACACGGGGGAGGAGGUGUAGCAGGAGAUAGAUGUGGGUAAUUGUACAGAACAUGUUUGCUUGUUUUAUGAGCAGACGACUGAAACAUUUCUAAGAGCACUCUUCAUUCAAAGGCUCUCUUAGUUUAUAACUGAAUUUAUGAAUCAGCUGCUGAGUCUCACUGUGAUGUAGGUUGUGAACAUUGAUUGCGUAUGGAUUCUCCAUCCUACAGUACUGUGCAGCGUAUGGAUCGCGCUGACAUCUCUGUUAUUGCUUGUGUUUGUUGUGUUUGUUCUGCAUGCUAGCACAGCGGUCACACACAGCUAUCAAACAUGCAUGAUGUCACUGUGACUCAUGUAACUGUGGGCCGGCCAUCACAUGCUGGCUUUUCAUACACCAACAUGGAGUGACACUCAGGUGGUCACGCAAUCAGUGAGGCAGCCAGCUCUGUAUGUUUAUCAGAAGUUUGCCUUCGUUUAUAUUCAGCGAUUAGAUGUUUGAUCAGAUUUGCCAUAUACAGACUUGGAUCGUUUGUUUUAGUAAUUUUCUCCAAAAGUGUUCAAAUUCUAACUAAAGAUGCACUGAUCCAUUUUUUUCUGAUCCAAUCUGAUACCGAUAUCUAGGCUGAGCGUAUCAGUCGAUAUCUGAUACCGAUCCAAUACUACUGUUGAAUGAAUGAACUGUAUACCUUGCCCUGUGAGUGAAGGCAUCAGGCUUGAUAUUAGCCUUGUUAAAAAAGGUGACAAAUUAACACAGAUAUAAAUUUACUUAAUAUUAUUUAUGUAAAAAUAACAAAUUGCACAUUAGCACACAGCAAAAAGAAGGAAGACUUUCAUGUAUUACAAGAAAAAAAAAAAAAAAGACUGGAUCGGAAUACUGGAUCGGCAUCAUUCAUCCGAUAUCUGAUCCAGUUAAUUUGUCAAUAACGGAGCUGAUAUCCCAUCCAAAUAUUGGAUCGGUGCAUCCCUAAUUCUAACAUUCUCUGCUCACAUUUUUUAAAAUAUCAAUAUUCCUGGAUUUUUUUUUAAAUAUUACGGUAUUGAGGUGUACUUCAUCAAUCUGGGGUGUCAUUUUGGCCGGCGAAACUUGAUCGGCCAUUAUCUGAAAGACUUUUCCGCCGACAUGAACAUCUUAACUCAGAAUAACAAUCUACAGCUUAAAUGUUUUGUUAAAGCUUCAACUUAUAAUAGAAUAUCAUUGUUAUAUAAAACUGGCUUAGUGUAUAAAGUAGCAGGUAGCAGUCUUUGGCGAUGGAAGUAUGAAAAUAUGUCAUAGUCUAAGUCCUCCUCUUGAUGUCAGUGUGUCCAUCACUUGAUUUAAAGUGCUGAGAUUUAUUUCAGACAUCAGUCAGGCUGGCUGCUUUUCCUGCCUAACUUUAAAGUUUUAUUUAUUGUUCUAGAUGAGACCCUUAUGGCAGCUGAGUCACAAGCGCAGUAAGGCAAACACACGUCUCUUGGUGUUACUUACUGCUCAGUAUUUUACAGUUUAAUAAUGUGGUGUCUAGAGGUGGGUUUAAAAGGAGGAUGGUGAACCUUGGUUUAAGAUAAAUACAGCUGCCAAGCUAAUCAUAAAGCUAACAUUCACUCAGUCAUUCAGUUUCUCCCAUUUAAAUUUCAAACAAGCCAUGGAGAGCAGCACUGUCCAAGGAUAAGUGCUGAAGUGCAGCCAGUGAUGCUAAUAAAUAUGUUAAAGCUCCUAUAAGAGGUUUUUGUCACAUUUAUGAAAUAGACUGAAAUAUUGAUGCAUUUUCAUGAUGUCCAAUAACAAGAAAGAGCGACAAUGACAAGAUUGAUGAAUUUUAGUGUCAUUUUUAAUGCCUGAACUGCGUGCGAGGUAGAUAGGCGUCAGCUGAAGGAACAAUUCUGCUUUUACGAUUUCUGUAUAAAAUGUAUUUACAAUAAAUUCUACAUUUGACACUCAAAAGUUAAGAGGAUGAGAUUUAUUUGUCAGAAGUCACAGUUAAAGCAUGUGGACGAUAAGAUAAGCAAAGGCUGCUUUGUUCACAGAGAGCACCAAAAUUAACACAAACCAAAAGUUCUUCACAGGAGCUUUAAAGUUAAACAUCCCCAACUUGUUGCUUUUAAUUUCUGACUAAAUUAAACACAGAGAUAAAGAGUUUGCAUUUGUUGAUAUUUUAGAAUUUUUUUUGUUUCUUGCUGUCUUUACAUCAAGCUAAAUAAUGGACUCCAGGCUAUGGCUCUGUUCUGCAGGACAGGCUACAGAAAUGAGGGGGGUAUUUUAUUCUAAUAGCUCUGCAAGGUGAGCAAAGGAGUUUCACAGAUCAUGCAACUAUCAAGUAAAAACUGAAAAAGAAAUGCACACACACACACACAUCCAGAGGGAUGGAGAUGUCCUCUGAGAUAACUUUCUGGAGGUGAAUUGAAGUGUCUUUUUUUUCCUUCAACAAAACCUGCUCUGUCACUGUCUCAAAAGCUUGUAAAAAGUGACAGCAGUUUUGAUUGUUUUGUUAAGCUGCAGCAUUACCAACAAACCUUCACACGGUGAACCUGCUGUGAAAACUGAUUCCAGGAUGAAAGCAAAAAGGGUUUUGUUGUAAAACAUAUAACAGGUGAAGAGGGGCAGCGCAGGAGACACACACUGGAAGAGGCAAACAGAAGUGUGUGUGUGAUCAAAUUUAAGUUUAUGACUCCAAACCGAAACAAAUGAAAAAGAAAAGAUGAUAAUUAAAAUUGUGAAGUAAGAAAUAAUCUGCUAAUAAAAAGUGUCACAGAGACCGAGAAAGUCUAUUUGUGAUGAACUGAAACAUGUUGAUUUUCAUUUGUAAAUCAUUUUAAUUAUUGAUCACAACUAUUUAUUGUUCAACAGCUAUAGUUUGUACUUCCGUUUAAUCUUAAAUUCACUACAUAUGUAUAUUGAACAGAAAACAUUCAGGAGCUGUGCUAUAUUUGUAUUCUCGGUCAUGCUGGAGGGGUCUGCAGUUAAUAAACUGUCUGACUUAGAUAAUAAAUGAUAAUGUAAGAACAGCAGUGCUCUAAUCGCUACACAGACUGUUUUAUUGUGGUUUUAUGGCCCCUUUUCUACAUUUUAUUACUCUACUGCUCUAAAUUGAAGUUGGUAUUUUCUGUGUUUAAGGAGCCUCCUUUCAUGGCGCUCAGACUCAUCUGAAAUGUAAACAGUGAUUUUCAGCUCCUGUCCACAUGGCUCAGUCAUAUGGAGAGUUCAUGUAGAAGAGUGCAUGGCUCAGUGGGUUAGCUUCCUUUGUCAUAUGGUGAUCUGAGUUCUGUGAGAUGAACGAAGUCAUGCCUUUGAACAUGACCAUUAGCCCUGUGGCGGAGGGAGGUCUGUAUUACACAUGUGCUGUCCUGCUCCGCAUGAAUUUGUGAUGAGCACGUAGCGUGCAUUUUAACACAAACACUUGUCUGUGUUUGCGUGAGUGCCUGAUGUAUCAUGUGUUGUACAGGCCCGCUGAAGAGAGAGGCAGAGGGUGAACAUAUUGGCUGCUUUUGAUAUGCACAUUCUGUAUGAGACGGAAACAUACUACAGUGAGUUUCUUUAUGGCACAAAUAAACUACAAUGACUCAGAGAUAUAUUUAUGGUCAUCCCCAAAGGCCUCUCUCUCUCUCUCUCUCUCUCUCUCUCUCUGUGUCUGUCUUUGUCUCUCCCUCUCUUCCUGCCCUCGCUUUAACACACAGAUGAUUGAGUAAAUUGCUGAUUAAUUAAAAGGGAACGGUUUUCAUUUGCUAUUAUAUUCAACAUGCUUUCCAAACCAGGAAGUGGCAAUUUGCACAAAUUUACUGUGACUUGGGAAGCUUGAAUUUGUAACGGGUAUUGACUGGACCCAAUUGCAGCACAAACAAGCAGGUUCACUUUAACAACAGUCUUUAUUGAACACCAAAUCCAAUGAAGCAGCAGAGUAUAGCAGGUGGGUAUGGCAGGAUUCGAACUCGGGUCUUCCGGGUGAUAGGCGAGCAGAUUAGCAGUGGACCACAGGUCAGGCAAGAGUUUUGGACUCGUGAGCAGGGAAUUGUCCACAGUCUUAAUUUGCUCCACGAGUGUAGUGAAGGGGAAAACGCUCAACUCACAGCUGGAGGAAGAUUUCUUGGAGAGUGGUUCAGGUGAGGACUGGGUGAGGAUCCAGAGCUUGCAGAGGAGCUGGCAGAACCAACGUCGGCAGAGGAGGUGAGUUGGCGAGGUGAAGCUGACGAGAAGGGGGAUCUCAACAGAGCAGGAACAGGCUGAGUGCCAUUCAGCCGCAGGCAGACGAAUAGCAGGAAACAGGCAGGCAAAGCUCGUAGUCAAGGACAGAAGGCAGGUAGGUUUACCGGGGCUGAGGCGAGAAGCAAAGGUCAGGGGCAGAUCAGGUCGAUACCAGGUAAGCAGUCCGGGAAUUAACGCUGGAGAGUCAGGCAUGAGAGCGAAGACAAUCUGGCAAAGAGUGAGGGGAAAGAAGCUGCAUAUAUACUGGCCUGAUUGGAGAUGAUGAGCAGGUGAGAGCAGCAGCUGGAAGCAGUUAGCUGAUGAGGGGUGUGGCUGAGCAGCAGAGCAGGAGAGGGGCAGAGCAGACUGUUACAGAACCCCCCCCUCAAGGGAUGGCUCCCGACAUCCCAAAGGUUAAACUGGGGGUGGGGGUGGGCCUAAAACUCCUGGGAGCAAGACCUUGUCAUCUCUUCAGCAGGGUGGGUGGAGGGGGUCUGGAGGAGGGUUUCUCGACGGGCUGACUCAUUGGCUGGCUGGUCAGGAUGUUGCCGAUGAAAGUUGGCCACGAGGUUGGGGUCCAAAAUGUGGCGAGCAGGAACCCAAGAUCUCUCCUCAGGACCGUAACCCUCCCAGUCCACAAGGUACUGGAGACCCCUACCCCGCUGCCGAGAACGAAUUAAGCGGCGCACUACAUACACCGGACCACCGUCGACCAUUCGUGGAGGGGGAGGUAGUGGUGCCGCAGGGACCAAGGGGCUGUUGUGGACUGGCUUAACCUUGGAGACAUGAAAGGUAGGGUGUACUCUCAUGGACCGUGGGAGUUUCAAACGGACUGUCACAGGGUUGAUGACCCUCUGAAUGGUGAAAGGCCCAAUGAACCUCGGAGCCAUCUUUUUGGAUUCCACCCGGAGAGGUAAGUCCUUGGUGGAGAGCCACACCUGCUGACCCGCUUGAUAGGAAGGUGCAGCAGUACGGCGGCGAUUGGCAUUGGCAGUGUAACGACCCACGGAACGGAGGAGGGUGGAGCGAGCCUGGAGCCAUGUUCUGUGGCAGCGACGGAUGAAGGCUUGGACUGACGGACAGGAGAGCUCCUUCUCCUGGGCUGGAAAAAGUGGUGGUUGAUAGCCGUAAGCACACUGGAAUGGAGAGAGGCCAAUAGCAGAGCAGACGAGGGAGUUGUGGGCAUAUUCCACCCACAAAAGUUGUGACGCCCAAGAAGAGGGGUUCUGCGAGGCCACGCACCGCAGGGCUGUUUCCAGUUCUUGAUUCAUACGCUCAGUCUGUCCAUUGGUCUGAGGAUGGAAUCCAGAGGACAGACUGGCGGUAGCACCCAGUAGACUGCAGAACUCCCUCCAAAACACGGAAGAAAACUGGGGACCACGGUCCGACACCACAUCAACAGGGAGACCAUGAAGACGGAAAACAUGGAGCAGAACCAACUGGGCAGUCUGUUUAGCAGUGGGAAGCUUGGGCAGAGGCACGAAGUGGACCAUCUUGCUGAAGCGGUCCACGAUUGUCAGGAUGACAGUGUGACCAUCAGAGGUGGGAAGACCGGUUACAAAGUCCAAAGAUAUGUGAGACCAUGGGCGGUGAGGAACAGGAAGAGGUUGUAGUAGCCCAGCAGGAGGCCGACGGGAGGUCUUAUGUUGGCUGCAGGUUGGACAGGCCUUGACGAAUUCCCGGACGUCCUCUUGCACAGUGGGCCACCAGAAACGUCGGAGGAGGGCAUGCUGUGUCCGUUGAAUCCCAGGGUGGCAGGAGAGCUUGGAGGAGUGGGCCCAUUGUAACACCUCUGACCUCAAGGCUGGUGGAACAAAGAGGCAGUUAGACGGGCAGGAGCUGGGGCCCGGCUGUCCUUCUGUGGCUGCCUUCACCUUCUCCUCAAUGUCCCAGGUCAACAAGGCUACAAGGCAGGAAGUAGGUAGGAUGGUCUCAGCUCCAACAACAGAAUCCUCUGUCCUCUGGAACUGUCGGGACAGGGCAUCAGGCUUGACAUUGCGGGAACCAGGACGGUAAGAGAGGGUGAAGUUAAAACGGGCGAAAAACAGGGACCAGCGGGCCUGGCGAGAGUUCAGUCUCUUUGCAGAGCGUAUUUACUCCAGAUUCUUGUGGUCAGUCCAUACAAGAAAAGGUUCCUUCGUGCCCUCCAACCAAUGGCGCCACUCUUCUAAGGCCAUCUUUACUGCCAAGAGUUCCCUGUUACCAAUGUCGUAGUUCCUUUCUGCAGAGGACAGGCGUCGGGAGAAGAAGGCACAGGGAUGGAACUUCUGGUCAGUGCAUGAGCGUUGAGACAAGACGGCCCCCACCCCAACAUCAGAGGCAUCUACCUCGACCACAAACUGGCGUUCAGAGUCAGGCAUCAGGAGGAUGGGCGAUGAGGUGAACCGAUCUUUGAGGAACUGGAAGGCCGCUGCAGCUGCAGAAGACCACUGGAAGGGCACUUUGGGGGAGGUCAGAAUGGUGAGAGGGGCUGCUACUGAGCUGUAGUUGCGGAUGAAGCGACGGUAGAAGUUGGCGAACCCAAGGAAGCGCUGAAGCUGCUUGCAGUUCUCUGGAACAGGCCAGGAGGUAACAGCUGAGACCUUGGCUGGGUCCAUCUGGAUGCUGCCUUGUGCCACAAUGUAUCCGAGAAAAGAUGCUGAAGGAACAUGGAACUCACACUUUUCUGCUUUAACAUACAGAGAGUUCUCCAAGAGGCGCUGAAGGACGGACUGGACAUGAUGAAUGUGUUGCUCUUUGGACCGGGAGAAGAUGAGUAUAUCAUCAAGGUACACAAAGACAUACUGGUUGAUCAUGUCUCUGAGAACAUCAUUAAUCAGAGCCUGGAAGACGGCAGGGGCAUUGGUGAGGCCAAACGGCAUUACGAGGUACUCGUAGUGUCCAGUAGGGGUGUUGAAUGCCAUCUUCCAUUCAUCUCCUUCUCUGAUGCGGACGAGGUGGUAGGCGUUGCGUAGGUCGAGUUUGGAGAAAAUGGUGGCCCCCUGGAGCAGUUCAAAAGCAGUGGAGAUGAGUGGCAGUGGGUAACGGUUCUUAACCGUGAUCUCAUUCAGUCCUCUAUAAUCUAUGCAAGGUCUCAAUGUCUUGUCCUUCUUCUCAACAAAGAAAAACCCCGCUCCAGCAGGGGAUGAAGAGGGACGAAUGAUGCCUGCGGCCAAGGAGUCAUUUAUGUAUGUCUCCAUGGCCCUUCUUUCGGGUUCAGACAGGGAGUACAGGCGACCCUUGGGAGGUGAUGAACCAGGCAGGAGAUCAAUGGCGCAGUCAUAGGGUCGGUGUGGGGGCAGAGAGGUGGCUCUGGCUUUACUGAAGACCUGGCGGAAGUCAUGGUACUCGGGUGGCACCCCACUGAGGUCAGGUGACGAACUGGAGCUACGCUCGGAGGGAUGAAGCGGAACUGAGGCUUGCUGCAGGCACCUCUGAUGACAGGAGGAACUCCACUCCCGGAUGGUCCCAGUUGCCCAGUCGAUGUGCGGAUUGUGAAGACGGAGCCAUGGAUAUCCCAGGAUAAGUGGCAGGCAGGAAGAGCUCAGUAUGUGAAACUGGACGGUUUCAUGAUGAUUACCAGACAGUAGCAGGUGAACAGGAGAGGUCUGAUGCGUGACGGUGCCCAGGACAUGUCCAUCUAAGGCUCGAGCAGGAACCGGGUGAGGCAAAGGAACCCGCUCAAGCCCCAGCUGAAGGACCACCUCCUCGUUAAUGAUGCUGGCAUCAGCCCCAGAGUCAAUAAAGAUAGCCAAGGUGUGGGGGCCGUCUGGAAGGAGGAGGCGGCCUUGGAGCAGGGGUCGCUGGCUUUGGGGAGGUGACAGGGUAGUUGAGCUCACCAGGGUCUCCCCAACUACUGAUGAGCUCUGGCUUUUGCUGGACAGCCGGAGAUGUAGUGUCCCGCUGCCCCACAAUAGAGGCAGAGAUUGGACUUGCGUCUACUCUCUCUCUUCCAGGGAGAGAGAGGUGCGGCCCAACUGCAUGGGCUCUAGAUCCUCAAACUGCUGACCCAAUGGGGUGGAGUUGGCUGCAGCAGCACCCCCACGGAAGCGAGGUGGACGAGUAUGUUGGAUUCCCCCUUGACCCCUCUCUCGUCGACGAGUCUGAACACGAAGAUCGAUGCGGACGGCCAAGUCAAUCACCCCGUCCAAGGUGAGGGAGGUGUCAUGUGAAACCAGUUCAUCUUUAAUGUAAUCUGCCAACCCAUGGAGAAAGGCAUCACGGAGAGCUGCACUGUUCCAACCACUAUGGCUGGCUCUGGUGCGGAAAUCAAUGGAAUAGUCAGCCACUGUUCGUUCGCCUUGCUUCAGUCCCAUCAGUCCCCUAGCCGAAUCAGAACCAGAAUUCUCAAACCCAAAAACCUUCCGAAGCUCAGCAGCAAACAGGUCAAAUGAAGCACAGGCUCGAGACCGCCUCUCCCACUCAGCUGUUCCCCAUAGUCUAGCUCUGCCCGUCAGGUGGUUAAUGACGAACGCUACCUUUGCCGGUUCUGUGGCGAAGGUGCGGGGCUGUAGGGCAAACAGGAGAGAACAGUUGGUGAGGAAGGGGCUGCAAGUCUCUCUAUCUCCGUCAUAAUGCUCUGGGGUUCCCACCCGUGGCUCAGGGGCAUCGCUGGGUAGAGAAGAGGCGGGUACAGGUGCAGGAGCAGAAGGUGAAGCUUCCGAAGAAGAGGCAAUUCCAGCAGAUGAGGGGAGCUGGGCUAGCUGAGCUGCUAGCUGUUGCAUCUGUGCAGCUAAAGCUGCUAGUGAUUGUCCCUGAGUCUCAGCAGCUCCUCUGGCUUCAGCGGCAGCCGCAGUCAUCAUGGCCUCAUGUUGCUGCAGAAUGCCUUCAAUUCUCUCAAGGCGAUCCAGUGGUGAGGGAUUGUGUGCUGGGUCCAUAGUUUGGCCAGAUUGUACUGUAACGGGUAUUGACUGGACCCAAUUGCAGCACAAACAAGCAGGUUCACUUUAACAACAGUCUUUAUUGAACACCAAAUCCAAUGAAGCAGCAGAGUAUAGCAGGUGGGUAUGGCAGGAUUCGAACUCGGGUCUUCCGGGUGAUAGGCGAGCAGAUUAGCAGUGGACCACAGGUCAGGCAAGAGUUUUGGACUCGUGAGCAGGGAAUUGUCCACAGUCUUAAUUUGCUCCACGAGUGUAGUGAAGGGGAAAACGCUCAACUCACAGCUGGAGGAAGAUUUCUUGGAGAGUGGUUCAGGUGAGGACUGGGUGAGGAUCCAGAGCUUGCAGAGGAGCUGGCAGAACCAACGUCGGCAGAGGAGGUGAGUUGGCGAGGUGAAGCUGACGAGAAGGGGGAUCUCAACAGAGCAGGAACAGGCUGAGUGCCAUUCAGCCGCAGGCAGACGAAUAGCAGGAAACAGGCAGGCAAAGCUCGUAGUCAAGGACAGAAGGCAGGUAGGUUUACCGGGGCUGAGGCGAGAAGCAAAGGUCAGGGGCAGAUCAGGUCGAUACCAGGUAAGCAGUCCGGGAAUUAACGCUGGAGAGUCAGGCAUGAGAGCGAAGACAAUCUGGCAAAGAGUGAGGGGAAAGAAGCUGCAUAUAUACUGGCCUGAUUGGAGAUGAUGAGCAGGUGAGAGCAGCAGCUGGAAGCAGUUAGCUGAUGAGGGGUGUGGCUGAGCAGCAGAGCAGGAGAGGGGCAGAGCAGACUGUUACAGAAUUGUUCUGACACUGUAUGACAUGCUGGUAACUCAAUUACUGUUUGAGAACAUUGGUUGAAAUAACAUUACAUAACAUUAGAUAUCUUAAUUUCAAAAUUAAAACUCAGCUAAAUCAUGCCAUUCACUACAUGUAUAUACCCCUGAGUCUUUGUUGUGUGUAAUUGUGUUGUAUAUAGGGCUGGGCGAUAAAACAAUAAUGAUAUAUAAUCAAAAAAUAAAUUUUCCUCAAUAUCAAUAUAAAACUUGGUCAAUAUGCGUUUCAAUAGUCGGCAUUCUGCUAUGUUUUGGUAGACUACACAAAUAGCCAAUGAAAAGGGGGAGUAGCUUCGGGUCCGCUUCACACUGAACCAAUCAUGUGCUGAAUUAGAACCAAGUAGCAAACAACUGUGUAGUAGCAGGCUGCAGCUACACCCUUCCAUAUCACUAUGAAGCGUGACGCAGACAGCGAGUGAGAAACAAAGAAAAUGAGUGCUACCCCCCGCAGAAAUGCAGAUGAAGGCUCAACAACAACACUGGCAUAAAAAUAUUGGUGGUGUGGAGGUAUUUUGUUUUUUUUUGGUCGUACAUAAAGCAGACAGAGUAAUGUGCAUUGCAAAUUAUGUUGAGUACAUGUUCUCGCAAAGCCGGGGAAUACCUCAAAUCUUUUUCACCCCCUGAAGCAGUGCCACGCGGCAGAGCACGCGCAUUGCAAAAGGUUACAAACCCCGAACGGAGCAAGGAGCCCAUGGUGUCUGUGCAGCCGAAACAGCCGAAUAUUCAGUCCGCUUUCUCUCGCGCAACGCCUUACGACAAAACCUCAAAGAGACACAAAGACCUCACAAAUGCAGUAGCUUAUUGUUUUGCAAAAGAUAUGCUUCCAAUAAGCACUGUUAAAUUUUAUUUUUAUAUCGUGAUACAUAUUGAUAUUGACUGAUAUGAAAAUAAAUAUAUCUUAAUAGACCUUUUCCUAUAUAGCCCAGCCCUAGUUGUAUGUGUGAUUAAUCUAAAUGAAACCUCAUUGACCCAGAAUUGUUCAUCUCAGCAGUUUUCUGUUGCUCCUUUCAGUCAGUAAACGCCUCUUAAACUGUUUGCUGUCCCUUUUCUUCCACUGGAUGAAUCCAUGUGUUCUCCCUGCUCCCUGUGGCCCGAGCUCGCUCUGACAUAGAGGCAGCUGCCGUGAGCUUAACUCAACCUUUUACUCUCCUAACAAAGAGUCCCAUGUUUCUUAUUGUGGGCUAAGUGCUUCUCACAAUCUGCAGUAAACUGCUGGGAAAACGAGCCCCUCGGCUCACAGCGCUUUUGUAUUUAUGGUGUCCAAAGAGACCACAAAGCAGCGGAUGAAGGACUCCCUCAGGCACAAGAGGUUAUUAUGUAUAUAAUACAGUGUGUGUGUGUGUAUGUGUGUGGCUUUAAGCAUUUGUCUGUUUUAAAGGACCUGAAGGCCGCCCUUUGUGGAUAGUUAAAUGACUCUUUUAUUAACGGGCAGUAAUCAUGAACAGCAGCCUUUGUGUAGAGUUGAUAUGAUGUCUGUGCUAACAGGGCAUCACUUUGGUUUCAUAUCUCCGGGGAGGUCACAGGACUGUCCUGAACAGCUGAGUCACCCUGUGAUGUGUCAACCUCCAGCACCUAACACAUCUCAUGCACUAACAUGCGCUCAGUACCUUCAUCCAGCUGUGUUCCUCUGCCUGUCCUCCACAUUGUUCUUGACUGAUCUUGAUCUAAAGGCCCCUGUGAUUUAACAGUCUUUUAAACAACCGAGGAGAGCACAAUCCUGUGUUACAUCACUGGUCUUAAUCUCUACAUACCCUCUAAAAACAUAUCAGUCAAAUUGUGUUUGUCUGUUUUUUAACCUCUCUCAGACAUCCAUGCAUCAGUGAGUAAGAAAUCUCAGCCUGGUUGUUGCUCUGCCUGUGCUAAACUGAGAAACCUUUUACCUAAAUAUAACAUCUUAUAGAUUCAUUUUUUAAGAUGACGACAAAGGGAUCUGUUUUGAUAUUCCACUCUGCUCUUUGUGGCGUGAUCAACUGUGCAAUGUUCAGUCAGAGCUGAACAGUUUCUGGUCUUUUUAGUCUGAAUUUCAGAUUUGUCACACUGUCCUGGUUUUUAUGGUUCUGUGAAUAGUUGCUGAGACAUUUUUGGAAAGAUAGAAAUCAAAUCACAGCAGAACAAGGUGGUGGCGAAGAUAGAUUUAGUCUGUUUUGGUUUAAUGGAUCAAAAUGGUCGAAAAAAAUACAUUAAAUAGCUGUCAUUUCGGCGUCACAUUGCACAGUGGGGGUAACACUUAAACUCUGAUGACAAACUCUUUUUCGACGGGGGAAGACGCAAUUGGCGGAGCAUGGCUCGGCAGGGUGAAAGUAUACUGAUAUCAGCAUGGGAAGGCAAUUAAACACAAAAGGCUAAAUUAUAAAUAUUCAGCAAACCACUGGAUGUUGAUUAACGUGGACGCUCUUUAAUCUUCCUGUCUCCAGUUGGUCUCCACUGGGUUGGCGUUGGGCAAAUCCAAAAUAGUGAAUACAAGGGGGGUGUUCUGAGACAGACUGUUACCUGUGAAACAGGAGUGCUCUGAAAAGACCCCCAUUAGCACUUGGUACGUUCUUCUCUGAUGAAAUUAACCAUCAACUGUGAAUUGACACGGAAAAAAAUUUCAGAAUUUUGGUCGACUCAGCAUGUAUCGACCAAUGAGUCGACCAGUUGACUAGGACUUUACAGCCCCAGUGUCCUGUUGUCCUGUGUACAGUCUUGGUAACAGUAUUGUUCUCCUUCAUCAACCAAUAAAAAUGAACUUUUUUCGAGAUAAUGGCAGAGGUCUGUACAGAGGUGAUUUUGAGAUUGCAGGUCAGUGGCCUGUAAUUUUGACAACCAUCUCCUUUAGUAUACAUCAGCAAAUGCUGCGUCAUGUUUUCUAUCUGUUUUUUUUUUGUUUUCUCUGUUAGACACCAGGCAUAGGAAUAGGGCAUAGGAAACAUUUAAAGCAGACCUCAUAGUAGCUACAAAAAAGAAGACAACUUCCAUAACUUAACAUCAGUAAGUGCCAGUAAAGUCUUGGGUUAGAAACAGCAUUUGUAGACUCAGGCCUCUAAGAUGUACAUAUGCCAAAAUCUUUGGUAUAACUCAGAAAAUCCUGGAUUAAUUUCCUCUUUUGCGCCCGUGUUUUGAUAAAGGUUGCUCCGUCUUCUCUCCAGUAGUGCAGAGUUUGAUUAAAUCUCACAUCAGAUUCAUUUUUCAUGUGCGACUUGUGCUUUUUUUCUAUGCUUUUGUAUUUUGUCCAACAUUUAUAGACUAAAAAUAACCUGCAUUUUCUUUCCCCCGCUAAGACCAUCAUCUCGGUGGUUUCUAUUUGAGACUGAUUCUUGUCUGUUUUUCCAUGUGUCUGCAGGAAACAGUAGAGUAUGCCUUCCUCAUCAUUUUCACAAUCGAGACCUUUCUGAAGAUCAUCGCUUACGGUUUGGUGAUGCACCAGAACGCAUAUGUGCGGAACGGGUGGAACAUGCUGGAUUUCGUCAUUGUCGUCAUUGGGUAAGUGCUCAGCUCCAGUGUUUUGAAUUCAUUUAUUUUCUCAAUCAGUGAAUGAACUGAUUAUAUAUAUGCUGGCUGAUAAAACACAUCAGGAGGUUUUGACAUUGUCGUCUUAAGUUUCUUUUUGGUCGUCAGUGUAACACGCAGAGUUUAUGAUGUUUCUGAGAGAGGAUCUCCGUGUUUAAGUUAAAGUUGCUUAAGCCUCUACUCUGAGCGACCAAGUGCUAAUAGAGACCCUCAUACGCCCACAGUAUAUGACCCAGAAAAGACAGAGAGAAUAAAUCAGAGCUUUACCACCGCUGGAGUGAGUCACCAUCUCCAUACUUCAUCUCUUCUCCAUCACUCCCUCCCAUAUUUCUCUUUCUCUCCUCUCACUGACUCGUCUUUCGCUCACUUUCUGUCAUCCAGCUCUGCUUUGUCUCCGCUGCUUUUUUUCUAAUUCUUCCUCUCCUUCCAUUUUGAUUUCUCGAAUCGCACACUUCCUGCUUCACCUCCUCCUCUCCACCUCUCUCUGCCCUCCUUCCUGUCUCCUGCACGCUCUCCUCUUCAUCCUCAGAGCUGCUUCUCUUUUUUUUCUCUCUCUCUCUCCUCUAUCGUCUUUCCUCCCCUCUGUCUUUCUCUCUUCUCGUACGCACAGUCCAGUGAGUAGCUGGGUCAGAUUUGUGUGAUUGCGGCAUGCAGGCUUGUUUUGCCAUGCAGGCAAAUGUAAAGACGGCUGUUCCUGCUCUGAAGAGUGACUGUAGCUGCCCAAACAGCCAAGGAAACAACGUCAGAGGUCAAAGUUCAGUCCACUCUACCUCAGGGCUAUAUUGAUAUUUUUAAAUGAUCACAUAUCCUUUAAAGGUUAAAUUAAGAUUGCAGCAUUUUUCAUUUCAUUAUUGAGUUUCAAGGCUCACAGCUCAAGGGUUCACUUCACUUUUUUCUUUCCUCUUAGUCAGCUGCAGACCACUGAGUGUAAAUAAAUAUGGAUGACAUUUCUCCAUCUCCUCACUUUGUGGGGGGAAAAAAAAAAAGAAAGCCAAAAUACCCCACAGUAAGCGCUGACAUAUUGUGCUGGUGAUGUGUUUUGAGUGGAGGCAUGCCCAGUAGCAGCUGGCUGAUGGAGCGCGGCACUAACGUAACACCCCUCAACAAAAACACGCAUUUAACUCACCCAUAUGAGAUCCUUCAGGUCAGUACAGUUCACAGUGUGUUGAUUUAAAGCAAACAUUCAUGGUUUGGAAAAGUUAAGUGUUGGGAUGUUUUCUCCAGUUUGUUAAAGAGGGGGUAUUAUGCAUUUUUUUCUCUAUACACUCUAUACCUCAUUUCUCAUACCUCUUUAAUAGCUCUUCAAGAAUUUCGGUAAAAAAAAACCUUGUGUUUCUCAUUCUGGUGUAUCAAAAUAUAAUUAUUUCAGCCUCUGUCUCUAACAAUUACUUUUAGCUGCUGUCUCUUUAAGCUCCUCCACAUGCCUACUUGCUUCUGACUGGCCACCUUUCGGAAGGUUGGUGCUUGAUGUUUUGGCCCCGCCCCUUCUGUUGUGGUCGAUCGAGUAGUGCAGCAGAGGAGCAUUACCCCACUCCACUGUGGGCGUCACAUCACAUGUUGCUGCUGGGGGCAGGCUACUCCGCUGCGCCGGAAGCGGGUGAACCAGUUAGCAGAGCCUUGUCAAACUUUGUAACUUUGCAUUUUUUGACAUAAAUGUAGAAAAGCAGAAUAUCCUCUUUUUUCAAAAAAAUAAAUACAUACAUUAAUACAUACCUGGUUAUUUAUAAAACCGUGACAUUAACCAUCAUUUGCACCUUUCAUUUUUACUCCGUUUGUAUGUUAACAGAGAAAAACAGAGAUUUGGGUAGCCAAGGGCAGAUAACGCGUUGGAAACUGUGUUAAAUGUGACGUUGUUUACAAUCCACAGUCUACGUUUACUAUCUAUGGUGAUCAUGAGUGCAUGCAGAAUAGCAGCCGUAUUUAUGCUGGUACAAUCCCUUCAUAUUGGCUAACGUGGGCUUGAGCUCCUUGCCACACUGCCACCUACAGGUUUGACAUGCUCUUGAUGGCAUAUAUACACGGGUUAGUGUAAACAAAAACUUUGUGGUGUGCACACAGUUUUUUUGUAAACUGAGAGGAUGAAAUGUCUGUUUAGUCUGGUUUUAUGGCAGAGGUUGGAGAGUUUGGUAAUUACCACUUGCCCAUACCUGUCUGUGCUUUAUGACACCUCACUCAUGCCCACCUGGGGAAAAGGAAAAGAGAAGGGAGAGGCUGCCACAAAGAAGAGCUGGAGGGCAUGACAGCACCCUGAUUAUCAUACAGUACACGAAUAAGUGAAAUAACUGAAGCAGCAGAGAAGGGUUCAAGCUUUUUACGCACAGUCGUGUUUUACAAGUUGAUUGUAGAGUUGACCAGAUCUGUGGAGGAUGGGCGAAAACGGUUGAAGCAAACUCACUCUUAUGUUGAAGCACACAUGGAUGUUAACCAGCUCAACUGUCAUUUUUGUAGAAGUUUUUUCCUCAGGAAGUUUCAGUGAGAAAGAGUCGAUGUGUGAAGAUGGUUUCCCUUUGAACAUGGCUGGGUGAGUGAUGAAGGCCCAGUGGCAGGUGGACAGUUUUACAGCUGUGACUCAGUCUAACAUACGUCUGAGCAGACGGAGCUUAUAGGCCCUCAGAGCUCCCUUCAGCCACUAUUGGCAGCUUCAUCCUCUGCUCUGAGUCCACAGCUCUGAUGUGAUGUGUGGGGAUGUUUUCCUCUCUUGGCUGGGUGAAGACUGUCUAACUGACUGUGAUGAAGGCUCCUCUGUCCUCAUGUUGGGAGAUUUGGUCACUGCUGAUUUUCCUUUUUCUCUCUUCGGUGAGCGACACUUCUGGUGCCACUUUUACCAACAGAUGCUGCUGUACUGCACCCUCAACAUCACUCCUAGCUUUGAAAUAACUGACCAUUGAUUUGUGAGGCCCUUAAAAGUUUAUUAACCAUACAGUGAUAUUGUAGAUGCACUGUGUUGAAUAUACACUCACCGGCCACUUUAUUAGGUACACCAUGCUAGUAACGGGUUGGACCCCCUUUUGCCUUCAGAACUGCCUCAAUUCUUCGUGGCAUAGAUUCAACAAGGUGCUGGAAGCAUUCCUCAGAGAGCUUGGUCCAUAUUGACAUGAUGGCAUCACACAGUUGCCGCAGAUUUGUCGGCUGCACAUCCAUGAUGCGAAUCUCCCGUUCCACCACAUCCCAAAGAUGCUCUAUUGGAUUGAGAUCUGGUGACUGUGGAGGCCAUUUGAGUACAGUGAACUCAUUGUCAUGUUCAAGAAACCAGUCUGAGAUGAUUCCAGCUUUAUGACAUGGCGCAUUAUCCUGCUGAAAGUAGCCAUCAGAAGUUGGGUACAUUGUGGUCAUAAAGGGAUGGACAUGGUCAGCAACAAUAAUCAGGUAGGCUGUGGCGUUGCAACAAUGCUCAAUUGGUACCAAGGGGCCCAAAGAGUGCCAAGAAAAUAUUCCCCACACCAUGACACCACCACCACCAGCCUGAACCGUUGAUACAAGGCAGGAUGGAUCCAUGCUUUCAUGUUGUUGACGCCAAAUUCUGACCCUACCAUCCGAAUGUCGCAGCAGAAAUCGAGACUCAUCAGACCAGGCAACGUUUUUCCAAUCUUCUAUUGUCCAAUUUCGAUGAGCUUGUGCAAAUUGUAGCCUCAGUUUCCUGUUCUUAGCUGAAAGGAGUGGCACCCGGCGUGGUCUUCUGCUGCUGUAGCCCAUCUGCCUCAAAGUUCGACGUACUGUGCGUUCAGAGAUGCUCUUCUGCCUACCUUGGUUGUAACGGGUGGUUAUUUGAGUCACUGUUGCCUUUCUAUCAGCUCGAACCAGUCUGGCCAUUCUCCUCUGACCUCUGGCAUCAACAAGGCAUUUUCGCCCACAGAACUGCCACUCACUGGAUAUUUUUUCUUUUUCUGACCAUUCUCUGUAAACCCUAGAGAUGGUUGUGCGUGAAAAUCCCAGUAGAUCAGCAGUUUCUGAAAUACUCAGACCAGCCCUUCUGGCACCAACAACCAUGCCACGUUCAAAGUCACUCAAAUCACCUUUCUUCCCCAUACUGAUGCUCGGUUUGAACUGCAGGAGAUUGUCUUGACCAUGUCUACAUGCUUAAAUGCACUAAGUUGCCGCCAUGUGAUUGGCUGAUUAGAAAUUAAGUGUUAACGAGCAGUUGGACAGGUGUACCUAAUAAAGUGGCCGGUGAGUGUAUAUGUGGUACUUUCUCAUGUUGUGCAUCUGGUUUCUGUCAGCCAGUGUUGUAAGUGGCUGUAAAGCAAACUGAUGAUGCACAAUGCAUUACUUUCACAUAUAAAUAACACUUUAUGAUCAACAGCAGUUGAGACCAGUGCCCCCAGCCAGGAAAGGGUUUUAGUUCACAUGCUUUCAAAACAGAUUUGUCUUCAUUUAAACCCUCUGUGAGGAGUUUUUAUUGGUCUUGUCAGAGGUUGAAAGGAACAAAAAUGCCUCUCUUUGACUUACAAAAGCAAAUAAGAGAAUCAACAACAAGAUUGAUAAUUAAUAAGUUAUAAUCUUUAAGCCACACAACACACAGAAGAAACCGUUUUAUUUCUACUUUUCCAAAACAUUCAAAGUGGGGCUUUCAUAGAUUAUAGAUUUUAAGGCCCAUAAAUUGAACAAUUUCAAGUACAAAACGGAGACUUAAAUGGUGAUUUCUUCACAGUAUUCUCAUUUUUUUAGUUCCCGUUUUCGUAAGUUUUAUAAGCUGGUAGCCCACAUUUUAUAAAAAUAAACAAAUAAAUACUUUAAAUUGUUUAACUUGUGGGCCCUGAUAUUAUAAUCUAUGAAAGUUCAAUUUUUUUAAAUGAAUUAUGGAAAUAAAUAAACUUUUCCAUGAUAUUCUAAUUUUUUGGAAAGGGUCUGUAUUUCUUAAAAAAUGUCAGUGAUUUGUUUGAUUCAACAUCUUUAGAGUCUGGUUUGGUGAGCAGAACAGAGUAAGACACAGCUUCACUAUGAUAUAAAUAAAAUCUCCCCCAGUUGCUCGCUUGUGGUGAGUUUUUCUGACUUUAACCUGUCGUUUACAUAUUGGCACACUUCUCCAAAACAUUCACAUACUGACUGGAAAGGUUUGGGUAAGUUUGAGGUAGAAAAUGAGGCUGUUUGUAUUCAUUCAUACAUACAUGCAGCUCACCCUGAGAGGUUUGAUGCAUUUGUGAAUUUAGUAAAUAACUUAUGCAAAUGGCUUUUUUAGACUUAUGAAUACCCUGAUAAAUUUUAUCGGUUUACAAUCAAACAUGACUGAUUAAAAAAAUGAAUAUUUGCAUAUUUAGAACAAUGAAACUGCUGGAUGUCUGGCAUGUCUGUCCUUGACAAUAAUUUUUAAAAAAAGAUUCCGAAAAUAGUUGCAGUGUGAUAAACUAAGUUUUUCAUGACACGAUAAUGAUGUGAGGCCCUGUGUUUGUUUUCUAACAGACUCUUCAGUGUUGUCUUGGAGCUUUUGACCAAAGAUGAAAAGAUAGAGACAGAAGGAGAAAGUAGCCAUCCGUCAAUGCACGGCCAUGGGGGAAAACCAGGUGGAUUUGAUGUUAAAGCCCUAAGAGCCUUCCGUGUGCUGCGACCCCUGCGGCUGGUCUCAGGAGUACCCAGUAAGUGCUUGUGCCUUUUACACCAAAUCACACAGUCAAUACAAAACACACAGUAUUUGCACUCACAUACUUUCUGCAUGUAUUUUGUAAUAUGAGGUCCUGAGGAGUUACACAGAAGAGAGAGACAGAUUGUCUCUGUAUCAUCCCUGAGGACAGUUUUUUCAAAAACAUCUGUCCACAGCACAUGAGCACCCCGAGGACGAGUUCUGGGUGUAAUGAAAAUAUGUGACAAAAACAAGCUCAGAGUAAACACAUUGACACAGUCAUUAUCUAUGUUGCUAAGUGAGUUUUUUUUUUCUGCCUUUUGAAACCCAUCCAAUAGACCACUAAAGUACCACCCCACACCUCACAUUGUUGGAUCAUAUCUGUUGAUAAUGUUGUUGAAUGGUUAUUUUACGUCAUCAACCUCUUUCAGUGUAAAUUAUUGAGACUUAAACUUGUAACAGUGUUUAAAACAUAGACUGUAUAUAGAAUGGACACCGUCUGCCUCCUCACUGGGUGAAGCCACCCCAAGAACAGCACCCUCUGGUGACGGGCUGCAGUAUAGGUCAUAAAUCCCGCCUCCGCCAGCAAUCCCUAUGGAGCUGUGGACAAACUUAAGAAAUUUAUUUCACAGUCUAUGGGUCAAAAGCGUUUAUUACUGUCCUGCAUUUUUAGUUGAAACAUGAAGAUCAUGCUGCGUUAAUCAAUGACCAAAGGUUCAUAUUUUUCUAAGGGAACUGAGCCUGCAAGCAGCUGAUCUUUGUAGCUAGAAAAAUACUGAUGUUUGUUUAAGCACAUGGGUUUACAAAAAACAGCCAACAUGACGUUUCUUUUCUUUCUUGCCCAGGUUUACAGGUGGUGUUGAAUUCCAUCAUUAAAGCCAUGGUCCCUCUUCUCCACAUUGCCCUCUUGGUCUUGUUUGUCAUUAUCAUCUACGCUAUUAUCGGCCUGGAGCUUUUCAUUGGAAAAAUGCACGCUACCUGCUAUCUUCCUGGCUCAGGUAUGCACUCUUUUUAUUUUUUAACAUAAAACUUAAGGCCAGCAGUCUUGGCUCUGCAACUUGUAUUAUGAAUUCAGUAUGAAGCUCUGAUAUUUUCUAACUCAUUUACACAUUUUUUUAAAUAUUUAAAUGUUGAUAUUGCAUAUGUGUGAUUUGACUAAGCCCAAAUACACAGAGAAAUAGUGAAUUAGAGGACUGUAUUGGCUUUGAAUCGGCUGUAUUUAUUUUGCAUGCAUGAAAAAUAUAGUUGAAUGAACAUUUCUUAUAGGGCGACCCCAGGGAAAUCACAUAUGGUAGCAGAGUUUUACAAAAUAUAUUUAAUGAAAUAAGUAAGUAAUUAUCACGAAAUGUAAUUAUGGUUGUCAGUGUGCAUGCAGUGUGGAAAAUUGAGUGUUAAUUAUACAGUGUAAAAAAUCUACCCCUAAAUAAAAUCAUCUUUCAUGUGUGAGAAGUAGCUGAACAUGUUUUUUUUUCCCUGUAGAUGGACUUGCAGAAGAGGAACCAGCUCCAUGUGCGAUCUCAGGGCACGGGCGCCAAUGCCCCAUCAAUGGCAGCGAGUGCAGGGAAGGCUGGCAAGGUCCCAACGGUGGCAUCACCAACUUUGACAACUUCCUAUUUGCCAUGCUGACGGUGUUUCAGUGCAUCACCAUGGAGGGCUGGACCGAUGUGCUGUACUGGGUGAGAAUUGUGCUCUGCCCCGUCCUCUUUUAGAUCCAGCGACUGUCACUCUCCCUCAGCUCAAGUGUCUCCUCAGAUCAGAGGUGAAGCUGCUGAUAACAUCUUAAGGCAGCUAAAAGUCCUCUGAUAUGAUUGGUUUUAUAAAUGAGGGACACUUCUAUUCUUUCUGUAAGGAAUCUUAAUUUCCUUUUGUUCUGCUUUUCUUUUCUGACAGUGUCUUCCUCUAACACUCACUUUCACUGUUUUCUGUCUCUCCUCUUCUUCACGUCCUUCCUCUGUGGUGACGCUCGCUGCUCCAGAUGAACGACGCUAUGGGCUUUGAGCUUCCAUGGGUGUACUUUGUCAGUCUUGUGAUCUUCGGCUCCUUUUUCGUGCUUAACCUGGUUUUGGGUGUGUUGAGCGGGUAAGCACCUUCCUCUCUCUCCUGACAGAGACCCUCUACAUGACCUCAGGUCAGAGGCUCUCUGUUCUUGUCACUGUCUCUGUCUAACCACCCACUCUUAUUGGCUCCUGUAGGUCAAUGACGCCAUUGGAUGGGAAACACCUUGGAUUUAUUUCGUUAGCCUGAUCAUACUGGGCUCCUUUUUCGUGUUAAACCUUGUGUUAGGUGUGCUAAGUGGGUAAGAGGAAACUUGUGCAGUGGUUCUGGUUUGCAGUGGGAAAAGCAUGUUUGCAGUGGCUUUUGGCUAAUUUUGGAAUUUUGGAUUGCAUAACCACCCGUAUACCGCUAUACAUUAUACCUGUUACUCAUCACCAUCUAAAUAUAUGAUCAAGUUAAUAGAAAUUAUUGAUAUAAAGAUGAUUGUAUUGAUUUAAAAGAGAUCUGUUUAUACAGCUGAAAAAUAGUCUCCCCUGAUUCAACCGCAGGUAACAUUAACAUAGCAACAGAUUCUUACUGGCUGUCUUGCAGAUUUUUUUUUUUCAAUUUAUGGUCAAGUUCAAACAUAAGUCUGUUUAUUUUCUAAACUCUACAUUAAACUGUUUCCAUUAAAGAUAACACAAGACAAGGUUAACUUCACAUUGACAAACUCUGUUCUCCUUCAGCUAUCUUUCCUUUUGGAGCUUUGCAGUAGAUGCAUCUUUUAACAUAAAUUAAAGUGUCACAACUUUUCAGACUGUUGCUAUUCUCAUCUCUACUUGUGGUUUAAGUUAGUUUGUCGUGAUCAAAAACUUAAAAAUGCACUCACCAGCUCUGCUGCCAUCGCCUGGAUUGCGAGACAGGAUUUUGCUCCACUCUUCUUUAUCAUAGGUUGAAGCCCAGUAGCUCCUCUGGCUGCCCUCAGACCCCAAAGACAUAAAGAAUGCAAACAGUGACCCCCAAUUUCCACCGCAUCCGGAACAGAUCCACUAUGGAACGGUGGCAUUUUUCGCCGUCCACCAAUUCCUAUCCUACUGAAUGCGUUUGUGAGGCGAAUUUCGUGGCAGAUUUCAGACAGCGGGAAUCGCAAGAACUCACCCGCGGAUUCACAUGCAAUCGCACCAACGAGUUGCCUCUAUAAAGACGGCCACAUAACCAUAUAAGCAGUAGAUUGUGUCCUUCAAGAGGAGGAAAUCCACUAAUGGACUUAAAGAAUCAGCAUCUCCUCAUCCAUGGUGUCAUCGGAGUGAAAUGCUGUCUAUAAACCUUUCACUUGAAAUACGAUCUGCCUGAUUGUAGCGUUUCAUUUUGAAAAGAAGCCGGAUGUUUUAUUUCGUGUCUGUGCCCGACUUCCUUUCCAGCACAGGUUAUUCUGUGCUAAAUUUAUACGGCAUGCUGCGUUGUCCAGAAAAAGUAGAACUCUGGCGAUCAGCUGCAGAGUCUGCUGAGCCUCUGUGGAACGGAAAGAAGCCGCUGGAAAUUGACACAUCUCCUUGAAUGGAAACAAACAGCUCGGGAACAAAAUCGGCGCAUACAGCCUUUUCGCAGCCGUUCUGGAUGCGGUGGAAAUUGGGGGUUACACACAUUUUUUGCUACAGUUACAACUGGCUGUGAUGAUGUGAGUUGGCCUCCUUUAUUGGAUUGAUUCGAUAAAACAAUUGUGAUCUGGCUUUACUUUUUUAAAAGAAUUAAGUACUGAUGUUUUGACCAAUCAGAACAAAUUAUUUCAAACAGCCUUGUAAUAAUCAGCUAUAAUCUGAGUAAGGGUCUCAUUAUAAACAUACAUUUCCUCACGGUCAUUCUCUCUCAACCUUUGUCGAUCACAUCCUUCUUAUGGCAACUGCAAUGUGAGCAUUUUUCCUUCAACUCUCCUCGCCCAGCCAACCUCCUGAGAGAGAAAUUAAUCUUAUUCCUCGCCCUUCACUCCCUCUGCGUUCCUAAGCUCCCUCAAACCCCACUUUGCUUUUCCUGCUCUGUGGAAAGGGGGAUGGAAAGUUACAGUACAUUUAACUGUGGCGUGUAGACCAGCCAGCAAGGCCUGAUUUUUUUUGAAAGCCAACAAGGUUAUAAGGCCUGAGGUUUUCCACCUUAAAUCAGCAGAAUUCAUUACGCUGAAUCGCCUUUAUUAACCACUUCCUCUUUGACUUUUUCAUCAUUAUAGAAUAAAUACAUAUUUUAUAGAUAACUGCAUUUUCCCACUGCACACUACAUGUCUUUACCUUCCAUGCUCACAGUCCCUCAAAAUCCUAGAGGCCGGUGUGGUUGUUUAGUAUAGUCCAUGGAUUUUGAAUGAAGGUCUCUUGAAACCAUCAGUCUACCUAAAUAGCCUCCUCUGUAUGAUAAAGAUGCUAAAAAGAUAAGCGACUGUACUGAUGGGAUCUAAAUAUAGAGCUGUUGUCUUUCAAAGGUGUACAUCUCCCUCCAGUGGCUACGGUUCACAAAAACACACAAGGCAUUGAAAGGGUGUGAUUGAAGUGUUUGAAUAUGUAAUCACACCACACUGGGAAUAAACAGGACAUUUAUAUACGGUAUAUCUUCAGUUAUUGAUGUAAAAAUGUCUCUGUGUUUGACUAUUUUAUUGGAAAAACUUGUCCAUUUUUGUUUGGCGUGGGAAUUCUUUGUGUGGAGUACCUUUUUCCGCUUGCAGUGAAAGUUAAUGUACAUGUGUCUACUUUGUAAUCCAUGCACUCUCGUCUGUCUCCUUCUGUUUGCAUAUUUUGUCCACCGUUUAAUCCGCAAACUCAGAGAGUUCUCUAAGGAGAGAGAGAAGGCGAAAGCUCGUGGAGACUUCCAGAAGCUGCGUGAGAAGCAGCAGCUGGAGGAGGAUCUUAAGGGUUACUUGGACUGGAUCACUCAGGCUGAAGACAUCGACCCCGACAACGAGGAUGAGGCUGACGAGGAGAGCAAACGCAACCGUGAGUACCGUCACCUACUCGCUCAGUCAUGCUGAGUAACGCCGCACUGGCAUCACAAGCCACACUUUAAUACAGCAAGCUGAUAGAAUCUGUUUCUACCACAUGGAGAGAAAUAUCCAGCAGUGUGUGUUAUUGUUGGCUUGAGAGGGCUGUGAUUUCUGCUGCUAUAAUUAGGCCUUUGUUUAUAUAAUCAGGGAGUGCAUGAGUUUGUACUCAGGAAAUCUAUAAUGUUUCAUUGUGGGAGUUUGAGAAAAAAAACACAGUGGAUGACCUAAAGAUAAUUUCUCUCUGGGGGAGAAAUAUUUAUCCAAUAUUUGAGGGUUUCAAAACAUCAGAUGUUUUUACUGUGAUUUCUGCGCCAUCUCUAGCAUAGAGUGCUCUAUUUGGAAUAUUGCCUCAAAUAACUGGGCAAUAAUAAUGGGGCAUGUCUAGCUCAGAUACAGAGGAAACAUGAGUCAGAAAUGUGCAAACUCACCUUUUAGUACACCAUGCAAUAAAUAAAACAAAAACCCAGGCAGAAUAAAUCCAAAUACAAACAACUAAAGUGUUUGGUAAGCUGGGCCCCAAAGCAGAGACUCUCACUGGAUUGGGUUUAGCAAAAGAGUUUAUUGGAAAAGUGAGAGCAGGAAGCUGGCUGUCUUGAAGCGAUCUCUGGUGAGGAAAAAACUGGAGAAAUUUCAGGCACUGAAGGAGAGUGGACUGGCAGGCAGUGAUGCACACAGGAAAACCUGGGCAGAAAGAAGCACACACUGGUGAGAACAAAAUCCAUGAGGUAAUGCUAUAAAAAAACUAGAAACAGACAGCACUACCACUAAACCAAACAAAACGAUCUGUGGCACAGUGGAGUGAGAAUAUGUUUAAACAUGCCCGGCUAUUUUCAUAAAGAGACAGUUACCCCUCUCUGUUUACAAAAAAACUGCGUGCACACUGCUGCAUUUUCAGAAAAGUUUUCGUUUACACAAACCCAUGUAUAUAUGCCGGCAAGAGCGUAUCAAACAUGUGGGUGGCAGUGUAGUGAGAAGCGCGAGCCAACGUUAGCCAAUCAGAAUACUGCAUAGCAGCAAUAACAACAACAUCUCUUCCUUCUUUCCUGCGCACAAUCUGCCGUCGGCUACCCAAAUCUUUGUUUUCCUCCUUUUUUUCUCCAUUUACUUGCAAACGUGAAAACUGAGUUUUCCAAAUCUCCACUCCGACCGGAGUUUUUAAAAAACAUCGUUUUCAGGGGCGAAUUCUCCGUUUGCGUCUAAACGAAGGGUGCAAACCAUAGACUGUAUAUAGAAUGGAUGUCGCCUGCCUCCUCGCUGGGUGAAGCCACUCCGAGAACAGCACCCUCUGGUGACGGGCUGCAGUAUAGGUCAUAAAUCCCGCCUCCUCCAACAAUCCCUAUGGAGCUGUGGACAAAUUUUAAGAAAUGUAUUACACAGAAUUUAAAUUUAUCUCCCCCCUGCUUGUGAUGUUGACAUGUAGUUACUGUAAGACUAGUUUGUGCUCAAGUCUUCUUUUUUUUCUCCACAGCUCCAUUUUGAAAAGUUAUUAGGGGGUUCAAGUUUUCGAUGAUUGACACUUGAUACAGCCCAUAGGCGUACAAAGAGUGCGCAGCUCAACCGCGGGAUACACUGAUGAAGCCAAUCAUCAUCACAUGGUUUCAGGAAAUGUAGAGAAAACGGGGAAUUACCAAGAGCUUUUCAGCUUCAAAUCCAUAUACUGGCGGAAUACGGAAUCAAGUUGUCCAUAGUUUAUACAGUCUAUGGUGCAAAUGACGGUUAAUGUCUCUGUUUUCAAAAAUAACCGGAUAUGUAUAAACGGGCCUGAAUAUCGCAAUUUCAUGAACACUUUGACAAGCUGAGUGGCCACUAGUGUGUCUCAUCUACUGCCUGAAAGAAGUCAGCCACACCCCCCUACAACACACAUGCCCUGCAGGAAAAAGAACAAAAAGGGGAGUGAGAGAGAGACUGCACGAAACCUACGACAAAACCAAAACAGAAUCAUCAUGAGAAGAACCCAACAGCAGAAAGGAUCUAACUACCAUGAAAAUCCAACCAACAUGAUUUACAAAGACAGCAUCCGAACUAACAAGAACUGCACAACAGAAAUCAAGACCAAGAGGACCAAAGAUGCAAAACGAUGUAUACAAUUAAAAAUGAUGGAGGUAAUACAAGAGUUUUAGAGAGAAAGGCACUAAGAACAACAGAAGAGCAUAAAAAGCAUUAACCAUCAAAAUGCAAUAAAAGCAGGGUAAAACAACAAUAAUAAUAGCAAUAAAGGCAGUAGUCAGAGUGACAGAAUGAAGAGCUAAAAAGUCAGUUAAAUGAAUAAGAAGCACUGGGUCUUGUAGGAGAUCAUCAUGUACAGCAGAAGUAAAUUAGGCAUGUUGAUAAAACAUGGCUGCGAGUAAAAGGUCAGAUAUGCCCUAGUAAUAAGUGGAAAAAGGGAAAAAAUGAUAUUACUUGAGCAGUAAAAAAAACUCUUAAUCCAAAUCCUCUUUAUAUAAGCAGCAGGCACGAUUCAAAACAGAGAAACCGCCACUGAUUCACUCCACAUUUGAGCGUAAGGUUUUGAAUGUUUACCCUCUGUCUGCUCCCUUCAUUUGAAUGUAAUCUGUCCAUUUACUGUUGCUUCUCCCACCUGUCUUUUCCUUUAGUCAUGAAUAUAAACACACGUUUUCUCCCUAAUCCUGACCCUGACUGCAAACAUUUUUCCAUAAAGCGAGGUUUGAAGCUGGUUUUCCGAGCAGGCAGGUUCAUGCUGCUUUUCUCCGACAUCCAUCCUGGCUUUUGGUGUCUGUGGAUGGAACACGAGCCCCUACUAACAUGUUGUUAUGCACACGUCUUAUUUCUGCAGUAUAACAUGUUAGUACAGGGCCUGGUCACUUGCAGAUGCUCCCAGUAACUAACAGCUCUCCAUGUUGUUCUUCUGCCCUCCUCAGUGUCUGCCGCCUGUGACUCCUGCCGCUCUUGUCAUUGUUGGAUAUUGAUAUUUUGAAUACUAUUGUUGUCCUGUGGUGCUUGUCUGCUCUGACCCAUUUUGAUAGCUGCCCAUUCUCGCCCUCCCCCCUCCCCAAUGUCCCCUCUGCUGUGCCGUUGUGUCUGAAUGCAUGGACAUGCAUGCAUUACACAUGAAGGGGUGACUCUGGCUGACCUUACUGAGAAGAAGAAAGGAAGGUUUGGGUGGUUCAGCCAGUCGUCCGACACUCAUGGUAAAUCCUGUGCUUUCCCUCCACUGUUCUCUAGCUUUUUCUGUGUGCGUGUGUGCGUUUGCAUCUGCAUGUGUGUGUGUUUGUGUUUGAUGCUUAAAUUUUAUUAAAACCGAAAUGUGCGUCAGCUUUUUAUCAAAAAUCAGACCAAUCUUCCCACUUCCUUUCUCUUGAUUUUACAAGAUUAAAAUGCAGAGUUGUGCUUUUGAUAAUAGUUGCAAUAAUCUUGUUGGAAACAGUCUGUAUUAAAGGAUAUCAUUUAAACAUAAUAACCCAGCAAGCAAUAAACAAAGUGUUAGCUUUUCUUAGGUGCAGUCAGUAAAGAUAUAAUCUUCUCUGCUUCACCUGUAUUCUCCUUAUUUUACUGUCAUAUACUCUUUAAUGUCGGUGUUUUUAUUCGAAACUUUGAAUUUAACCAAAAAAUUAGGGACUGCUGGCCUUCAAAAUUCCAGUUGGAGCAUCCUGAGUGACUGCUGAAUGUGUGUGUGUGUGUGUGUGUGUGUGUGUGCACGUGUGUGUUUAUGUGCGCAGCCUUAUGUAAUACUUCAUCACUCGGUGCUUUACUGUUGUUUUAACCUGUUGUGUUGAAGCAUCACGGCCAUUUUUUAUCCAGUUAUAUCCUUUUUCCUCCUCAUGAUUUUUUUUUUUUGUGUGAUCUGCUGGUUCCAAAUGAAAACAAACUCUUCCACCAGACUGAAUCAGAAAUAGAAAUACUGUUCAAUUUGAUAGCAGGCACGCCCUGUUUCUUUACCAUGUCCCAUUUCAAAAGCAGGGGCUCAGUGUGAAUAUAGGAAACAGGGCUAAACCCAGAUCACUACUCCAGCAGUCAGCACUAUUUUCAGAGCUAAGAGCUGUCCGACCAAUCAAAGCCAACACGUCUGCAUAAGCUAAGCUAAGCAGCACACAGCGCGCUGCCUCAUACGAGCUAAAGCAGUGAGACUUUUCACACAGUUAAUCAUCGUGUGUGUCUGCACACACAGCCUCUGCUGAGCGCUGGCAGAGCUCCGAGUGUAGCAUUUCAGAGACAGCUUUCAGAGCCCUGCUCCCCUCUUCCCCCUGCUCCUCAUUGUCUGCAUCAGUCAGCCCUCGUGGAGCAGCUGUCCGUUCGCCUGUCCCGUGUCAGCUCCCUUUCAGCACUUGGUAAAUAAUACUAAUGAUGACAGUGAUGUACAGCCGCAGUGCUUAGCUCUUCUCUAUGAGGUUGCAGGAAUUUUGGCAGCAGUAUGACUUUAAGGAUAAAAUAUACGAUUAUCAAUUUUUAAAAAUCCCCAUCUAAUAAUUAUGAUCCACUUAGACACUUAAUUUGAUGUGUAAAUCUUUUUAUCUUCUCUAAAUCGGGAAGACUAUUCCUUUAGUGUUUCUCCUGAGAGGCACUGCACCGUGCUUCAUCUGAAAAACAUUGUGAGAUAUGAUCGUUCGCUCUUAAAUAUCUUAUUUGUUUUUGCCACUGCAGCCAGCGUUCCAGCCAGUGAAACAGAAUCUGUCAACACUGAGAAUCAAACCGAGGGGGAUGAAAAAACACCAUGCUGUGGACCUCUGUGGUGAGAACAUACAAUUUCACUCUUCAUUUAAAUAAAACCACUGUCUGUGAAAAUUUUAAAUCAAACUAUUCAAACUCACUUUUCUUUUUGAGCACACCCACAGUGUGAUGCUUGAGGGUUUUGCAAUCAAACUGUUAUUGUUGUUAAAGCCUGCAAACCUCUGCUGCAUCUCCUGUGUCUAAGCUUUGAUUCUCUUUUUCUCUUUCAGUCAAAAAAUUUCAAAGUCAAAGUUCAGGUGAGUUAAUUUGUGACUGUCUUUACAUAAUGUGUUAUGCUUCAUGCUGCAGGCUCUGUGUCUGCAUUAUGUUAUAGAGAUUUAAAUUUAAAUAGGUGCUUGGCUUUCAUUUUACUGUAUUUUAAUGAGACUUUACCAUGGAUGAUAAAUCAACUGCUUUUAUUAAGUCAGCAAGUACCACUAGGUUUUCAAGAGAAAAGCCUAACGCAGGGUUUUUCAGCUCAUUUACUUCACAGUAUGACUUGCAAAAAAAAUUUUUGAUUCAGUUCCCUCAUGGCCUUUCUGCCUCACACCUCUGCAUUGUUAUUAUUCAUUGCAAUGACUGUAACAACUUCCUUGAAAAACACAGCAAUGUAUUUAAACUAAAUUUUACUCUUUGUACUUAUUCUCUCUUUUCUUCUGCAGUCGGCGCUGGCGCCGCUGGAACAGAUUCUGCCGCAGGAAGUGCCGGUUGGCUGUCAAAUCGGUGCCUUUCUAUUGGCUGGUCAUCAUCUUGGUGUUUCUCAACACACUGACCAUUUCAUCAGAGCAUUAUAACCAGCCUCUGUGGCUGACACAAGUGCAGGGUAUGGACAGAUUAUACAUACAUACAACAGAAAAAAAGUUGAAUUUUAUUACCUUUUAAUAUUUGCUGAGUUUAGUAAAUCAUUAGUCCAGAUGGGAUACGAGUUUUCUUAAAAAGACCUGAAAUGUGCAGACCAAUAUCAGCAAAGAGAUAAGAGGUACUGCAAAAUUGACACAGACUUAAAGUUUCUAAAAGAAGCUGUAAAAAAAAUUAUAUUUAUAACGUUAUUUUAUUUCGAACUUUGUAGGAGUGAGUGUAUUAAUUUACAAAAGUCUCUUCAGUCUGCAGCCUUCUUACAUUGAGCCUUUUCUCUGUGUUUCAGAUGUGGCCAACAAGGUGCUGCUGGCCCUAUUCACGUGUGAAAUGUUGGUGAAGAUGUACAGUCUCGGGCUUCAGGCCUAUUUCGUUUCAUUGUUCAACCGCUUUGACUGCUUUGUGGUUUGUGGAGGAAUCACUGAAACCAUUCUGGUCGAGCUUGAAAUCAUGUCUCCCCUCGGUAUCUCUGUGUUUCGCUGCGUCCGCCUGCUGAGGAUCUUCAAGGUCACACGGUACAACUGUUGUCUCGCUGUGUUUGUAUGUAGGUGUGUGUGUGUGUUUAGUGUAAGGGUGGUGUUAAAUGAGUCACCUGUCUCUCUCUCUUUUUGUUUUCCCAGUCACUGGCAGUCGUUGAGUAACCUGGUGGCAUCUCUGCUCAACUCCAUGAAGUCCAUUGCUUCCCUGCUGCUGCUGCUCUUCCUGUUCAUCAUCAUUUUCUCCCUGCUGGGCAUGCAGGUGUUUGGUGGAAAGUUCAAUUUUGAUGAGACUCAAACAAAGAGGAGUACCUUUGACAACUUUCCCCAGGCUCUUCUGACUGUAUUUCAGGUAUUCAAAGUCUAAUCUGAGGUCAACCCCAUCAGAGUAACAGACAUCUGAACUUGCAGCAUUUGCUUAUUUGUACACUGAGUGGAAAAUCAAACAGAAAAUGUCUGUUUUGGUUGAUUGAUAAUAGGUUAUUGGUAAGAGGUCUGAAACACUGUUGAGGACUAAAUACUGUCACUAUAUGGGCAAACCUCAUCCACCAGAGAGCCGUGAAAGUUUUAGUGUCACUCAUUCAUCCCUUGCAACAGCUGCUCUGUAUGUCCGUAACAAAGGGAGGCAACUCUCUGAUGGGUUAGAUUUUUUUGGUCAAAGGUCAGAGGUCAAGGUUCGUGUGAUCUUUAAAGGAACUUUUUAUGGUAAUAACCAGAUAUGAAUAGUAGAUACAACAAACCCGUUUGAGCUGCGUGUCUACGUGGCAGCCAUCUUGGUGGAGGCAUAGUAGAUAGAUAGAAUUUUAUUGUCAUUGUGACAAGCAUAACGAAAUGAAAAAAGGCCUUUACAGUCAGUGCAUAAAAAAAGGGACAAUAACACAUUAGACAGUAAAACCGUAAAACCAGUGCAGAGUUAAAACUAGUAAAAAAAUUAAAACUACACCUAUACCGUUCCUAUCAAAGGCAAUUUAUGUACAAUGAAAACAAAUUUUAAAAAUCAAACGUUUAAUGAAAUGUUCUGUAUUGCCAGCACAUGUUUUGGCAUUGAAAAUAAUAAUAAAUAUAAAUAAUAUAAUAUAAUAUAAUAUAAUUUUCCAUGUACAUCUGAUGACUUUAAUGGGAAAGUCGCCCCCACCAAGAUGGCUGCCACAUAGGCACAUCGCUUUGUGGGCUGCUACAGCGUGCUGGGGUAUAAAGCCUUCUUAAUAUAUCUGUGGUCAUAACUCACUUCCUCUCUUAUGAUGUGAUAUCUUUUAAUACAUCUGUUUGUUUUGGUGUCGUCAGUCAUUUGAGAGUAGAAGGCUAAUCAUGGCCGCUUGUUGUUGUUUGUUGGCGGCCUGCGAACAGCACUUUUUUACCAAAUUUAUUUUAAGGGUAUUUUUCCUUAAUUAGUUAAUUUGUUGAUUUUUUUACAUGCCAGUAUCUUGCUAUUUGGUCACAAUUCUAAUUUAUUUAUUUAGUCUGAAUUUUUUUUUUUUUUUGUUUAUUUAUUUUUUGGUAAUGUUUUAGUAUUUCAAACAGGUUUUACUAAAUCCUUUAAAAUCUUACAUGUUGAUAGGAGCAUCUCAGCCAAGUAUUACUUUGCUAAAUAAAUAAACAUGAAGUAUUAGAUUAAAUUACAGUGCCAAGCAUGACUAUACAGUUGGCAUACAGGAUGAUAUGAAACACUGUGUUUAGUUCUGUUGUAGGCAACUCAACAACUCCCUCUGAAUAAUGUGUCUGAGUUACUAUAAAAGUUUUUGAAGCGGCUCAACCAGCAUGGGGCAAACAUCAAAAGGUUUAAUCUCUACAUUUUUAAGCUUGAUUUUAAGUUCUGUUACAAAAGAAAGUCCUCUUUGAUUUUAGAUCCUAACUGGAGAAGACUGGAAUGCUGUCAUGUAUGAUGGGAUCAUGGCAUAUGGAGGUCCCUCCUCUUCAGGGAUGAUUGUGUGCUUCUACUUCAUAAUCCUCUUCAUCUGCGGAAACUGUAUCCUCUGUCAAAGACACCGAAUCACUCAAGACUGUAAACCGGAAACUAUGAGCGAGCACGUUCUAUUUAGGAAAUGUGAAGCAGUUUUAGAGAGAUUUGUCUUUUCCUGAGCUCUUUGUCAGAUAUCCUCCUGAAUGUCUUCUUGGCUAUCGCUGUGGACAACUUGGCAGACGCAGAAUCUCUCAACACAGACGAAGGAGACAAGAAAGGGUGACUCUGUGAAAAGUCUUCUUUUGAAUGGGUUCUUUUGAUGUGUUUUAAAACUCUAAUAUUUUACCCAUUCUUGAGAGUCGGGACAAAACAUGUCCUACAUAGAAAAGUCUAAUUUAGUCAAAACAAUUAAGAAAUUCUAAAUGUUUGACAUACUCAAAAAGUUAAAUCUAAUGGAUUUGUGUAUACCAAUCCUAUUUUUUAGCACAGAUAUUUACUUUUUUGGGGGAUAUUUGUUUAAAUGAAACGUCUGUGGUUAGAAGGUCCAUGUUAUUGCUUGUGUCCUCAGCAAGAGGUCACAAUAUUGACCAGCCCCAAAAAACUUUAAAAAACUCUAUAAUUGUGAAAACAUAUACAUCAAAUAAAAAUUCAGGGCUAUAAAUAUAUAAACAAUGAAUGGCCUGAACAUCAAAUAGCUUUUUGCCUAAAAAUCUGCCUAUAAAAGUUGUGUCCUCAGUUUCUGUCAACUCCAUCAGAUUAUUCUAUAAACCUCAUUAAAUCAUGCAAUAUCAUGGUCAGCUAUAUCCCUGAGGACCCCUUUUCAUUUCCUGCUUCUGGUGAAUGCAACACCACCACACAUGGUCUGGUAGGUUUUACAGUUUUUGAUAUUUUAGAGAAACAAUGUCAAUAUUUGUAUGGUCACAGCUGGACCAUGUCAACACCGUCUCUCCAUUAUUAUACUUUUUUUUAAACCAUAGUGAGUUUAAUUAAAGUAUUUUAGUGAGAUUAUCAGGACAGCUAGCAACUGCCAAAAAAGUAGCUAGCUGCACUGUACAAGAAUGUUUUGGAGGGAAAAUACACGCCCUUACGUCAACUACGUCAGACGUCAACUCCGUCAGAUUUUGUGUCUGACGGAGUUGACAUGUAAGCUGAUGGAGUUGACAAAUCCACUUAUAACCUCUUAAUGUGCUGACAUUAUGCUAUUUUUGAACAUGGUUAAGGAUAACAAUGUUAUUCCAGGGUCUUAUCUGCACAUAAAAGUACAUAUAUAGCAUAUAUUACGUUAUUUUACCAUAUACUUCUGUUUUGUAGAGUAGACCAUGGGCAGGCUGUCUGCUUGAUUAUAACUGUCAAACUUUCCCACACACACACACACACACACACACACACACACACACACACACACACACACACACACACACACACACACACACCUAAUCUCAUUGAUUGAUUGAUUAAUGUACAAUCCUAAAGGUGCAGUAUGUAAUUUUCACUACCUAAAAUCUACACACUGGCUUCUUAUAGAGUGCGCAAGAAGUUCUAUGUUGCUCUUUUAAACCCCAGUGUAGGUGGGAUACCAGAUAGAAGAAAAAGGUUAUUAUUUUUACAUUGUUAACUUGGACCCUCAGACCUUGGGCUCUAUUUUUGUGUCCACCGGCGACAUGGCGGAGGGUGGUGAGCCCCGCGCAGUGGCAUUUUUGUCUGGCGGAGCUCAGCGUACAGCCAGUUUGGUAUUUUCGUGGACUGAGGUGCACCGAGGUCCGCCAAGCUGGGCGUGGAUGUGUGGCAGGGUGAGGUGUCCACAGAAUCAGCUGACGCAGUGACAUUUUCGUACUUGUUGCCGGCGUGUAAAGUGCGCUGAAAGCUCGCAGAUUCAAACCUGGUCAGCUUUCAGCGCAGGUGGAUCCGGAUGGGCUAGUGGUAUUUUGGGAGACCGGCAGCAUAUCGGCCUCACCAGCAGGUUUCCACAGUGUCAGGAACAUUUCCGUGCAAUAAAUAAUCAAUAACAACUAAUAAUCUGUGUCAGCACAUACAUUUAGAUCUAUAUCGAUGUAUUCUGAUCUAUAUCUGAUCUGAUGAGCGCAUUUGGCAUGUGUUUGGACACUCAACCUGACCAAAUUAACACAGCUGCUGAAUCUGCAUGAAAUUGAAUCAAAUAUCUAGUAAAUAAACACACAUGAUGAAGUUAACGAGAUAUUUAAUUUGUCUGCCCCCAUUUCUAGCUUCCUCUUCCUCUUAUUUCUCGCACAGCUCAACCUGGACAUGUCUCCGUGUCCUCUACCCGUCCUGCUGCAGCUGCUGCUGCGGCAGCUGAACAGAUGAUUUGUUCCAGUGAUCAGAUGAGUUUUUUACUUUAAGCCUACAUACAAAUAUUAUAAUAAUCAGUUUUGUGAGCCAAAUUUAUUUUAUAUGCCAACAUCUAUGAAAGAAAGAGCCAAGCCACGGAGCGCGAUUUACACACAGAUUGGUUCCGAUUUUAAUGCCAUUAUUGGAAUUUAUGAUGUGAUCUGUGCGCACAACCCACCUUUGUCACGUGAGGUUUAAAUAUAUGCAAUUUAAUGUGAUUGUCUUUAUUUGUGGAAAAGGGUGUUUGUCUUACCAGUGGGUCCAACAUUACACACACCAAAUCCAUCUGUGCUCAUAUGAGACAGUGUGAAGGACGCCCAAUGCAGCGCUUACAGUGACACUUGUUGAGGAGCUGCCUUCUGUCGCCAUCGUGUGGCAUUGCUGUCUUCAGAAAUCUCUUGAUCUCUUUGACUACUUCACGAAAAUGGUAAUACGCCUCGCUAGUGGCGGAUUCAAAGGCGAGAAGAGCUGAUGUUAUUGGUCAAUACAGGUCUCGGCUGUGUUAAACCCACUCCACGCCCUCUCUCCUCCCUCCCUAUGACCUACGCCGCUGGAAGGAGCUGAGUUAGGGAGGGGGGAUACUUAUGCCGGGCAGCACAACUCACCAAAAUACGAAAAUGUGCUUGGAAACGCCUUGUCGGCGCGGUGGUUAAUUGCAUUAACGGUAUGUUCAGUAUGAAAACAAGGAGUUAUUAGUUCUUAAUCUAUUUUCACCUAUUGACCUAUUGUCAAUCGGUUUAAAAACACAUUUGUUCAAUAACAUAUGCAAUGUCAUCAACUCCGUCAGUUUCUCGUCAACUCCGUCAGGUGUUCGUCAACACCGUCAGAUGUAUGUUUUUCUUCAAUUUUGGAGAAAAAAAAAUUGUUUCUUCAGUUUAUAUUGUUUAAGUAAUAAAGGAGCAUUGGCUCUACAUCCUCUUGUGUCUUAUUUACCUAGAGAAAUUGUUUUUAUAAUAUAAAAAUUAAAAACAAAGUUUGAAAAUACAACUAUUUAGAAAUCUUGGUUUUCAAAAUAGUGUGAAAUCACACAUUAGGUUUAUAUAUUAUAUUUCAUGGCAUAUCAGAGUAACUAAACACUAUUACAACAUACAUCAGAACUUUAGAUUCUUGUUGGACUAGAAUUAUUAAAAUUAUAUUCUUUUUUGUGUGUCUGAUGGAGUUGACACAAAUCCACUGUCUAAGGGAAACAUGUUAAUUUAUAGACAAAAUGUUUUUAUUUAGAGCCUGUUCCUUUAUGGGGUUAAAUAGCUAAGACCUUUCUCUACAGUAAUAAAUAACUCUAAUCAAUAUAGUGUGCAUUCUCAAAAAAAGUUUUUUAGGAAGUGUUUUGUCCCGACUCUCAAGAAUCCCUGAUUUAUGACAUUGGCUUUUUGUUGCAGGGACAAAAAGGAUGAUGAAAAAGACGAGAAGGUAAUCUUUAUUAUUUUAGUAACUUAUCGUAAUGGUGUUAAAAGUUUGAUGCACUGGCACACUCUCUCUAUCUCUUUUAGGAGGAAGAGGAGGACAAUGAUGACACAGCAGCAGAGGAGGAGGAUCCAGAAGUUCCAUCUGGGCCUCGGCCAGUCAUCUCUGAUCUGGUUAAGAAGGAGAAGAUCACUCCUAUCCCAGAAGGAAGUGCCUUCUUCAUCUUCAGCAGUACAAACCCGUAAGACAUGCACUCACGUGUCAAACCUCUCAGACUUUGGACAGAGAGGUCGAAGCCUUGUUUCACACUGAUGGUUCUCUCUUUGUCUUGUGUUUCAGAGUCCGUGUGUUUUGCCACAAACUCAUUAACCAUCACAUAUUUACAAACCUCAUUCUGGUGUUCAUCAUGCUCAGUUCGGUCUCACUCGCUGCUGAGGAUCCAAUCAGAAACUUCUCUGCCCGCAAUAUUGUAAGUCCUCAGUCUUUCACAGGAAAUGUAUGUCUGGCUUCUUACUGACAGUGUUGCAAAGAUUAAUGACUUUGAGAUUAUGACAGCAUCAAGUUUUGUCGGUGAAAUGUUGAUGGGCAUUAUCAGUUUCAUUUACGUCAGAGUCUUAGAUCUAGAUGUCUGCAUUCUACUGGACCUCCUACUGGAGUGCUGUGGUGCAGUUUAGGGCACAUUUAACCUGUUUUGCUAGCUUUCAGGUAUAAACAGAACAGUAUAUGCAUUUUUAAUCCAAUGCACAGGUUUAGCAGAUGCUUAAUUUUUGAUGAUAAUUUGUGAAUCAAACUUUGAAUGACUGAUUUAGCAACACUGAAUCCAGUUCAUUUAUAACAAACCCAAAUAAGUACAUGAGACCUGUUAUUAAAAUGUUAAUGAUGUGAGUUUGAGGUCAAUCUUUGGUUAUUGUAGCCACAUAUUAUGACUUCAACUUGCUCAUUGUCACACAGUAAAUAUGAAAAGAAUUAAAGUGAUGUUAAUAAAUUACUUCACCGACAGAUGACUCCCAGACUAAAUCAUCUCUGCCAGUCUAGAGUUUCAUUUUUAUCCACUGUUUCUGCUCUUGUUGUCACCACACAGAAGGCAGAAGACAACAAAAAGUGAAAAUCUGGGACUUGAUUAAUAGAGAAUGAUUAUUUAUUGGGUUUUUUUUUUUUUCGAGAUGUAUGCCAUCUGAACUGUCCUUGACAGCCUGGACUUGAUUUUUUUUUUUAAGAAAGAUGCACAGCUCUCCAACUGUCAUCGCCAUGACAAAAAAGCUACUUCUGAAAGGGAUCUAGGAUUAAUGUUUGUUUUUCUUUAGAUAUUAUGUUGACUUCUAGUUACCCGAAUAUCCUACAUUGUUCCAGCAUUCGUGAUUUAAGGGACUGGGUGCUAAAAAUCUGUGUUUUAGAUCAAAGACGCUCUCAAGUUCUCAUUAUCUUUGUGACAAUGUGCUUUUUCCCUAUGAUUGCUUUUUCAAGGGUCUGCAGCUUGUGAAUGUAUUUACUGCUGACUCAUAAAUCUCGGAUGUCCAAAUGUCCUUUAAUGCAACAUUGAGGAGCACUUUUAGCUUUUGCUAAACAUAAUUUACACAGUGUUUGUACUUUCUGUUGAGUCAGUGUUAGAUGUCUGCACAGUAAUGUUGCCUCGCCAUCUGAAAAGUUUGAAGCAUCUUUUAUCGUAUUCAGGUUGUAUUACAUUUGCUAAAAUAUGCAAACACACUGGUCCAGUCCUGUAAUAUAAACAGUCAGUUAUCCUUGUGUUUUGUUUCCAGUGCAUUGUAAUGAUUUAACUGCCCUGGUGCAUGAAGAUAGCUGCAGUUUAGCAGUCUAAAACAUACAGGAUCCGUAUUGAGUGCACAUCGGCAGCGUUGCGUAUUAUGCAGCAAGUAGGUUUCUAGUCUAAUCAAUGCAGCAUCACAUACAGGACGCACAUCAGCUCCGUCGCAGCAUCGUAUAAGAAGCGUAUCGAGAGCAGCUCUGCUAAAGAUACACAACAAGUAUUUUUGCUGCUCUACGCUUCCAAUGCACAUCAAUCUGCACAGACAAGAUAGUUCUAGAGCGAAAACUGCGCAUGUCAUCCGGUAUUUCAAAAUAAAACACCAUAUGCGAACUGCUGAUUGUGUAUCAGUUGGUGUAGAUGAGAAAUACCUUCUGGUUCUGGAUUUAUCAGUAACACAGAACAAUCCGAUGAUCAAUCCCUGAUCCAUGUGGACCCCAACAGGACUUCUAACCGAUAACUCUGUAUGAAGGUAACAGCACAGCUUAAAGGAACAUAGUUUACUUUAUUAAACACAAGUAAACCUGCAAAAACAGAAACUUUUAAAUCACGUGUCUUUUUCGCUGUUAGUAGAGGUUCAACGGUCACUGAAUUACAUCCAAAUUAGCAGGAAAUAGACCAAAGAAAGGCAAAACAACCUGUUGUGAGCAUGUUGUUUACUCUAUACUGAGCCCAGCUGACUGAGGCUGCUCUACGCUGCUGCUACGCUCUAAAUACGCAUCCUGUAUGUGAAACCCAGGGCUGCUCUAUGGAGCAAACACGGAACGCACUUAAUACGGAUCCUGUAUGUUUUUCGCUAUACGGUAGCGGGUUACCUUACACUCCUAGUCCAAUGAUAUUUUUGUGCAAAUGUCUGUUUUUUUAUAUUAACUCUGACAAAUUCUUCCCAGAAAACUCCUCAAAUAUUUUCUUUGCAUUAAUUUUGUUUGACAUGAUGUUUAAAGCUGCACAAUGACCUGUCUUUGUUAAACAUGUACGUUGCUUUUUGCAGAUACUUGGUUACUUUGACUAUGCUUUCACGGCUAUCUUUACUGUUGAGAUCGUGUUGAAGGUAAAUGCCCUGUGUCCCCUGUUCGUGCUGUGACUAACCAUACCCAAUAACACUCCAAACGUCUCGUUGCCUUCCAGGUCCUAGGCUAUGCAGAUUAUGUCUUCACUAGUAUGUUUACAUUUGAGAUCAUAUUGAAGGUAACCCCUUAAAAUGACAACGAGAGCCUUGCUGCAUUCUCUCCUUGUGUGUCACCUGCCACUCAGUACAACCUGGCUUGUUUGUUUCCUUUCUCUUAUUUGAUUUUUCUUCAUGGCACCUCUUUUAAAAAGAACAAAAAAAAAACACAAUCAAACAAAAAACUAAAUAUUGGAGUUGUCACUUUGCACACACACAAACAAACACAAGAUUUGCUCUAAUUACACGAAUCUAAGAGCUCGCUCUGGGGGAAGGAAACAUGACAUCAGCAUUACAUUAUACUCACAUGGGUGUCACGUCAUUGGGGCGGUCAUUGCUGAUAUGAGUUUGAUGAUGCAAGAUAUGAAUAACAUGAUGCAACCCUUCUGUGCAAUGCAACACAUUUUAGUGGGCUGUUCAGACAUUUUUUCAGGCAUUGGCUGAAGUUGAGUUUGAGGUCACGCUCGGGGAGGUGUUUGAAGACGUAAAAGUCAACUCCAGUCAAAGCUAACUCCAUGCCUCUCGUACUGACUGCUCUUCAGAUCAACCAUAAAAGAGGGGGCACAACCAACCAUGUUCACAACGAGCAUGGUUCAGUCUGCUUUCCCUGACUGAGUGCACAGGAACGUGGAGUUGUGUCCACAGCUAAAAAACAUGCAAAAACUGGACAAGUUCACCUUUUUUAUACUGUAAAUUCUCCAGUGCUCUUAGUUAGCACUCUCUUCUCUCAGUCUGUCUGCGGAGCUCCACAUUUAUGUGCACUUAGAAAACAAAUCCUUUAAUUUUAUUAUUUCAAGAAGAGUUAUUUUGGCUGGUUUUCUUCUCUGCCUGCUGAACUCUGAAGUUUGAAUCGGGAGCUGCUUUCCCUUUUUUUUCUUAACUAUUAAAGAACAUAAUGGAAUGUGCUUUAAGAUGACGGUCCACAUGAAUGUGACAGUAAGGCAAUUUCAUCCUUCCAAUCACUAUAACUAGAGCUCUUACAGGUAGUAAUAAUCCUCAUGGCAACAAAAUGCAUGUUUUAUUGCCCCAUCCCAUAGUCGAUUGUGAAAUGAAUGACUUACUACUACAUUCAUGUAGGUGAGGGCCGUGGGGGUGGCGGCAGUAGAUCUAGCCUCCUGUUUCAUUGCUCUGAGCUGCCACCCCGAAUCAGAGUGAAAUAAAAGAGUGUGAAGAAGUGUGAGUGUCUGCAAGGUGGAGAGUGAGACGAUGUUUCAAACACGUUUGUACUGUUUGCGUCUGUUCCCUGUGUGCGUGAAGAGAGUGAAUGUUACUGUAUAUUUGUAUGCUUUUGUACGUUUCUUGAUAAAUCUUUUUUUUUUCUUUGUCAUUUCUCUCCUUAACCUCUUGUGUCCUCUCCUCAGAUGACGACAUACGGCGCCUUUCUCCAUAAGGGAGCGUUCUGUAGAAAUUACUUCAACCUCCUGGACCUGUUGGUGGUGGGAGUCUCCCUUGUCUCUUUUGGCAUCCAGUGAGUACGAGCUGAAAUGUCAUUCUGCCGAUGUAGAGAUGAAAUGAUUCGAUCAGUUUCUGAUUAAGAGUAUUUCAACCAAAGACACUUAACUCAAAUUAAAUGAGACUGUUUUUUUUUUACAGUCUGCGAAGAGCCUUGAAAUUUAUCGAUUUAUCUGGAACUUUUUUUUCACGUUUUCAUAUUUUAUACUUGUGUUCAUAAAUGGUUUCUGUUCUCAAAAAGGCUUCUGUGGUCAAUAGUGUAAACUCAAACUACACUCAUCUGUCUUCUUUGUUUAGGUCUUCUGCAAUCUCAGUGGUGAAGAUCCUUAGGGUUCUCCGUGUCCUUCGACCCUUGAGAGCCAUCAACCGAGCCAAAGGCCUCAAGGUGGGACCUCAUCAAAGAGACUCCUCACAGCUUGUCCACCGGAGAUAACCGCAGUCUUAAUUGUAAAGCAUUGAUCCCUCAGUGUCUAACAUAUUUCUGUCUCUGCCUCACAGCACGUGGUGCAGUGUGUGUUCGUGGCCAUCAGAACAAUCGGUAACAUAAUGAUCGUCACCACUCUGCUCCAGUUCAUGUUUGCCUGUAUAGGGGUGCAGCUGUUUAAGGUCAGCAGUGCCUGGCUUAAAAAAAAUCAAUCCCUCGCACGAUCAGCAUGAGAUAUUGAGUUAAUUGUUUUUGAAAUAUUCAUCAUUACAAUGAGAAUGUUUGGUGUACUGCUGCAGGGGAAGUUCUAUCGCUGCACUGAUGAAGCCAAGUCCAACCCAGAGGAGUGCAAGUCAGUUUUUGAUCUUCUCGUGUUUGAACAGUAAAAUUAUAUGCGGCCAUCAUCCCAGUUUCACUCUCGACUUUAAUGCGUCUUUUUCACACAGAGGCACCUACAUCCUUUAUAAGGAUGGAGACGUGAACCAGCCAACCGUCCACAAAAGAGUGUGGCACAACAGUGACUUCAACUUUGAUAACGUCCUCAUGGCUAUGAUGGCUUUGUUCACUGUGUCCACUUUUGAAGGCUGGCCUGCGUAAGAUUCAAACUUUUAAUCCCCAAAAAAUCCACACAGAUGAUUUCUGUAUUUAGAAAAACUGUAUUACAUUACUCUCCCUUUUCCAUCUCCUGUUAGGUUGCUCUACAAGGCCAUCGAUUCCAACAGGGAGAACUUCGGCCCCAUAUACAACUACCGUGUGGAAAUCUCCAUCUUCUUCAUCAUCUACAUCAUCAUCAUCGCUUUCUUCAUGAUGAACAUCUUUGUAGGUUUUGUGAUCGUCACAUUUCAGGAACAAGGAGAGAAAGAGUACAAAAACUGUGAACUGGACAAGAACCAGGUCAGUCAGCAGGUUUGGUAGAAGAAGUUGUUUGUGUUUAUAUGUGUUACGUGUAAAACUAAUGAGACAUGUAAUGUAAAGCCAUAUUUUCAUACUCAUCUAGCAUACUGUGCAACUUUAUUGUAAGAUUAUCAAAAAGACAAUUGAAUACUCACCUUAGCUGUUGUUUCAGGGUAGCUAACAGGUUAUUGAAUGUUGUUUUAUGUUGUUGAAUAUGUUGUUUUUUUAAGUAUGACCAUAUGAGACAGAUUUUCACUUUGUACCAUCUCCCAGUUACUAUCAGUUUACAUGCAGUGAAACAUUGACAGAUUUUCAGAUUCCCUAUGUGUGUCAUGUUCACAAAAAUAGAUACACCAGCACUUAAAUGAAGCAGCAUUUGAGCGUACUACUACCCUGUAUGGAGUAGCUGUAAGAAUAAGAUGAAUUAUGGCUUAUACUGAGUUCAAACAAAAGGAUUAGAUGUGGCAUUUCAACAAAUGUUGUGUAUCCCUCUGCAGCGUCAGUGUGUGGAGUACGCUCUGAAGGCUCGUCCGCUGAGGAGGUACAUCCCUAAGAACCCGUACCAGUACAAGUUCUGGUAUGUGGUCAACUCCACGGGGUUUGAGUACAUCAUGUUUGUGCUCAUCAUGCUCAACACACUCUGUCUGGCUGUACAGGUAAGCUGUCACCCCUGUGUGUUCAUUUGAGACAUACCAAACAGCUCGGUUGAAAUCUAUAGUCAAGUGUGUUUGUGAGACUGAGAUUGCACUUGUGCGCUUUGUUAGUAGUACUUUAAGUAUUUAUCCAAUACCCUCUACUUCUAAGAUGGAUUUAGUUUGUAACAGGCAGAGAGAAAGUGUCAUGUCAGCGUUCAUUCAGUUAUCAUAUUAGGUGAGUGAUCUUCUAGCUGAUAUAGUAAAUUAAAUAUGGUUACUAUAUAUUCCAAACCUUAAAACAUUUGCUUUUUAAGAAUAUGAUGUUUGCUCAUUUGAUUCUAUGUUAGUCAGUGUUUCACACAACUGUGUAAUGAUUAAGUACUGCUAUUUGUAAAAAUGUGAGUAGUGAGCAGUUUGACAGAAAACCUCUGUUGUAACAGGCUGGUUUUGGUGCUCUCUAGUGGUGUCAUCAGGAAUGAGAUUUUAUUCUGAAGGGGAGUGAAUGGACUGAAGACUGCGAUGACACCAUCAACUUUAACCCUUCACACACAACUUUUGGGAUCUUUUAGAGAAAUACUGUAUUUAAAUACAACAAAGUAUUCAACUUAAUUUUUUCAUGUAUUGUUUUUUCAGAUUUCUCUUCAGUGUUGUUGAAAACUCUGUUUUUCUACACUUUUCUUUGACCACAUUUUCUUCUUGCUGCAGCACUACGGCCAGUCAGCACUCUUUAACUAUGUGAUGGACAUUUUAAAUAUGGUCUUCACUGCUGUCUUCACUGUGGAAAUGGUUCUAAAACUCAUCGCUUUCAAACCCAGGGUGAGUAUCCAUACAUACGUAUGUUUUCAUUCAUAAAGCACUUGAAUGUCGAGAGGAUUCUAAAACGGCUAAACUGAAUUAAGGAUAGACCUAACCCACUGAGCAUUUUUUGGUCUACAAGAGGUCUUAAUGUAGCCUAGACCAGUGGUCCCCAACCUUUUUUGUACCAGGGACCAGUUUCAUGCAGGAAACUUUUUUCCAGGGGCGGGUAGGGGCGUGGACGUUCCAACAACAAAAACCUAAAUCAGUACAUAGUAUGUAAUCUGGAUACAACAGUUACAUUUUAUAUUAGGCACUUUUCAUUACACUUUAACAUCAACUCACCAUAAUGCGGAAUCAACCCCUUCUCUCCAGUGAACUCUGUUUCUGGCUCAUUUUUGUAAGGGCUAGCUUGUGUUGCUGAUGCAGGAAAAUGAGGUGCCAUAGAGUCAGGUGCGAAAGUGAGGCAAUGGUGGAAGUGGUGGUCUUUCAAAAUAAGAUACUGGGAGGACGGAUGAAAAGAAAAAAACAUUGUAAUCAUUGUUAUUUUUUUGCGGCCAGGUACUAAUUGAUCCACAGACCGGUAUCAGUCCGGGGCCCGGUGGUUGGGGACCUCUGGCCUAGACGACUGAUCUAAAAUCAGGCCACAGGUCUAAUAAUGACAGUUUUUUAGACGUCUAAAUUUAGACCAAGUUUAGACUAAAUAAAAAUCUGGGCUAUAUCUAUACUACACUGUAUAUUGCUCAACAGCUAUCAUAAUUAUUUUGGUUAAGUACUUGGAGAUCAGUUACACAACUCACAGUUGCUUUUUGAAAUAAAUAGUGAUCGAAUAAUCAAUCACAACGUCUAAAUUCAACGUCUAAAUUCCGUCUUUAUACAUAUAGAGUCUAGAUGGUUGAAAUUAGGUCAAAAAAAAAAAAAAAACUAGACAUCUAAUAGCCGUCUAUUGCUCAGUGGGAAUGAUACAAUCUUUUAUAUUCAUAAUAUAUGAAAGCAGUGACAGCCGGUUAAAGAAGGAGCCUGUUUCUCCUUUAGUCUUUGAGCUUAUCAUGAAGACUUUGGGGUAAACAGUUCAGCUCGUCUUUGUCCAAAGGUAAAUUGUUGUGGCUUUUAAAAAUGUGAACUUAAGUAGUGAUGAUAGGUGAGUAUUACUGCUUCAGGCAAAGAGACAGUCCUCUGUGAAACUCCAAUAAAACCACAGUGUGUGAUUUUUAUGGUUUAUGCCAGACUGGAUGCCUCAGUUAGCUUUCAGUCCCCCAGUUAAACUAAGCAAACCACCUCUUGGCUUUAACUACAUGUUUUUUGCAAACUGAUGUGAAUCAUAAUGUUUAAUUUUUGGCAAGAAAGCAAGUGUUUCAAAAUGUCAACUAAUGGUUAAAAAUGUUAAAGAAUGGACCAGAACACAUGAACCUUUGACAACCCACAAAUAUGUGAUUUUUUUUUUUAAUUUCCCCUCAACUCUGCUGCCUGCCAAACAGCUCUUUGUUGAGAAGAAGGACAGGAUGCUAGUAAGAGACAGAGUGUGGGGUGCUGUGCUGACUCUUGACCUUUUGUUAACUAAAAUAGCUCUCACUGUUAGCCGAGUUCUUGGCAGCAGUAGUUUUCUAUGUAACAUCAGUAUUUUAACUUCAGUUUGGCGCUGGUUGCCCUGCAGCUAAGCUACUAUUUGUGUGUGCCUAUCACAUCCAACUUGCCCCCCCCUCCACUCACUCCACCUCACUCAGGGAUAUUUUGGGGAUGCCUGGAAUGUGUUCGACGCCCUGGUUGUGAUUGGCAGCAUAGUAGACAUUGUUCUCAGUGAGAUCGAUGUAAGUAAGCCCAGCUACAGCGCCCCCUGCUGCACUCUGACCUCUCUCUGUUCGGGUCGCCUUUUCUCACACUGUAGCUUUUCUUGGCAGGACUCAAGACUUCUGGUUUUUAAUCUGAUCACUUAAUACUUUUUUCCUUCUUCUUUCUUUCUCUCCUUUUUUGUCAUCACCUGACCCUGCCAUUACACAAAAUCACUUGUCACGUUUCUUCUGUACUGUCUGCUCUCCUUUGGUCACUUGUCUGUUCUCCCCUACUCUUCAUAUUAUUCCCAUCUUUACCGUCAUGUCUAACACCACGCAUUAACAGCACUAUUUCGCUGAUGCUUGGAACACUUUUGAUGCCUUAAUUGUUGUUGGUAGCGUCGUCGAUAUCGCUAUCACUGAAGUAAAUGUAAGUAUGAAUUUAUUUCUGCUUCCUGACUUGAACUAAAGCUUUACAAAAAAGCCAUCUGACAGUUUAGAGAAUGAUUUGCUAAAAUGUAAAAUAAAGAGGUUUUCUCUCAACAAGAUUGAACAGCAGAAAGUGUUCACCCUUCAGACACACCUCUAGUACUUUAAGCAUCCACUUUCUAAUAAUCCCAUUUGAACUAUCUAACCUUAACUGUAUUAUAUUUAUCAAGCUAAAAAAAUCCAUUCUUAAUCGUCUGUGUGACAUGGGCUCAUUCUGUAAAGCUUCAGUUUCACCUUCAUUAAUGUCUUGUUAUGAGUGCUGCACUAACGGUACUCUAAUCCAAUCAAAUUGUCUGUGCUGUUGAAGUUUUGCUUCUGCUAAAAGUGCCGCUGUCAGUGUGUUGCAGUAUCGUUUGUUGCAGGAAUCACGCCAGUCUUACAGCUGAUUAUUAACCUUUGAAUAUUACAGUGAGAACGUACUCGUCAAAAUCAAGAGUCUGUCACAGUCUGUGUGACCUGAAGGCCUGUGUUUGGUGCACAGAAGGUUGAUCUAUGAUGUGGUUGGCUAAUGUUGUACUCUUGUUCAUUUUUGUUUCCAUAGAAACUUGUAGAGGCAAGUAUUGGAAUGAACCAAAAACUGUUUUCUGUGUGUAACCUGUUUUUGAACAACAACUUUAUCUUCGGGACCCCCGUAAUGUUUUACAGAAUCAGGGGAAAAAAAUAGGGGUUGGAAAUGGUAGAACACAAUGGAUGUAGAUGUAGAAAAGCUUAGAUUAAGACUUGAUAAAGUAUUACCCUCUUCCUUUAUGGCUCCAUUAUUCACAGGAUCUAUAACCAACGAAAACUAUGUCUCUGAUUGACUGUGAGGUUUUAUGCUGUGAGUUCAGCGGGUUCAAAAACUGUAACAAGGGUCACCUUUGUAGCCGCAUAUGAACAAUAAACUACAACAAAGGCUAUGAGGCCAGAUUUCCUCUUUUAAUGGGACAGUAGUGGUUAUAGUGGUGCUUGUUAGAGGUGCAGUGCACCCAAGACUCCCCCGCUCGACCUGCCCCCCCUUCUCCUCCUUCCCCAUCCUGGGCUCUCUGUGUCUGAGCUGCAGUGCUGUUUUUCUGGAGUUAUAUUUCAUGUUUUCUGUGUUUUCUCAGUUUCUGUUCUUAAAUGUGUGUUUGCAUGAGAGUAUAAACAAACUUAAUUUAAACAUACGGUGGUGGUGGAGGUGUGUGUGGUUAAUAAUGUUGUGCAUGCGUGUCUUACAUGUGUACUGUUUGUACUUUAAGGUGUGCUGUUUGUAUGAAUGUGUGUGUAUGUGUGUUUUGCGGACAUGAUGUUGAUUUCACAAGAGCUUUUGACGGUUCCUUGUGAGGCACCUUUCAUUCAUCACUGACAUUUGUUUGCAUGAGGUUGCUGUUCAUGAUAGUCAGAGAUCAGGUACUCAACUUGUUCUUAACAGCUGAUCUACUCCAGGUUCAAACUGAAUCUAUUCAGUUUUGGUUUUUGCUACUUGCUUGCAUUUUCAGUCAUGAGCUCUGUAAUUGUUCAGCUUUCCAAAUGCAUGCUGGGAAGUGUCAGCCAUGAUUCACCUCAUUCUCUGAUAUCACUCCAUGUCCUGCCCUCUCACAGAUGGCGCUUGGCCACCCGCUCCAUUCCCCUCCGGUCAGUUUUUUUCCAUAGAGCCUCUGAAGUUUGCCCUUUCUCUCUUGCCAUACCCCUCGACCUUUACCUCCAGACAGAAUGGCCCUGGAGCUCAGAGCUUGGAAAUAGACGCCUACACAACAUGAAGGACAAUUUUCAUCCAACAUUUCUGAAGUUAGUCUGUUUUAAAAGCUGAAAAUUGUGUUUGUUUUAUCCUUCAUGUUGUGUAGGCUACUCCUGCUUUAUAGAUUUUUGAUUUGCCGCGCAAGUAUUAGUUUAAAAAAAGAUCAUAAUGUGACCUGCACAGAUACUGAAAACUUGUGAAGAACUGUGAUUUAGCUCAGAUGUCAGAUUAACUCUAAAAUUGGAAUAAGAGUUGAAGCAUCCUUUUACCAAAGAGUCCAGGUAAUAAUCUUUGAACUGAAGGUUCAUAAAUAUAUUAGCAGUUGCUAAUUCAGCCCUUGCUUUUGUACUCUUCACUGAUGGUGCUUUAAUGCAGCGAAGUCUGAGGUUCUUUGAUGAUCUUGUGUUUGUGUCCCUGUGAGUGAUUGUCUCUGUGUUUUGUUCUGUCUUCCUGUAGUGAGCUCUUAAAGCUCAGAAUGGAGCUCAUGUGUAGCGCAGGUGUGUAGACUCCAGUCAGGUGCAUGAACUCUCCAACAGCGACUCUCUCCCUCUUGACACCUAUCUGCCUCUCCUCUUCUUCCUCCCAUUUCAGAAUCUGCCUACCUUUGUUUGUCUCUUUCUCUGAUUUCCUCCUCCUCCUCCUCCUCCUCCUCUUCCUUUUCCUUCUCUGCUCUCUUGAUCCUCAGUCUCCUCUCUCUGCACCGGAUUGUAAGAGCGCCCUGCUAUGGCAGUUUUGUAGCAGGGCACUCCUGACAUGCAUGAGUCGCUGCAUUGCUAAAAGUUCACUGAUGGCCUUCCCCUUCAUCCAAAUGUCUUGCGUCUGCGUGUGCGUGCAGUGCUUCCCCAGCAACGUGGCGAUGCUGAACGCAUGCUCCAUCAGCUCUGUGGCCAGGAUUACUUAAAGAACCUCCUCAAGCAAAUUUUUCUUUCUUUCAAAUAUUAUUUCUUCUCAUUCUGCACCUCAUUUUGACACUGUUGAAUACUGCGUGAAGGCCAUAUCUGUCUGGAGUUGUUUUCAGUGCCGAGUCUUCUGGUAUGAUUCCUUUAGUAUCAUUGAUCUAAAGAUAAAAAAAAUUGCAUUUUUAACAGGGAUUUAGCCUGAUAAACAGCUUAAUGGUGAUUCAUUGUUUUUUAUUUUGCACAUGGAUUUUUCUCUGACUGUACUAAUGUCAAUAAUUUAAUCUUGCUGACAAGAAUCACAAAAUGUGUGCAGAUGUGAAUUUGUGUGACAACUGUAUGAAUUAGAGUCUUAAACUGUGCUCCAUCUUUUUUGGUCAGUAUCAUUUCAGCCACUCAAAAACACAUUGUGAUAAAAAAAAGGUGUAAUCAUUACUACAUGCAUUCAAAUAUUUCCCAUGCACUGUUAGUGAUUUACUCAAAGUCAGAUCUUAAAGGGAUAUUCUGGCAAAAAAUUAAUUUAGGGUCAAACACACCGUAACACCGAGUUAGAAACCCCCUCAACAGAUGAAUGUUGCCGACCACUUGCUUCUCUAGUUAUAUCAACUUUAGUAACGACCACACGAUAGCAAUACACAGAGGUCUGAGGAGCCAUAAACAAACCUCAACCAUAACACCACUCUAUAGCCACAAAUAAUGCUCAGAACAGCACCUAACUUCAUCAACAGUACAUAUGGGGUCCUAGCCAUAGCACUAGCCACCAAACAUAUUUUUAGCUUUGCCUGAUUUUUUAGCAAAAGGGAUUAAACACAACUCACCCACUCUCUUCCAGCAGCCGCUUGUUUGUAAUUGUCUAUUACGGACUGCUGUGGGGGUGCCGCAGCUCAAGGAAGAACAUUUAUGAUCAUUCCUUUAUGGAAAUGCAAUCAGACCGAGAUGCUAAGGUAGAAGAACUACUGUGUCUGCAGUGCAAAAUGAGUAAUAUGAUGAUUAUUACUUAAAGGAAAUGAUAAAGAAAUGAUCAUAAAUGUUCUUCCUUGAGCUGCGUCACCCCGCUGUAGUCCGUAAUGGACUGGCCUGAGGUCUCGCUACACACAAGCAGCUGCUGGAAGAGAGUAGGUGAGUUGUGUUAAGUCUCUUUGCUGAAGAAAUCAGGCAAAGUUAAAAAGAUGUUCGGUGGCUAGUACUCUGGCUGAGAAGUUAGGUGCUGUUCUGAACAUUAUUUGUGGCUAUAGAGUGGCUUUUGGUUGAGGCUUGUGUGUGGCUCCUGAGACUGCCGUGUAUUGCUAUCCUGCGGUCGUUACUAAAGUUGGUAUAAUUAGAGAAGCAAGCAGUCAGCAACAUUCAUCUCUUGAGGGGGUGUCUAACUCUGUGUUACGGUGUGUUUGACACUAAAUUAAUUUUACGCAGGAAUAUCCCUUUAAUGUGCAUUUGCCUGAAUCUGAAAGGUACAAAGGAAACAAAUUGCCGUUAGCUGAGUCUACAUUAUUCUUAUACUUAAGUGGUCCCAAGUGUUUUUAUUGUGAAAUGAAUUUAUAUCACCUGAUAUCUCCGUCAAUUAGCCGCCCAUCAAACCCAGCAUAGACAUCUCAAUCAUACUGUAUGAUCCAUUGACUCUCAUCAGUAGAGACCAUCAUAGUGGGGGAGGGAUAAAGUUGUAUGCCAGUCCUACAUGUUACCCAGUAUUAAAGCAGUUUCAUGUUGUUUGUCAGGAAUGUUAAGAUGUAAACCUGUUGUGUGAUAGUCCUCUAAAAUGUCAAGAUAAUGUUUUCAUGUCUGUCUUAAUACAAAGUGUUUAUAGACAGUGGUACCUCAAUGUUUGUCUCUGUGAUAGUGGCACAAUCAGACAGUCUUGUCCUGUCAAUAAGAAGAGUAGUGACUCUGUUCUGUCUGCGUCUUGACUGACGUGUGCUAGCGUUGUGUGUGAAAUAUAUUUUCUAUGUAAUGUUGAAGUAAUAAGCCCACUGUGUGUGAGACCUGCAGGCUCUAUGCAAGUCAUUAAUACAGGUCUUUGAUUUUAAAGCCAACGGAGACUCCUCAGGUGGAUGAGCAGGGGGUAAGAUGCUCCUCCCCCCACCCCCCUCUUCUCUUCUCCUCCCCCCUCCUACUUCAGGGUCAUAUCAUAUUUAUAUAUCUGCAUUUCUUUUGUUUGUCUUUUUGAACAUUAAUUUACGAUCUGUUGCUUAUAACUGUUUCAUUUAUUUCCUCAUGAUAAGGUUUUCAUUCUUGUUCUUGCUUUGGAUUUUUCUUCUUUUUUGUUUGAUCAUUUGCACAUAUCCUUAAAAAUAGCUUUCCAUUUUCCUAAAUAUUUGGAGUUUUUUCUAAGGAGAGUGUGUGUCACUCAAACGUGACCCCUGCGUGUGUUGUUAGGAGGGAGCGGUUUGAACGCUGCUCCUCACGUUUGUACUGCUGACACUUGCUACAUGGUCUCUGCCCACUUUCUUGUGUGGUGGGGUAGUUGACCCAUGGAUGACCCCUUCCCCCCUGGGAUCAGGUCACCCAGCUCUGACCUGUGAACCUCCUGGCCGACCCGUUGGGGUUUGGCCCCACUGUGACUCCGCAUGCAGUGACUCUGGACUGAGGGUGCCAUGCUUGCGCAGACGUGUCCUGUCAAGUAUGGCAAGGUUUUUUUCUCCAGCAUGCUCGCCUCCUUGCUUCCUCCCCAGUAGGUCUGUGCAGUGGCAGGGCUCCUGACGGUGCUUUGGAAGCAGACAAACAGAAACAUAUUAGCUGGAGCUGCACUGCUUUAGAGACUGAUUAUGAUUGAACAACAAAUUUCAUCAAAUCACUUCAACAUCUGCCAGAAGAUCUCUAAAAGAUUACAGUCUGAGCUAAAGUUGAAUGCUCUAAACGCCUAGGUUUCUUUGACCUGAAGAUGCAGUGCUGCUUCUCAGCCCAUAUGUAUCUGGCCCUGAGGUCGCAGGUCAGACCUCCUCAUUCUGUAAAGCACAGCCAGGCGCUCUGUGUUUACCCCAUACUCUGAUUCCCUUCAGUUCUCUGACUCUGGUUUACUUUUCGACAGAACACUGAGGACAGCGCUCGCAUCUCCAUCACCUUCUUCCGUCUGUUUCGAGUCAUGCGGCUGGUCAAGCUCCUCAGCAGAGGGGAGGGCAUUCGCACCCUGCUUUGGACUUUCAUCAAAUCCUUCCAGGUGAAUACAAGAAAUGGUUUUCUGACAGGUGAAUGAAGUAUAUUUUUGAGUUACUAAUGACAACGUCCUCUUCCUCCUCUCUGUGCCAUGAAGGCUCUUCCAUAUGUUGCUCUUCUGAUAGCCAUGCUCUUCUUCAUCUAUGCUGUCAUCGGCAUGCAGGUAGGGAACUUAAUAAGAAAGAAAAUAUUGUUGCUCACUAACUCAAGCUGGUGAGGCUGCUUUUAAACUCGUGGGAAUUUUAUUUUUGUGUUUCAGGUGUUUGGAAAGGUGGCCAUGGUGGACGGCACCCACAUCAACAGAAACAACAACUUCCAGACCUUCCCUCAGGCUGUGCUCCUUCUCUUCAGGUGUGAGGGUGUCAUCAGGAUGCUUUAAAAUGUCUUGGUUUACUCAUUGAGGUAUUAAUUUGAGUCUGUCUUGCUAUAACCAUCUCAAGAUGUGCCACUGGAGAGGCAUGGCAGGAGAUCAUGUUGGCCUGUAUGCCGGGGAAACUGUGUGACCCGGAGUCUGACUACAACCCCGGAGAGGAGAUGACGUGUGGCAGCGGAUUUGCAAUUGUUUACUUCAUCACCUUCUACAUGCUCUGCGCCUUCUUGGUACGAACCAAACCUUCACAGUGCAACUAACCUUUUUUUUAAUGAUAUUAUGUACUUGUUUUGAUUUUCUAGAAACUUGUCAAGAGGUAACAAUGAGUAAUUUUGUGUGUGAUCAUUCUACUCCUCCAGAUUAUCAACUUGUUUGUAGCUGUCAUCAUGGACAACUUUGACUAUCUAACACGUGAUUGGUCCAUUCUCGGUCCACAUCAUCUUGAUGAGUUUAAGAGGAUUUGGUCAGAGUACGACCCAGAGGCAAAGUAGGUGCUUUUUCUGUGUUCGAGUUAUCUCGGAAAUCAGAAGCCCGGAGCUGAAAAUGACGUCACACCUAAGUUACCAGCGUUUUAGUUACCAAAUCCAAGAUGGCUACAUCUACGAAAGUUAUUUUAGCGCUUCCCCUGUCCUUGCUCAUAUUCGGACAAGGCAAGCGCUAAAAGAACUUUCGUAGAUGUAGCCAUCUUGUUUCCGCCUCCGAUUUUGCUUUUUUCCGAUUCGGUAACUGAAACGCUGGUAACUCAGGUGUGACCUCAUUUUCAGCUCCGACAUCUGACUUCUGAGGUGACUCCAACCCAGCAUUUAUUACCAGUUUUAUCCAUACUUGUUCACCCACGUCUUUCUCAGUCAGUGCUUUCAAAGUAACUGUUUAUUUUUUCCUCGUACAGAGGCAGGAUUAAACACCUGGAUGUUGUAACACUUCUCCGCCGUAUUCAGCCUCCUCUCGGCUUUGGCAAACUAUGUCCUCACAGGGUCGCCUGCAAGGUCUACUUUCUGGAUAUCUUCUAUCAUCUGAUGUACAAAAUGCGUGCAGAAAUAUUCAUCAGUUGUUCUGGUGCUUUAAACUCAUAGAUUUGCUCUCUUCUUACAGAGGCUGGUGGCCAUGAACAUGCCUCUGAACAGUGACGGCACAGUCAUGUUUAACGCCACUCUAUUUGCAUUGGUGCGCACCGCCCUGAAAAUCAAAACUGAAGGUAAAAGACAACUAUGAUGUUGAACGUGUAUUACACCACUCCUCAGAAAUAGUCUUCUGGUGCAUUUAUUGAAGUUUAACUGUAAAAUUGUGUUAAAUUGUGUUUCGAUAUGCUUGCAUUGAUUUAAAAUGGAAGAAAUCGAGAAGAACCUAAUUCUCAGAGACGCUGGCAUGUGGUUUCAGGUAAUCUAGAGCAAGCAAAUGAAGAGCUGCGAGCAGUCAUCAAGAAAAUCUGGAAGAGAACCAGUAUGAAGCUGCUGGAUCAAGUGGUCCCCCCUGCUGGUGGUUAGUGAAACCCACCCAUGUCUGUCAAUGAAGUUACACACACCUCCUAGUCCGUCUGUUAUACUUUGAAACAGGCUAAAGCAGCUUGCAUAGAUCACAAAGACAGACACACACACACACAAACACCAUGUGCUGCUCUCAUGACGUAAUCAUAAAAUUACAAGCAGCUCCAAAGUGCCCUUUAGUGAAUGUGGCCUUGAAUUUGGACUUCCACACACAUCGAGUCUCAACAUGAGUAAAUCUGUGUUGUCUCUGCUCUGCUCAUGUUUUCCUGGUUGUCCCCUCAGCAGUCUGUUCCUUAUUAAUGUGUGUUUCCUCCGGCUCUGGACACUGACGGAGGCCGCUGACCGUCUGCUGGGCUUUGGGCUUGCAUGGCCUCGUAGACCAAGAGCAUGCCGUGUCCUUCUCUGAUCUCUGUCUCUGUCUUUACCUCUCUCUGUCUAUCAGUCUGACUCUCUCUGUUGUCUUAAUCGCUGUCUUUAUCUUACUGCUUCAGCUUCCACAGCUUCUUCUUCCCAUUCUGUUUUAUCUCUGUAUCCAAAACUCUGAGACACUUCAGAAUAUUCUGAAGCAGUUCUGUUUUAGGGUGGUGGCAUGGAACUAGUGUUGCCUCUCUCUCCAAUCUCUGUCCCCAGCGUGCUUGUUUCAAAGUGAUUCAGACCCCUGCUUCAGAAUGAUUCUCAUACACUCUCACAUACUCCUUAGAUUAAAUAAAAGAAAAAAAAUCUCUUAAAAUAUGCUUUAUAUCCAGGAGUGUGUCCAGAGGGGUGGCUAGGGGUGGCACUGGCCCCUUGAACCCUGAAUAGCCAACCCAGAAUCCUAUGCAAGGCUAUUGGCAUUAUCAGAGACAGAACUUGUGGUAAAAUCAACUAUUUGUGCUUUGUUGUUACAGGAUUUCUUUAAUUAUCGCUGAGAGUAGGACUGGGCGAUUUAUACGAUCGUGAUUUAUGAUAAUGAUAAAUUUUAGUUCGAUCACAGUGAUCAGCUGUGAGCAUAUUUACUCAAUCAAACAUGGCGGAAAUGUGCGCGACAACAGCCAAUCAGAGUCGAACUUUUCCUGCUCACUUCUGUAAGUUGCCGGAGAAGUAAACAGAAUGACCGAAUGUGGAGCUAAACACGGAGCUGAGGGCAGCAAAAUAGAUGUCAGCCGUGACUUUGAGUCAUCCUCUGAAGAUGUUAUCGUUGAGAAGAAAAGUUAUUCAACGUUGGUUGUAUGGAGGUGGUUCCGGUAUCUCAAAGUGACGUCGAGCAAUUAUGCGAAUGAGUAAGGUAUGUCGGUGGUCGGUGACCUCAAAAAUCGGCAACACAACAGAUCUGUUAAAUCAUUUGAAGAAGUACUUCCUGAUUGAUUAUGUGGAAAGCAUGAAAAUAGGAGCAGAGUCUGUACAGCCUGCCACUACUGACAGCACAAGUAGUAUUAGCAGUUUAGCCACAAAUAGCGGUGCAGCCACCAGACCAGAGCAGCAAUCAAUCGUAUUAUCUACGUUUACAUUAUCUAAUGUUUACAUUUUAAGGCGUCUUAAUUAUCCUUGAGGGGGCAAUUUGUUCAUUUUGGGUCUGGUAUACCAGCAAAAACACUCAGGACAAUAAACUAUAUCACGGUAAUAAUUAGUAUUUAUAUUUGUUGUACUGAUGAGUUAAAAUGGUUUUUAUAUUUUUCUGAGUUUAUCUUAUUUGAUUUGCUUUUUAUUUACUUUGUAUGUUAAUAAAAUGUUUAACUAACUUCUAAUUUCUUUAGUUUUUUAGUACAGAUGCUUUAAAACUGGCAGUAAAAAAAAAUUGUGAUAAUAAUCGAGAUCGGAUGAUAUGAAAAUGUAUUUAUUUUAUUUUUUUUAUUUUUUAUUUUUUGCCAAAUCGCCCAGUCCUAGCUGAGAACUCCCCCCCCCCAACUUCCCUUAUCCCAGUGCCCCUGUUUGUCAAAACACCUGGACACACCCCUGCAUAUGCUAGCACAAGUCUUAUGAUGAGCAUAUAUGAGAACACACAGGUGAAUUUAGAAAAACAUACUGAUAUGUUUGAUGCGAACUGUAGAUCUGCUUGCUUGCAUGUGCUGUAGAAGUUAAAAUGGGUUGGAAAAACAUACGGGAUGUAAAGAGUCUUGAUGUUAAAGAUCCAAACACACCGGUCUGUUGAAAUGUGGAUUGGUAUCAAUGUGAUGUCAAAACUGGUCAAAAACGUGUUUUUUCUUUUUUGUUUUUUUUUUUCUGUAAACUGUGCUAAGCAUCUUCAUCUUGCAAGACUCAGGUGGUGACCUGAUACCUUUACCGAGGAUAACGUGAGCUUAGAGGGCUAGUCCCUGCGGGCUGAUCUGAUAGUGCCAGCGAGCUCGAGGCUAGAGAACUGUGCCUGAACAGAACGAAAAAAAUUAAAGUCACAUGGACUUUUUAUGGAGGAAAGUAAACGUUUCAGAAGUCUGAGAAUAAGUGCAAGAGAGAAGUGAGUGUACAUGUCAGCAGCAUGACCAGUUUCAAAAUAAGUAGACAGCAUCAGACCAGGAGUUACAGUGCCAAUUACAACCACUGCUUUAAUGUUAUAUUCAAUUUAAUUUUGACAGUCAGAGAAAUUAUGAGGGGAAUUGUUUUUAUUUUUAAAAUUUUAGCAUUACAGCAUUGCUCUUUGUCAUUGACUGUAUGUAGAAUGACAAUGUGGAUUCAUUUCUGCCCAUUGUAAGAUGGCACUGAUAUAUUCACAUAUUCAUCUAACUUGCUGCUAAAAUAUCAAAGAACCCAGAGGUUGGUUCGACCCACAGCUCAACAGUAAAGGAGGACAGGAAGUCACAGCUGUGAUGAUAUUUCUUGCUUUGUUGGGUCAAAUUGUGGCUGAUUUUCUUCAAGUUUUAAUCUCAUAAGUACAAAAAAACAAAGUUAGAAGAGCAAAUACUUGAUUUUCUGUUCUUUUCAAAACACAGAUAUUGAUGCCAUUUGGUGCAAACUGAGGUACAGUAUAUACACCAUCAAGAUGGAUGUAUAUAAUUUGGUUUAUAAAAGUUUGAAAAGUGCCUCACUUGUCCACAGUCAUAAGGUGAUGGACUGGCAGUUUAAAGAAAAAUGGUUGAGCAAAGGGAAAAAGUCUCUCCUCUCUCCCUGAGUUCUGUGAGUAGUGACCUGCUGACACAGGAAGCAUUUGUGUGGUCUGUUCACUCAGAUGAUGAGGUAACCGUGGGGAAGUUCUAUGCCACCUUCCUGAUACAGGACUACUUUAGGAAAUUCAAGAAACGUAAAGAGGAAGGCCUGGUGGGUGCGCAUCCCUCCCAGAACAACACGGCCAUCGCUUUACAGGUGAGUCUCCUGGUGAUUGUGUUGUUUUUUUUUUAACGAGAGCAAAGAGAGAGAUUGUAUGAAAAUGUGUGAAAACAUGGAUUUAUGAGCAUUUCAAUCUCGUUGAGUCAAGUCUGUAAAAUGUGUCUUUGUGCAUUUCAUUCAAAUAUCAUUAAUGAUAUGGUUUGUGAUCCAGCAGGACGUUCAUGAUCUUGGUGCACAGUAUGAAUCAGUUACUGUGGGGUUCUUAUUUCCAAUGUGUGAUUUUUGUGUCUCUGCAUCUUCAAGUACCAUAGAUGUUGAUGUUAAGCGUGUGUCUUUGUCUCCAGCCAUCAUUUCACGUGUUUUCUGUGCAUUACAAAUCACUCAUCAACUCAUGAAAAUCACAUGCAAACUGAGUUGCCAUUUCUGUUCCCUUAUCAUGUAUGAUAUAUGGUCAUGUUUUGUUCCCAUAUAUCAGUGUCACAGCAAAUACGACAGGUUUUAGUUAAAUUAGACUGGCUUUUAUCUGUGUACGCUGGCUUUUAAGUAUUUUUAAAAACACAAAGUAAAGGAAGAAAAGUUAUUUCAACACACUCAUCCAGCCUGGGUGAGACAACAGGGUGCCUCACAGGACACUCCAGAUUAGUGAUAGAGCAGGUUGCACUCAGGAGAGCACAUUUGUCUGUCUGUGUGUUCUCAUCUCUCACAGUCUGUUGAUAAUCUGUAUGUCAGCUGUUGCAGGUGUGUGUGUGUGUGCGCGCGCGCCCAAUGUGUGUAUGCGAUGGUUGUGGUAUAAUGUCAGAUUUCGUGCUGUAAGUUGUAAAGAUGAAGGUCCCGGCUGUAGCGUUUAGCCCUCUUGUUGUCAUGGUUACAGGCUGGCCUUCGCACCCUUCAUGAUAUUGGGCCCGAAAUUCGCCGAGCGAUAUCAUGUGAUCUGCAAGAUGACGAGCUAGUAGACUUUAUUCCAGAGGAAGACGAGGAAAUUUAUAGGGUAACUGCUUUUAUUCUACAUGUCAGGGGAAAUUAAUGUGGCAAAAGUGUUAAUAUUAUACCCGUAAAGUUUCUAAAUGGUGUUUUUCAUGGUGGAAAAAUAUGUAGUUAAAUUAUGGUAGUUAAAUAUAUAACUGAUGUACUGUCUCUAUAUUAUACAGCCACAAUAUGUUGUUUUUGGUUCUUUUUUUUUCUCCAUUUCAGUUCCAACAAAUUACAAACAGUGCAUUCAUGUUGCUCACUCAUGUGCCAUGAAACCAGCUUCCGAACUUCUUUUUUGCACAUAAAGUUUUCGAAAUAAAUAUCAGACUUAACAUCAAAAACACGUUUUAAUCUGCUCCACGAAGUCAACGCUCGGUGGUUUUACUUUGAGCGUUUUUUCACAGCGAAACGGUGGACUCUUUGGUAACCAUCUGAUGAACGGUGGUCACAGGCGGUCCAACGGCCACCAGACCAACGCCACCCAGAGACCUCUCCAGGUGCAGCCCCCUCCUCACUACGCCCACAUGGAGCAGCCGGUGGGACGCCUUUCUCGAGCAAACGCGAUGUCCCACCACAACCACCAUCAUCACCAUCACCACCACCAUCACCGACACCACAACUCCUACGGCAAGUCUCCCAAAUCCACCAACAUCAACCUGAACAACGCCAACGUCUCGAGCCUGCCCAACGGAGGGCACCACCGCUACUAUGAACACGCGCCACCUAAUGGUUACCCGGGUCGUCGCAGCUCCUAUUAUGACUACGAGAAGCCUCGGACCCCGCAGGGUCAAAGGUAUUCACUCACUAACUACCACAUUAUUGAUUCCACCACAGACAUUGAUCAAGUAACCGAUGCAGAGGUGACCUAUGAAACCAAAACAUGGGUUUAUCUUAGCUAGUUAAAAGCAUCAAUUCUGCCUUUUCUCGAAGGAUCAGAAGACAAUAAGACAAAAUGAAUGAUCUGCACUAACACUUGUCACUGGCUCUCUUUUGUCUCUUUUGUGACUUGUGUUAGUCACAUUGUACAAGCUGCCUUCUUAGCUAAAUUAGCCAUCUAGCUUAAAGUAAACAUGAUGGACACAGCCUCAUUUGUAGGCAUCAAAAGCUAAGCUAACAGGCUGCAGGUGGUUACAAUGGAGAUAUUCUGGCGUAAAAUUAAGGUAGGGUCAAACACACCGUAACACCGUCAAGAGAUGAAUGUUGUCGACCACUUGCUUCUCUAGUUAUACCAACUUUCAUAACAACUGCAUGAUAGAAAUACAGGAGCCACGCAUUCAACCAAAAAGCCACUCUUUAGCCACAAAUAAUGCUCAGAACAGCACCUAACUUCAUCAACAGAACAUAUAGGGUCCCAGCCAUAGCACUAGCCACCAAACAUCUUUUUAGCUUUGCUUGAUUUCUUUAUCAAAGAGACUUAACACAACUCACCUACUCUCUUCCAGCAGCCACUUGUUGUACGGAGUGUCUAACUCAGUGUUAAGGUGUGUUUGACCCUUUAACUUAAUUUUACGCUGGGAUAUCCCUUUAAGAAGUAGUGAGAUUGACGGACAGAUUCUGGUCAAAUUCAUCUUUGAAGAGAAAUAAGCAGUAAUUUAUGUUUUUUUGUGAACAUGAGAAACUUUGUGAAGCUGAGUACAGUUGAGAGGUAAACCUUUCCAUAAGCAGCUAAUAGCUUUAUCACACAAGAAUAAUAUCAGGCAGCAAGUUCAAGAGUUUCAAUGAAAUCUUUGUGGUAAAAACACGUUUGCAUUAGUUUUUGAUUUCCUCCUCUUCUGCUGUUUUCCUCAGAGGCUAUCUUUAGCAUUUGGGAUAUUUAUCUUCGGUAGCAUGACAGCCCUUCACUUAGAUAGUUCUCUGAAAAAAAAUAAUAAAAUACUGGUCUUAGUUUCCAUACAGGGUUCUCGCUGAAAUAGGAAGAUCUGUUGCAUAAUUGUUUUUUCCUACAGCAAACCUCAAGUCUGUUGCAACAGAUUAGGCAAAUCUGUUGUAUAAUUGUUGUUUCCUAUCAAACCUCCUCUUUUCUCCAACCUUUAUUCUAAACCUUUCAUUUCCUGAUUUAUUUUGCUCUUCCUCUGACACUUAAUUUCAUAAGUGACCGACUGUACUCUUAUCUCCUGAUUUCUCAUGCUCUGUUUAGUCAGCUACUUCAAUAUUGGGCCUGUUUUUUUUUUUCUUUAGGACCCAAUAUGUUUGGGGGACAAUUUCAUUGCUGCUGCUUUACAGAGGAGAGAUGAUUUUCAGUUUCUCUCUUAUCUCAAGAGUAGAAAAUGGAAUUGUCAACCAACACUGGAGUGGACGUCCACCAUCACACUCCCUUCCGCUCAUACAUAUACAUGAGAAUUCUGUAUAUGUCUCAUAUAUGAUGAUAUAUGUGUGUCAUAUUCUCUCCAUCCCUUCUCUGUUUUCUUUCUUUUCUCUCACCCUCCUAACCAAAAUGCUUUCUCUCAACCACCCCUCUGCUUUCUUGGACAGAAGGCGCUACUAUGAGACCUAUGUUAGGUAUGUUGUUCCUGUAGGUUUGGCUCCAGCAAGUAUGUUUCAACAACAAGCAGAAGAAAUGUUAUCUUUUUGGUUCAUCUUUUUUUCUUUUGACCCGGUCUUGGAUUAGUGAAUGGCUGCAUCUUUGCUAAGUCAGUGUAAUACGCGAUAUGCUGGCCGGUGAUUUGUCUGGUAACCGUUUGCUGCUGUGAGACUUCCAUGAGAUGUUAAAGCUCUGGAGUAAAAGGAGAACUGUCAUCAACAUUUUUCAAUAUUUUUGGCCAGCAUAUUGCUGAGCUCAGUCCUGCUUUGUGCAUGUGUCCAAGUGACGUGCCUGCUUUGAGGAAGAAUCCAGAUUCUUGAUAUCAAAGAUGCACAACUAGUUGCAGUUCUCGUUUCACACCACUAUUUUCAUUUAAUGUUCGUUUCCCAAGGAUUAGAUUUUACUCACUUCACUUAACGUUUCUUGAAUGUAACAACACCUACUGUAUGUAUGAAGGACCUCAAAGUAGAUGGGAUGUUUAGAGGACAAAGUGAUGCUCUUCAGUCAGAAACGUCUGCCUGUUGUCCAGUUUGGCUCUGAUACGUUUUUUUAAGUGUGUCCUGUUGCAUCGCUGCCCCCUGGAGGCUUGCGUCUGCAUGGCAGUGCAUGGCCCCAUUCCAGUAUCUACUUGCAACUGCAGCGUUGAGCGCUGUCUGACUCCUCAUACCUCUUGUCAGGUCCCGAGGAGUGGAUGGACGCCACCCAACCAUCCGCAGAGAGGAAGAGUUUGAUGAAGACCGCUUCUCUGGGGAGUAUUACAGUGGGGAGGAGUUUUAUGAAGAUGACAGUAUGCUGUCAGGGGACAGGUAAUGACCCAUUUGGCAACCUUUGGAUGUUAUGUAGUUUUCCUAAAUACAAUUAAAAUGGGAAAGCUGUGCAGAGCUCUAUGAAGAACUAAAGUUAAUCUGUAUAAAAACCGAGGGAUGGUGGAUUCUUUCUUUCCUGAUCUUUAUUGUUCAUGUCCACAGGUAUCAGAACAGUGAUACAGAGUAUGAGACUCCCAAAGGUUACCAUCACCCUGACAGUUACUAUGACGAUGAUGAGCAGCCACUUUAUCGUGACUCACGGAGGUCACCAAAGAGACGGCUGCUUCCUGCCACACCUCAAGGUAUCUUAUCCUUUUGUCUUUUCAACACUAGAUCAGCUGUUUUAAAAACAUUUUAAAAAGUUUGACUUUGUGUCUCAAUUCAUUCCUUGAGUGUUAUCCCAAAUGCACGUAAAAGAAACAAAAAAAUCCAGUAUGAUUUAGCUGGGAUCUGCAGAGGAUCUUAGAGAGGUGGGGGGGCCUAGAAUUACCCAAAUUAUUAUUUUUUUAAGUAUGUAAACAAAUGUAUACCUGGAAUGACUAUAUAUUUGUGACACUGUCAAAGAGUAUUUCAAAGUAUGUGCUUCAAACAAACUCAUGAGUGAAGAAAGUUCAUACUGUAAAAUUAUGAAUGAGAAAGCAAAGUGAAAUUUUGCUUUGGGACACUUUGUACCCACAGCUGCCACUCUGGGUUUAUCUUUAUUGAACUUUAUUUCUGAAGAAAGUCAGUUAACAGGUUUCAGGACAGAACCCAUUAAAGUGUUUUCUUCAUCAUCAAAGUUACUGUCUAAAAAAGCACUCAUACUGUACGUGAGGCACUGAGAGUAUUAGUUAUCCACCCACUCAGCAUCAUAUUCCCUGUGAGGUUUUUUUUUCAGUAUUGCAUGCUGUCAAAGUUUCCUGCAUGAGGUCACUCACUGGUCCACUCCUGACUUGCUCAGGUAACAGGAGGCCAUCCUUCAACUUUGAAUGUCUGCGCAGACAGAGUAGCCAGGACGAGCUUCCACAUCAGCGUACAGCUCUACCACUGCACCUCAUGCAGCACCAGGUAACACAGGAACAUGUCUCACCUGUCUGGAUUGCUCACAUGCAUUGUUUGGUACACUUCUGCACAGUUUGGACAUUUCUGGAAUUAUUUUCUUUCAUACUAUUAAAUCUUGAAAUCAAAACACACUAAUCAGAUGUUCUCUCAAAGGGAUAUUCCAGCGUAGAGAUGAAUGUUGCCGACCACUUGCUUCUCUAGUUAUACCAACUUUAGUAACGACCGCAGAUAGCAAUACAGAGAGCCAUGCGCUCAACCAAAACAACACUCUAUAACCACAAAUAAUGAUCAGAACAGCACCUAACUUCAUCAACAGUACAUAUAGGGUCCCAGCCAUAGCACUAGCCACCAAACAUCUUUUUAACUUUUCCUUAUUUCUUUAGCCAAGAGACUAAACACAACUCACCAACUCUCUUCCAGCAUCUGCUUGUUUGUACGGAGACCUCCAGGCGAGGCCAUCGACUGCAGCGGGGUGCUGCAGCUCAAGGAACAACAUUAAUGAUAAUUUCUUUAUCAUUUCCUUGAAGUAAUAAUCAUCAUAUUAAUAAUUUUGCACUCCAGACGCGGUAGUUCUUCUGCCUUAGCGUCUCGGUCUGAUUGCAUUUCCAUGAUGAAAUGAUCAUAGAUGUUCUUCCUUGAGCUGCGGCACCCCGCUGCAGUCGAUGGACUUGCCCGAAGGUCUCUGUACAAACAAGGCUCUCUGUACUUCUAUCUGCGGUCGUUACUAAAGUUGGUAUAACUAGAGAAGCAAGCGGUCGGCAACAUUUAUCCCUUGAUGGUCAGUGUUACAGUGUGUUUCACCCUAGUUUAAUUGUAUGUUUAUCUCUAUGAAUGAAUUUGAACCCUGUGUUUUUGCUGACCUACCAGGUUAUGGCUGUAGCAGGCUUAGACUCCAGCAGAGCGCACCGCCUCUCCCCAACCCGCUCCACUCGCUCCUGGGCCACACCCCCUGCCACCCCGGCCAGUAAAGACCAGUCUCCGUACUAUACCCCUCUCAUCAGAGUGGACCACCCACACAGGGGGAGUGCUUCUAGCAGCCAGGUGUCAGUGCGCAAGAGCUCGUGGUACACAGACGACCCGGACUUCACCCAGAGGACGUACUCGCCGAUCCACCUGCAGGUGCCACCUGAGUACCACAACCAGUACCACCAAAAGAGAGGCAGCGCCACCAGCCUUGUGGAAGCGGUGAGUUUGAUGUUUGAUUACGACCUCACGAGCACAUUUGAAAAUGAUCUGAAGCGAUGUUUUCCCCCCCGUGGCAGGUUUUGAUAUCAGAAGGGCUCGGGAGAUACGCCAAGGACCCAAAGUUUGUUGCUGCCACAAAGCACGAGAUAGCAGACGCAUGUGAGAUGACGAUAGACGAGAUGGAGAGUGCAGCCAGUCACCUGCUGAACGGAGGAAUGGCCCCGUGCGUCAAUGGGGUCAACGUGUUCCCCAUCCUGACACCACGGGACUAUGAACUGCAGGACACAGCAGCCAGCUACAGUGACGAGGAGCCAGAGACAGAACCCAGAGCUCCUUACGAGGAGGAUCUGGCAGACGAGAUGAUCUGCAUCACAACUUUAUAG